GCCUCGCCUCGGGUGGAGGGAAUCAGGACUACUCUGCGUCAGGGGGGAAAUAUUCCGAGGCUCGACCGUUCUCACCUGGAUUUCUGUGUCAGGAUUUUUUCAGGAUAAGGAGACGCAGUGAGUUCUGAGUCCACCGGGCUUCGUCCCAACAGUCCCGGCACUCUUGUGGAGACAAGGUGCCGCCCAUCAUGUCAACACAAGCGCCAACAUUCACGCAGCCGCUACAGAGCGUCGUGGCACUAGAGGGCAGUGCCGCCACGUUCCAGGCUCAAGUCAGCGGUUCUCCAGCUCCUGAGGUGAGCUGGUUCCGUGAUGGUCAGGUUCUUUCCGCCGCCGCUUUGCCCGGCGUUCACAUCUCGUUCAGCGAUGGCCGCGCUGUUCUGAAAAUCCCUGCUGUGACCGCCGCACACAGCGGAAGAUUUUCCAUUAGAGCAACCAACGGUGCUGGACAAGCCACAAGCACAGCUGAACUCCUCGUUACAGCGGAGACGGCGCCACCUAGCUUCCUUCAGAGGUUGCAGAGUUCUACAGUGAGACAGGGCAGCCAGGUGAGGCUGGACGUGCGGGUCACAGGAAUCCCCACACCUGUGGUGAAGUUCUACAGAGAAGGAGCUGAGAUCCAGAGCUCAGCCGACUUCAGGAUCCUGCAGGAGGGCGACCUCUACAGCCUGCUGAUCGCUGAGGCCUUCCCAGAGGAUUCUGGGACGUAUUCUGUGACCGCUACCAACAGCAGUGGACGGGCCACGUCCACCGCCGAACUGCUGGUUCAGGGUGAAGAAGCCGUUCCAGCAAAGAAAACAAAGACCGUGAUUUCAACAUCUCAGAUUUCACAGGCUCGUCAGACCCGAGUGGAAAAGAAGAUGGAGGCCGGUUUCCAGGCAACUGCCAUGAUGGAGAUGCAGGUUGAGGGGGCGGCGCUGGCUCUGCAGCUCGCACACAAGACUCCGCCCAGAAUCCCUCCUAAACCCAUGUCAAAGUCCCCGACACACCCCUCUCUGAUCACAAAGGUGACCGGAGGACGUCAGCAGUCACCGUCACCUGUUCGACACGUGAAAGCACCCACGCCCACACCUGUCAGGCCGGUCAAGUCCCCCCUCACCAUGCGCCGACAGGUCGUGGUCGGUGCAGACGUUCUGCCGCCGUGGAAACAGGAAGGUUACGUGUCAGAGGUCAGCUACAGCGGCGUGAGCGGCUCCAUCACUCAGCUGAGUCACGAGCAGCGCUGGGAGCAGCAGGUCACUGGGGUCACUGGGGUCACCGGGGUCACCAGGGUCACCGGGGUCAAAGAGGCUGUAGGAGGUCAAAGAGCCGGGGCAGUGGCCACUGUAGUGGCCGCAGUUGACCACGCUCGUGUUCGUGUGCCUGUGCAUGGCGAGGGCGAUCGAGCUGAAGAAGAGGAGGAGGAAGCUGUAGAUGCAAAGUUAAAACAGCAGGUCGCCGCUGCUGCUGCUGCUGCUGCUGCAGAUCAACAGUAUCGUGUCGGGUGGACAACAACAAAAACUCUUACUGCGCAGGCGUUCGUGCCUGAACCACCGCUGCAGCCUCAGAUUCAGAAAUUGACAGAAAUCCGCUCCCAUGAGGACACUGGUCUCGCCUCGUCCUCAGGUCCACAGUUCAUUGUCUCUAAAGUUUCUGUCCCAAAACCUGAGGCUAGCGCUGAGGUGUCCAUCGCUGGCUCGGCCAUUGCUGCUCUGCACAAAGAGUUUUCUGCAUCGACUGUCACCACGAGAAAGAUCAUCAAGCCGGUCAAGUCUCCCAGUCCGAGUCGUAAAGCAGCGGAGGUCCGACUGAUGUCAGAGUCCAUUCCCCCACCAUUCAAAGACUCGUCUGGGAAAUAUCAGAGUCUCAUCGGAGUGGAAGUACAGAGGGGGGCACAUGAGCAAAUACACGAGGAGUGGAGAACCCAGGUGGUGGAGGCAGCAGCCGUAGCUUCAGUCAGCGGUGACAGUGUGGCUCCACCGACGCUGGUGUCAGGUUUGAAAAAUACAAAUGUGACAGAAGGCGAGUCGGUGACUCUGGAGUGUCAGAUCAGCGGACACCCGACACCGGUCAUCAUGUGGUUCAGAGAAGAUUAUAAGAUAGAGAGCUCAAUUGAUUUCCAGAUCACCUAUGAGAAGGGAUUUGCCCGACUGGUGAUCCGUGAGGCGUUUGCUGAAGACAGUGGACGCUUCACUUGCACCGCCACCAACGAGGCUGGAACCGUCAGCACUUCAUGUUACCUGCUAGUCCAGGUGUCCGAGGACAUCGAGAGCAGAGAGGAGUUUGCUGUCAUCACUGAACAUGAGAAACUUUUAACUGAAGAAUCCAGAGAAGAAACCAUGUCCCAAGUGAGCGCGGCUGAGUCCGACACUGCGGCCGCCGCCCCCUUCUUCAUCAGGACACCCAGUGUUCAGAAGCUGGUGGAGGGAGCAUGUGUCAUGUUUGAAUGUCAGGUGGGCGGAAGCCCCAAACCACACAUUAUCUGGAAGAAGAGUGGCAUCCCACUCACUACUGGAUACAGGUACAAAGUUGCUUACAAGAAGGAGACUGGAGAGUGCAGGUUGGAGAUCUCCAUGACCUUCGCUGACGACGCUGGAGAAUAUUCUGUGUUUGCCAAGAACAAGCUGGGAGAAGUCUUUGCCUCCACCAGCCUGAUGGAGGAAGAGGAAUACGAAGCAUACAUGAAGAAACAAGAAAUGACCUUUAUGACCGAAGUAACGACUGUGGUGCAGGAGCCGACAGUGGGCGACGUCGCCCCAGUCAGUGUCACGACGAUGCAGCACAUGACCACCACUAUUAUCUCAGGACAGGAGUUCCACCUCUCUGCCAUUGAGCAGAGGAUAAUCCAGGAGAUUGAGUUCUCCAUCAUGAAGAUAACCUACAGAGAGCUUGUGACAGAGGACGGAGAGUUGAUGGUGACCGCCGCCGCCACAGAGGCCACACAGCCGACCUUCGACACACCUGUCAAAAACUACAGGAUCAUGGAAGGAAUGGGUGUCACGUUCCACUGCAAACUGUCAGGACUGCCACUCCCCAAGAUCGUUUGGUACAAAGACGGCCAGCGCAUCAGGCCCGGCGACCGUUACCAGAUGGAAGUUCUUCAGGAUGGACGAGCUAGUCUUCGUCUGCUGGUGGUGCAGCCAGAGGAUGAGGGCGUGUACACUGCCUUUGCCACCAACAUGAAAGGAAACACCGUCAGCUCUGGGAAGCUCUACGUGGAGCAAUCUGGAGCUGGAGCUCCUCAUAAAUACACAGCCCAGCCUGCAGUGCAGAGGAUCAGGUCCACCUCUCCUCGCUCUAUGAGCCGCUCACCUGGUCGCUCUCCCAGUCGCUCUCCUGGGCGUUCUCCCGCUCGCCGGCUUGAUGAGACGGAUGAAGCUCAGCUGGAAAGACUCUACAAACCUGUGUUUGUCUUGAAGCCUUCGUCGUGCAAAUGCUCCGAGGGUCAAACUGCCAGGUUCGACCUGAAGGUCGUUGGCAGACCAAUGCCCGACACAUACUGGUUCCUCAAUGGACAACAAGUGGUCAGUGACAUCACCCACAAGAUUGUGGUUAAAGAGGACGGUACUCAGUCUCUGAUCAUCGCACCGGCAACACCACAGGACUCUGGAGAGUGGACGGUCGUGGCUCAGAACAGAGCCGGACGUUCUUCACUCUCUGUCACCCUCAGUGUUGAUGCUAAAGAAACCCUGGUGCGACCGCAGUUCACUGAAAAGCUGAGGAACUUGAGCGUGAAGCAGGGGACUCUAGUGGAACUCGCUGUUAGAGCCAUUGGAAACCCGCUGCCCGACAUCGUGUGGCUGAAGAACAGCGACAUUAUCACUCCACACAAACAUCCCAACAUUAGGAUUGAAGGAACAAGAGGAGAGGCCAAAUUCCAGAUCCCGUCUGCGGCAGGUGUGGACAGCGCCUGGUACACAGCCACAGCAAUUAACAAGGCAGGCAGAGACACCACCCGCUGCAGAGUCAAUGUGGAGCUGGACUAUGUUGAACCUGAACCAGAGAGGAAGCUCAUCAUUCCCAAAGGAACCUACAAAGCCAAAGAAAUCAGUCCUCCAGAGGUGGAGCCACUCCACCUGCGUUACGGUCAAGAGCAGUGGGAGGAGGGCGACCUUUACGACAAAGAGAAGCAACAGAAACCACUUUUCAAGAAGAAGCUGAACUCUGUUCGCAUGAAGCGCUUCGGUCCAGCUCACUUUGAGUGCAGACUGACUCCUAUCGGUGACCCCACCAUGGUAGUGGAGUGGCUGCAUGACGGCAAACCGCUGGCAGCUGCUAACAGGCUGCGCAUGGUCAAUGAGUUUGGAUACUGCAGCCUUGACUAUGAAGUCGCAUACGCUAGAGACAGUGGUGUCAUCACCUGCAGAGCCGCAAACAAGUUUGGAGUUGACCAGACCUCGGCCACCCUGAUCGUCAAGGAUGAGAAAGGUCUUGUUGAGGAAUCACAGCUUCCUGAAGGCAGGAAGGGGGUGCACAAAAUGGAGGAGAUUGAGCGCCUGGCCCAUGAGGGUCCUACAGGAGUCACUGUUGAAGAAGAAACUGAGAAAAUGAAACCUGAUAUUGUCCUUCUCCCUGAACCAGUCAAAGUUGUAGAGGGUGAAAUAGCCAGAUUCCGCUGCAGAGUCACUGGUUAUCCAUCACCGAAGGUCAACUGGUACCUAAAUGGACAACUUAUCCGCAAAAGUAAAAGGUACAGACUUCGUUAUGAUGGUAUCUAUUACCUGGAAAUCACUGAAAUCAAGUCCUAUGACUCAGGAGAAGUCAAAGUGGUGGCCGACAACAACCUGGGCUCCGCCGAGCACACGGUGAAGCUGGAGAUUCAGCAGAAAGAGGACUUUAGGACUCAUCUGCGUCGAGCUCCUGAGGCCAAACCAGCCGUGGUUCAACCUGAACCUGGGAAAGUUUUAUUUGAAGUGGUGAAAGCAGAGAAACCAGCAGAGGACUCUCAGCUUAAAGAAGUGGUCAAGCUCAAGAAAUCCCAGAGAAUUGUUCAUGAGAAAUCCACAGAGGAGUCGGAGGAGCUGAGGAGCAAGUUCAAACGCAGGACUGAGGAAGGCUAUUACGAGUCCAUCACAGCGGUGGAGCUCAAGUCACGGAAGAGGGAUGAAAGCUAUGAGGAUCUGCUGAAGAAGACAAAGGAGGACCUGCUUCACCAUGCCAAGGCGAAAGAGGAGGCUGAGAAGAAGAAAGAGGAGGAGCGUCGCAAGCUGACAGCUAAGGCUCUGAAGCCAGAGAGGGUCAAACUCUCAGCCAGCAUGGAAGCUCCCAAAAUCCUGGAACGCAUCACGAGCCAGACAGUCGCACAAGGAGACGAGGUCAAGUUCAGAGUACGAGUUGUUGGCAGACCAGAACCCGAUUGCCAGUGGUUCAAGAACGGUGUUCAGCUGGAGAAGUCUGAUCGUAUUUACUGGUUCUGGCCCGAGGACCAUGUGUGUGAGCUGGUGAUCAGGAACGUUAGUGCAGAAGAUUCUGCCAGCGUCAUGGUCAAAGCUUCAAACAAAGCUGGAGAAACUUCAAGCCACGCUUUUCUGCUGGUGCAAGCAAAACAAGUCAUCAGCUUCACGCAGAAGCUGGAGGAUGUCAACGCCAAAGAGAAGGACACCAUGGCAACCUUUGAGUGUGAGACCAACGAGCCUUUCGUCAAAGUCAAAUGGCUGAAGGACAACAUGGAGAUCUUCUCUGGAGACAAAUACAGGAUGCACUCGGACAGAAAGGUUCACUUCCUGUCGGUGCUGGUGAUCGGCAUGAGGGAUGAUGCAGAAUUUACAUGUGUAGUCAUUGACGACGAUGUCAGAACAAGUGCCAGGCUCAAUGUGGAAGGAGCUCCCCUGGAGAUCCUGGAACGGUUGGAGAACACCGAGGUGCCGGAGUCGUACUCUGGAGAGUUUGAGUGUCUGGUUUCCCGUGAGGAUGCGGAGGGAAGCUGGUUCUUUGGAGAAAAGUGUCUCUCUCCCAGCAGCAAAUACGUCAUGUUGUCCCGUCGGGGACGACACUCCCUGACUGUAAAAGACGUCAAGAAGGAGGACCAGGGAAAAUACACCUUCAAAGUGGGCGAGUUCAAGACGAGUGCCUCACUCAAGAUGAAACUGCGUCCAGUGACCCUGAUGCAGCCUUUGACCGACCUGACGGUCUGCGAGGGCGACAUCGCUCAGAUGGAGGUCAAGUUCUCUCAAGAGAAUGUUGAAGGUAACUGGAUGAAGAGCGGGCAGCAGAUCACAGCCUCAAGCCGUGUCCACGUCGUCGUAGACAAACAGAGCCACAAACUCCUGAUCGAAGACACAAGCAAGGACGACUGUGGAACUUAUUCAUUUGUUGUUCCCACUCAUGAGAUCUCAACCUCAGCAAAGCUGCUCGUUCAGACGAUUGGUGUGGUGAUCCCACUGAAGGACAUGAGUGUUGUUGAGGGGACAAAGGCUGUGCUGGAGACAAAGAUCUCUGCCCAGGACAUCAGCUCGGUCAAAUGGUACCAAAAUGACCAGCUGCUGGUUCCCAGUGACCGAGUCCAGAUGGUGGCAAAAGGAGUUAAGCAGCGUUUGGUGUUGACCAGGACGUUCGCCUCCGACGAAGGCUCCUACAAACUGAUCGUUGGCCGAGCCGAGACCCGCUGCAGGUUAACUGUUCAGACUGUUCAGAUUGUGAUGCCAAUUAAGGACAAGGAAUGCUCAGAGUCAGACAACGUCAUCUUCGAGGCUGAGGUGUCUCACCCGGGUAUUGAUGCCUUCUGGACCUUCAAGCAGCAGCCACUCAAAGCUGGUGGCAAGUAUAAGAUGGAAUCUAAGAACAAGUGCCACACUUUGACGGUCAUGAAUGCCAUGAAGGACGAGGAGGGCGAGUACAUGUUCGCCGCUGGUCAGAAGACGUGCAGUGCAUCUCUCACUGUAACAGGUGGCGCUAUCAAAAAGCCCCUGCGGGAUAUGGUGGUGGCUGACUCCCAGACUUCUGUGCUGGAGUGUGAGGUCUCUAACCCGACUGCAGAGGGUAACUGGCUGAAAGAUGGAAAGCCUGUUGACAUCAGCGAGAACGUGGUGAGCGAGGUGGAUGGCACCGUCAGACGCCUCGUCAUCAUCAUCACCAAAGCCACCGACAUCGGAGAGUACACUUAUCAGGUGGCCUCCUCCAAGACCUCCGCCACCCUAAAGGUUGAGGCUGUGAAGGUGAAAAAGACUCUGAAGAACCAGAAUGUGGUUGAGACCCAGGACGCCAUGUUCAUCUUGGAGCUGACCCACGAAAAUGUGAGGGGAGCGCAGUGGAUCAGAAAUGGAGUGGAAAUCCAGCCCAGUGAUAAAUGCGAGAUUACCAUCGAAGGCACUGUCCACACCCUGAAGAUCAACAACUGCAACACACAGGAUGAGUCGGUCUACUCCUUCAAACUGGGCAAACUUUCAGCCAAUGCCAGGCUAAACGUUGAAACGAUCAAGAUCCUGAAGAAGCCAAAAGAUGUGACAUCACUUCUGGGUGCUAGUGCUACGUUUGAUGUCAGUAUCUCAGAGGAAAAUAUUCCUGUGAAAUGGAUGUUCAACAAAACGGAGCUGAUGCCAAAUGAGCACUACAUGAUGAUCUCAGAGAAGAAGAACCACAAACUCAUCAUCCAGGAAGUGGACAGCAGCAAAGAGGGCGAGUACACUGUGCAGGUCGGACACCUGCAGUGCAGCGCUCGUCUCUUUGUGGAGUCACUGAAAGUCACCAGGUCCAUGAAGAACGUGGAGGUGCCAGAGACCCAGGUGGCCCUGUUCGAGUGUGAAGUGUCUCACUUUAACAUCCCGUCCACGUGGUUGAAGGAUGGAGUAGAGAUCGAGAUGAGUGAGAAGUUCAGGAUUGAAGUUCAGGGAAAAGUACAUCAGCUGAGGAUCGUGAACGCGAGCAAGAACGACUCUGGAGAGUACACCUUCGUCUGUGGGAGUGACCGCGUCUCGGCGACACUCACUGUCAGCCCUAUUCUGAUCAUGAUGAUGCUGCAGGACCUGAACGCGCAGGAGAAGGACUCGGUCACAUUUGAAGUAAAUGUUAACUACGAGGGAAUCACUUACAAAUGGCUGAAGAACGGCGCAGAGAUACGGUCCACAGACCGCUGCCAGGCUCGCUGCAAACAGCUCACACACACUCUGAGCCUCAGGAACGUCCACUUUGGAGACAGCGCCGAGUACACCUUCAUGGCCGGGUCCGCAGUCACCAGCGCCAAACUCGACGUGGAGGCUCGUGUGGUUGAGUUCACCAAAAAUCUGAAGGACCUGAAGAUCACAGAGAAGAAGAGGGCAACGUUUGAGUGUGAGGUUUCUGAGCCAAACGUCCAGGUGAUGUGGAUGAAGGACGGUCAGGAGCUGGAGAUGUCCGACAGAUAUAAAAUUAGCUCCGAUAAAUUUGUGCACCGUCUGGUUCUGCCGUCCGUCCGUCUGUCUGAUGCCGGAGAGUUCACCGCUGUGGCCGGGUCCAGCAUGUCCAAGGGACACCUGAGUGUCGAGGGACGGGACAUUAAAAUUUCUGCUCCUGUUAGCAGAAACAUCACUGUGAUUGAGAAACACAGAGCAACGUUUGAGUUUGAAGUGGACGAGGACGAUGUGGAAGGUCACUGGAUGAGGAAUGGCGUGGAGAUCCAGAUCACAGAAGAGGAACGGUUCAGCUACGCUGUCAUCAGGAAACUGCACCGUCUCACCAUUUCUGAGACGUACAGAAGCGACGCCGGAGAGUUCACCUUUUUAGCCGGGAAAAACAGGAGCACCAUCAACCUGCACGUCAAAUUGCCGGAACCUCCUGAGAUUGUGCGACAGAUGACACCACAGACGGCGAUGUCCGGCCGGUCAGCACGGUUCUCCGUGCAGGUGACUGGACUCCCUCAGCCUCAGGUUUCCUGGUACAAAGACUCUGAGGUUCUUGUCAUCACCGACAAAAUCAAGUUCCUCCACGAUGGCAGCGAACACACGCUGCUGCUGCUGGAGGUCUUUGUGGAUGACUCCGCCGUGUACAGCUGCCAGGCCAAAAACGACUUUGGAGAAGCGACAAGCUCCGCCUCUCUCACUGUGGAAGUCCCUGAAGUGGUGGAAACCAUGGCUCCGGUCUUGGCUCCAGUCCUCAUCAGUCCACUGCAGAAUGUCGUGGUCUCUGAGGGAAGCCCCGCCAGGUUCCAGUGCAGUGUCUCUGGAGAAGAUGUGCAGGUUUCCUGGUUCUGUAAACACCGGGAGCUCAAACAUUCAAAAAUCUUCACCAUGUCUCGCGUUGACAACGUCUGCCAGUUGGACAUUUCUAAAGUUCUCCCUGAUCACGAGGGUGAAUAUUCAUGUGUUGCCGCUAACUCGGCAGGAAUGGUGACGUGUGCGGCAGCGUUGCAUCUCGACGAUGAAAAAGCCGUAGCUAGUGUGUGGAGCUGUGCGUCCGAUGCUCAGCUAAGUGAGCAUCUGGAGGCUCACACUGAGAGUUUCAGCUCUCACUCAAUGGUACAAACGAGCCACAGUGUUGACUUUACUGAAACAGUCUCUCAGAGCUCGUCUGUGUCUUGGAGGACGGUGGAGACUCAGAUGGAGAGUGUGAGUCUGGUGGAGACGAGCUCCGAAUGCAGCUUUAACGUGGAACUCUCAACUUUCCCCAAACUGCUGAUGGAAAUGAGCGAUAUUUGGGUGAAAAGCGGUGAAAUGGCAGAGUUCAGCUGCCUGUUUGACGGACAGCCAUUCACCACGGUGGUGUGGGAUCAUAAUGGACAGAAUCUGAAGGACACAGAGCGGGUGAGGAGCUCUCAGAGCGAGGGCUUGUUGUCUCUGCUCAUCCAGGGUGUUGGUGUGGCAGACCAGGGUAAAUACCGCUGCACCGCCACCAACCAACACGGUUGCAACAGCUCCUCCGCCCAGCUCACUGUUGAAGCUAAAGAAGCAAUUCUCAAAGCAGAAACCCCCGUUUCUACAGAUUCUGUACGCAAACUGUCUCAGAUUGACAGGGUGUCUGUUAGAGACUCUCCCGAACAAGACCAGCAGGAGGCAGUGGAGAAACCGGGACCUUUGCCUCCGUCUUCUCAGAGACCGUACAGCUUCAUCAGCCUCCCGUAUUUCCCUGAUGUCACACAUGUCGACGAGCGAGGCCUCAACUUCCUGGUCAAACUGCCCCCGGAGCUGCUGCUCACAAACAGAGCCGGCGGCUCGUUGGGUUGCGUUAUAAAGGGAGUUCCGUCUCCCUUUGUCAUUUGGCUUUACAACCGUUUGAAUGUAGAAGAUUCUGUGUCGUACUCUGUGAAACGUGACGGCCCUCUGUGCUGUUUAAACGUUAACAAUGACACAUGUGGACAAGCAGACGCUUACAUUUACAAAAAACUCUUCUCAACUGGAGAUGCUGAGAGCAGCCCAGUCAUGAAAGUAACUGAAGUGGGAAAAGAACCUGAGAUUCAGGUCCAGGACAAAGUCAAAGCCUUUUCUAGCUCAACCAUCACAGUGGAAGAAGAAAGGUCGUUCCACACCGGCCUUAAACUACCAGACAAAACCAGAACACUUGAACUCAAACCAGAAUCUAAGAAAAGAGAAAAGCCUGUUUUCCUCAGUGAGUUGUCUCCUGCAGCCGCAGCUGCUGGAGAAACUGUGAUGUUUACAGUCAGAGUGUCUGGCUUUCCUAAACCCACCGUUCAGUGGUUCCACAAUGGCCAGACCAUAACGAGCUCGUCAGUCUAUGUGUUCAUUCACGAGCAGGAUGAGUACAGUCUGGUCAUUAACAACAUCCAGAGGGAGAGUGAGGGCGAGUAUAGCUGUACAGUGGGAAACAGGUUCGGUCAGUCCACGUGCAUGUCUUAUCUGCACGUCCAGCUGCACGAGUCAGAGAAACAUGUCGUCCCAACAGGGAAAGCCCCAGAGUUCAGUCAGACCAUCAAGUCGAUGCAGGUGUGUGAGGGAGGUGACGCGUCCUUCAGGUACACAGUGAGUGGAGAUCCUCUCCCUCAGGUUCAGUGGCUCCGAGGUAGAGUCCACAUUCAGCCCAGCGGCUUCUGUAUAAUCGUAAACAAUCCAGACGGGUCGGGUCAUAUUCACAUUAAGAGUGUCCAACAGGAGCACAGUGGUGUGUACACAUGUAAGGCCUCCAACACACAAGGGGAAGAGUCUUGUACUGCAGAGCUGCUCGUGUUCAGGAAAGAGCAGCCUUUUGUGAGAAAGACUACAGGAUUAAAGUUUUCCAUGACUCAGCAAAGCUCAGGGUCUCUGUUACAUGAGGAAAGAAGCCGCUCUGAUCAGAUGAUCUAUACCAUCAGCACCAAAGACGGGCAGAUUAUUCCCAGCGAGGAGGCGGGACCACUCAGAGAUCUCGAUAUCUCUGCAGCCACUCCUCAUCGAGAGCAGUUAACCCAGCAGGCAGCAGUUCUGCAGUCUCUUGAAGUCCAGGAGAGGGUUUCUGUGGUUCCCACCCAGCCUGUCCAGGUCUCCGCUGUUCCUGUUAGGCAGCUUCACACGGCCACCUUCUUAUCCUCUGUCCUGGAGAGGCAGAAGAUCACCGAGCAGCACUCUGAGCGCAUCCUCAGCCCAGAGGUUGUUGAACUCCAGUUAGCCAAAGAGCAGCCAUCCAAGCUCAUGUCGGCUACAUCUGAACAGGUCCUCCCACUCACCACAGUGAGAGCUGAGGCACUGACAGACCAGGUUCCAGAGCACAUGAAGACCUCAACUGAGCCCAGGCAGCUUGUUGUAGGUCCUCAAAUAGAGUUGACUCUACCCAUCCUCGAAGAAAGAUCGGGUUUUAUUCACAGACCAGAGGAAGAAAAGAGUUUCAGGAUAGCAGAAGGGGUUAGGAUUUCAUACUCAGCUCAGUGUACAAGUCAGCAGCCAAUCACAGAGAGGCACUCUGAGCUGCUGCCAGCUGUAGAUGCAGCAGUCCAACCCCUCAUUGAGAAAGAGAUGGCUAAAGCAGCGGUGGCACCUGUGAGCGAAACUAGAAUGGUUUUAUCGAAAGAGCAGAGAUUUGAGAUCCACAGACCUGAGCAGGAGAAAAUCACCUCAUGCAAAGACAUUCUUUACAAGUCAGCUGUAGCUGCUGAAGAGAAGUAUGAACUCCAGGCUGAACAGGUGGGACAGGUGCCAGGUAUCGAAUCCUCUGUAUAUUUACAGCCUCAGCAGGAGGGAGAGAGAGUCCUGAACCUGCAGGUCAUAAGUACACAGGAUAUUUUACAGUCUGAAGGUAGGUUCAGCAGUGAAAAGCCUAUCACAGAGCAGGCAGAGGCCAGGAGCAGUCCGACUCUGCUGCAUUCAGUGAGUCAGGAAGAACAGAGGACUGUUGUUUGUGAAGGAACCUCAGAAUUAGCAGCAAAAACAGAUGCUAUGUCAGUUCAACCAAAGAAAGAACUGCCACAAACAAAAUACCUUCAGUCCAUUCAUUCUGUAUCAGUUUUACCAAAGGAAGGCAAGCUUACUGUCACUAAACCCGACCAGCAGGUGGCGAUACAGAAGCAGGAAAAGGCCAAAAGGCACACAGCUAUUUCAGAGGAAAGAAGACAGAUCACUGCAGAUUUUCACAAAGAUAUGGAUCAGGCAGUGAGUGGCAUUCAGUUGCAGCAUCGCACUGAACCCAGACCUUCCAGCAUCCUCGCUGUCUCCUCACAGCCCAGGCAGCUCCCAAAAGAGGAGCCGUUUACUGCUGAUGUGAAACUGCAGCGAGCGCUGAUCCAGAAAGAGGACUACUGGAAUAUCAUGCAGUCUUUGAACGUCACAGACACUCAGACCCUCAAGGAGGGUCACACCAUUGCUCUCAAAACCGAUGAAAAGUUCAGGCCUCAGGUAAAAAUUGAGCCUAAAAUCCCUAAAAAGCCUAUUUUCAUUGAAGAGAAGGCUUUGGCCACUGAGAGCUGCCAAAUCUUAGAAGCUGCUGAGCAAGACUUUGCAGUCCAGAUUCAGGAGGGUCAGUCAGUGCGACAGUCGGUUCUACUGCAAGAAAAGCAGGUCAUUGUUGGAGAGUGUUCAGGGGAAAUAUUUAAAUCUGAGGGUUCAUCUGUGAGCGUUCUGACGCAGCCCAGACAUGUUCUGUUUGUCCAUGAGUCUCAGGACACACAGGUUCUACCUAAAGAACUUACCUUUGUUAUUCCUGUCCCUAAAUCAUCCAGUCUGAACAUACGCCGUCAGCUCAGAGACACCCUCCAGUCUGCUGUGGCCAGAGACCAGCCGCUGUUACUGGCUGAUGUUGUAGGAAGGUUAGCUACUGUGGAGGUGCAGGAGGUGAAGCGUACGAAAGAACCAAAACACACCAUGCACACUUAUCUGAUCACAACACCAGAUACUCCAAUGGAGAUCACACUGUCAUUUGAGGGCAAGUACCCUCAGACCGCUGACCUCAGAUCUGAGCUACAGGGUGCUCUGCAUGCCAUGGUUUUCCAGGAGCAACAAAGUCUUACUUCAGACCAUCCGGGCACCAUGCAAAUUGAAAAGCCUGGUAAAGUGCAGGUGACCACAGCAGCCUCUAAAGAGGUGUUGUCAUCUGUGGUGGACACAGUCAUGGUGGCGGAGAGUGCUGUCGGGUUUCCUUCAACUGUGUCUCAGUCUGCAGCACUCAAGACUGAAGAGAGGGCUUCUUUCAAAAGUGCAACUGUUAAGAGUCAAACUGAAAUCUGUGAGUCAGGGAGGGAGUUCACCACCACUGUCUCUGUAGGUGGAGCCUCUGUUCAGCAACAUGUGGAUCUUACUGUCCAUAGCGAAACCAGAGAGGAGUUCCUCUCAGAGGCCGUCAUGAUCAGUGAGUCUUCAGACAGUCUGCUAGAUUAUCCUGCAGUUGUUAACGCUCUGAGAGACAUCUGUGCUGAGGAAAACAGAGAGGCAGUUUUUACUGCCACCAUCAAAUAUGUCACCAUUGUCAACUGGUUUUUCAAUGGACAGCUGGUGAAAUCUGGCAAAGAGUUCAAGUGUUCUAAAGAUCAUGACACAUACAAACUGGUUAUCAACAAGGUUGUCAAGGAGAGGCAUCAAGGAGAAUAUGUGUGUGAGGCUGAGAAUGAAGCCGGCCGGACUACAACGUCUUCAAGACUCACUGUGGUCUCCAGAGUGAAACCUGUGUUCAGACACAGGAUUGAACCUGUGGAGGUCAACAUCGGCCAUCACGCCAAGUUUGAGUGUGAAACCGAGGACUCUCCAAACGUGAGCUUCAAGUGGUUCAAAGAUGGAAACCCCAUCAAAGAGGGCGACAAAUACCGGAUUAUCAGUCGCUUCAGCACUUCUUCACUUGAUCUUUUGACACCAACCAAGGAGGACAGUGGUGAAUACACCUGCAAGGCAUCCAACCAGCACGGCAGCGAUGAAUGCUCUGCUUCCCUCAUUGUGACAGAAAAAUAUCCUCCUGCCUUUGUGAGUAAACCUGACCCUCAGACUGUGUUUGUGGGUAAGAGGGCAGUGAUUCAGUGUGUCAUAAUGGGAUCAGCUCCUCUGAACAUUGUCUGGCUCAAAGACAACGAGGCCUUGUCUAAAGAGCUGAAACGCUACCAAACCUCUUGUGAAAAGAACAAACACACUCUUGAGCUCAGUGAGCUGGAGGCAGCUGACAGGGGGCUCUAUGUCUGCAGAGCAUCUAACGAUGUUGGGACUGAUGAGUGCAGCACGGAGCUGCGUGUUAUUGAUAAGCCCAACUUUGUGAAGCCCCUGGGUCCUGUAGCCGCUGUGGUCGGCACUCCUCUGCACCUGGAGUGUCAGGUGGAUGAGGACACAGGAGUGAGUGUGACAUGGACCAGAGAUGGACGGAAAGUCCACCAGUCUCCCGACUGUAAACUGUCCUUCGAGAAUAAGAUGGCCACCCUCGAUAUUCUUAAGACCACACUGAGGGAUUGUGGAAAUUUUGUGUGUACAGUGACGAAUGAAGCCGGGAGUGCGACAUGCUCCACUCUGGUGAAGGUUCAAGAGCCGCCGGUCUUUGUAAAGAGGCUGGAGGGCACCACUGUGUGGAGACAGGGCACUACUGUACGGCUGCAGUGCUCUGUCAAAGGUUCCCCCGAACUUCAUACUACUUGGUUCUUUAAUAACAGCGAGCUGUCAGCAGGGGGCAGACAUGGCAUCAGUCUGAAGGAGGGCGUUGCCACUAUUGAGAUUCAGGAAGUUGCUCUGAGUGACAGUGGAAAUUACACCUGUGAGGUUCUCAAUGAGUCUGGCUGUGAAAGUUGCAGCACUAAAGCCACAGUCAAAGCACCGCCGUCUUUCAAAAAGGAGUUAGCAUCCGUGGAGGCGGUCAGAGGAUCUGUGGCCGUGCUGGAGUGUGAACUCGCAGGUUCCACGCCAUUUGAGGUUUCCUGGAAAAAGAAUAAGAAGCGUCUGUCCACAGAUAAGAAGUUCAGAAUAGUGUCGCAGGGUUUCCUGACUUCUCUGGAGAUCCACUCAUUUGAGAGCGCCGACGCUGGCGAAUAUGAGUGCGUCGUGUCCAACGAGGUUGGCUCGGUCAAUUCAAAGUCUGUGGCCAAACUGAAAGAACCACCAGUAUUUUCAAAGAGGAUCGAGAGCGCUACCGCGGUGUUGGGAAACACAGUGAAGCUGCAGGGAACUCUGAAAGGCUCAGCUCCCAUCACUGUGAAAUGGAUGAAAGACUCUGAGCUGCUCAGAGACGACGAUCCAAACGUUCACAUGACCUUUGAAAACAAUGUAGCCUGCAUUUCCUUUUCCUGUGUUGAGAUCAAACAUGGAGGAAAGUUCACGUGCCUCGCUGAGAACGAGGCAGGGCAACAGAAAUGUGAAGCUGUGUUAACAGUUCAAGAACCAGCCAGGAUCUUAGAGAAAGCAGAGUCCAUCAGUGUGACUGCCGGAGAGUCUGCCACUUUGGGGUGCACAAUUUCAGGAAGUCCAGAACUGAAAGUAAAGUGGUUUAAAGAUGGAAGGGAGAUGAUCAGCGGCCGCAAAUAUAAGAUGAUGGUGAAGGAAAACACGGCCAUUUUAAAGAUCCUCUCAGCAGAUAAAGGAGACACGUCACAAUACAAGAUGGAGGUUUCCAAUAAAGUGGGCAAAGACGAGUGCACCUGCUCCGUCACUGUUAUAGAUCGCGCAGUUCCACCGUCCUUCACCAAAAGUCUGAAGAAAGUGGAAGCAAACAUCGGCACUAACGUUACUCUGCAGUGCCGCGUCUCCGGCUCUCAGCCGAUGCUUGUUUGUUGGUUCAAAGAUGACAAAGAAAUUCAUAGCAAUGACAAAUAUCAGGUGGAUUUCACUGAGAGCACCGCUUCUGUGGUGAUCAUCAGCCUGAACCAGAGUGACGGAGGAGUUUAUACAUGUCGAGCCUCUAAUGAUGCUGGCGAGAAGGAGACCAGUGGUUCUUUGUCCAUCAAAGAACCUCCAGCCUUUAUGGUGAAGCCUGAGUCCCAGGACACUUCACCAGGUUCCAACAUUGUCCUAAAAUCAGCCUUCACUGGAUCAGCUCCUCUGGUCAUUAAGUGGUUCAAAGAGGAGAAAGAGAUUUUCACUGGAGGAAAGUGUUUCAUAAAGAAAGAAUCUUCAUCCAGCUCUUUGGAGCUUCACUCAGUGAAAUCCAGUGAUUCUGGUAAAUACACAUGUCAAGUGUCCAACAAUGCCGGGAAGGUGGACUGCACCGCAGUGCUCUUUGUGAAAGAAGCUCCAAAAUUUACGAUGACGCUUGAGCCGUCAAUGCUGCUGAAAAGUGCACAGCCUCUAAAGCUGUCGUGUAAAGUGCAGGGAACACCUGUGAUCACGGUCAUGUGGUUGAAAAACGGCUCUGAAAUCACGUGUGACCACAGACACGUGACAUCUUUCGAUGGCUCAGUGGCGUCUCUCGAGAUAGAAGACUGUUCUGUAGGAGACAGCGGACAGUAUGUGUGUGUGGCCUCCAGCGAGGCCGGCAGAGACGAGUGCAGCAGCUCGGUGACCGUCAGAGAGCCUCCAGUGUUUGUGAGGCCUUUCGAAUCAGCAGAGCUUAUGAAGGGAUCUGGUCUUAUCUUGGAAGGAACUGUUUCAGGUUCUGUUCCUUUUGAACUCAGUGUUUUCCUCAACGAUAAACUGAUCAGAAAUGACAAAAAGCACAAAAUCAGCCUGGAAAAUGACACAGUCACUGUUGAGGUGUUGGACUGUGAUAGUGGAGAUGCUGGGACAUAUCAGUGCUCAGUUGUGAACGAUGUCGGAGAGACGUCUUGUUCUUGCCAGAUUUCACUGAAAGAACCACCAUCAUUUGUUCAGAGACUCGAGGACAUGUCCAUUAUUGUGGGCUCUGAGGUCUCUAUGAGGUGCAUGUUGUCUGGGUCACUGCCCAUGACUUUCUCCUGGAUGAAGGACGAUAAUGAGCUCAUGGAAGACGAGCAUUUUAAAAUGUCCUUUGAUGCCACGAGUGCAGUGUUGACUUUGAAAGAUGCUCAGUUGUUACAUGGAGGCAAAUAUGUGUGUCAGGCUCAGAACCGAGCCGGGACCCAGCGAAGCACUGCCGUGCUUACUGUCACAGAACCUCCUCAGUUUGUCCUCAAACUGCCUCCCACCAUCUUCGUGAAGCAGGGUGAGGGACACCGUUUUGAGUGUAAGCUAAAGAGCUCACGCUCCGUCAAUGUGAGCUGGUACAAAAAUGACCAACAGUUAAACGAUGGAGGAAACUAUAAAAUACUGCUCGUCGACUCCACGCUGCACCUGCAACUGCUCACCACACGGUUUGAGGAUAACGGAGUCUACAGCUGUGAGGCCCGUAAUCUUGCUGGCUGCACGAGCUGCUCCAGCGUUCUCACAGUACAAGAGUCUCCGUCUUUUACUAAAACUCCGAGCCCAGUGGAGGGCGUCACAGGCAAAGAUGGCAGCCUUCACUGUGAGAUGUAUGGAACUCCACCUCUAAAGAUCAGCUGGUACAAAAACAAAAGCCCCUUAAAGGAGAGCAGGAAAUAUAAGAUGGUCAGUGAAGGCAACUCUGCUACACUGCACAUCCUGAGACUGGAGCAGGACGACGCCGGCCAGUAUGAGUGCAGAGUCUCAAACCAUGUUGGAAGAAAUUCUUGCCAAACCACCGUCACUAUUAAAGAACAACCAGCAUUUGUCCAGAAGCUGGUUGACCAGUCAGUGAGAGUUGGCGAGCAGCUUAUACUCACAGCAACAGUAAAAGGCUCCGAGCCACUGACUGUGUCCUGGGUUCAGGACAAAGAUCACAUUCUCAGAGAUGGCGACAACAGGAGGAUCACGUUUGAGAACGACGUGGUCACCCUGGUUGUUCCUCAGGUCGACUCCACCACAGGUGGUAAAUACAUCUGCCAGCUCAAGAACGACUCUGGUGUUGCGGAGUCUGUCUCCCAAGUCACAGUUCUAGAACCCGCUGCAGUUGUGGAUAGCCCAGACUCUUUGAGUGUGAUGUCAGGAGAAAAUGUGACUCUAGAAGUCAGAGUUUCUGGUUCUCCAGAACUGAAAUGUAAGUGGUUUAAGGACAACAAAGAGAUCUCUGCUGGUGCCAAGUGCCAGAUGUCCUUGACAAAGAAGGUCGCCACCCUGAAGCUUCGCUCUGCUGACAAACCCGAUGCUGGAGAAUAUAAAUUUGAGGUUUCAAACCAUGUUGGUGCAGCCACAUGUGUAACUCAGCUCGUUGUCUCAGAUAAAUUGAUACCUCCGAGUUUCAUAAGGAAGCUAAGAGACGCUCACCUGGUUGCGGGUAAGCCUGGUGAGAUGGAGUGUAAGGUUACUGGCUCAGCACCUUUAACUACUUCCUGGUUCCACGACGGCCAGGAGAUCCAAAGUGGACCAAACUAUGACAUUAGCUGUUCUGAUAACAGCUGCAAACUGAAACUUCCGACUAUAACAAUGUCAGAUUCAGGUAAAUACACCUGUAAAGCUGUGAAUGCUGCAGGAGCCAGUGAAACCAGUGCGUCCAUGAAAGUCACAGAACCUCCGUCUUUUGAGGAAACACCCAAAGCGGAGGAAACGUUGCCAGGCAACAAUGUGUCUUUCUUAGCCAAAGUGAGAGGCAGCUCCCCCCUGAGGGUGAAAUGGUUCAGAGGAGCCAAAGAAUUGCAGCAUGGACGACACUAUGAGAUCAGCUUGAAGAACAAUGUAGCCACAUUGGUUCUUCUUGGAGUUGAACCAGCGCAGGCAGGAGAGUACACCUGCCAGAUCAUUAAUGACGCAGGGAAGGAAAGCUGCGAAGUUUACCUGUUUGUCAAAGAACCUGCCCGCUUUGUAAAGAAGCUUCGGGAUGUUUCCUGUGAGAAGGGAAAGCCGCUGAGGCUGGAGGUCACGUUCAGUGGAAGCCCCAUCGUCAAUGUGUCCUGGAGGAAGGACGGUCAAGUCGUCUGGACUUCGUAUCAAUACAAUGUGAUCACCACUGACUCCUCCUGCAUCCUGGAGGUUCUUAACUCUGACAGUUUGGAGGCGGCAGGUAGAUAUUCUUGCGAAGUCAACAAUGGAUUUGGAAGCGACAAAUGUGACGCUCAAGUGUCCAUUCUAGAACGACCGUACUUUGUUGAACACAUGGAGCCAGUGGAGCUAACGGCAGGCGACCCUCUUACACUGAAAUGUCGCGUAGCUGGAACUCCUGACAUUUCCACAGCUUGGUUCAAAGCUGAGGGAAAAUUGCGCAGGUCUGACAUUUGCUCCAUGGAGUUUGCAGAUGGCGUCGCAUCUUUGCAUCUUCUUACAACCACCAAGCUCAAUCAUGGCGAGUACGUCUGCAAGGCCGAGAACCGGGUCGGUUCUGCCGCCACCAGCUGUGACGUGACAGUGAAAGAACCUGUGCACUUUAUUAAGAAGCUGGACGACACAACUUUCAUAGUCGGUCAGCCACUGAAACUCGUCUGCACGUACGCCGGGAGCCAACAGGUCUAUGUCACAUGGAAGAAAGACAACAAGCUGAUUUGGGCGUCUUAUCAGUAUAACGUUAGAACCACUGAUUCCACCUGCUCUCUGGACAUCCUGAACAGCGACAGACCCGACGCAGCUGGAACGUACACUUGUGAAAUUUCCAACAAAGUUGGAAGUGACAUCUGCCACGCUCGUGUCAGCCUAGAACCUGUACGAUUUGUCAAGAAACUGGAGGACGUCUGCCAUGAAGUGGGCAAACCGCUGAGGCUGGAAUGCUCAUACACGGGCAGUCAGCGAGUCAACGUCACUUGGAAGAAAGACGAUAAGCUAAUUUGGGCGUCGUACCAGUACAACGUCAAGACCAGCGAGUCCUCCUGCGCUCUGGAUGUCCUCAACAGUGACAGAGAAGCUGCGGCGGGAAAAUACACGUGUGAAAUUUCCAAUGCAGGAGGAAGCGACGUCUGUCACGCUCAUGUUAAAAUAGAACGCAAAGUUGCUCCAAACUUCACCAAGAAGCCAUCAGAAUCCAUGACGGAGUCCGUGGGUAAGAUGGUGAAGAUGGAGUGUCGGGUGUCAGGCUCGCAGCCGCUGAGCAUCACCUGGUACAAGGACAACGUGGAAAUACACGCCUCUGACAAGUACGACAUCAGCCUUAAGAACAAUGUUGCUGUACUCUGCAUCAGAGACUCCACCGGCUCUGACAGAGGCGUGUACACCUGUGAGGCGUCCAACGAAGCCGGCAAAGCUUCGUGUCGGGUUUCCCUCUCCAUCUCAGAAACCGGACAACCUCCCAAAUUUGAUGCCCUUCUGGAGCCACUGACUGUGAGUGAGGGGGAGAAGCUGAGUCUCAAAUGCCACGUCAGUGGUUCUGCUCCACUGAACAUCCAGUGGAUGAAGGACCGGAGGGAACUGAAGUCCAGUGCAAAUACCAGGAUCACAUUUGUUGGAGGGACGGCUUGUCUUGAGAUCAGCUCCGCCUCCAAGUCUGAUGCAGGAGAUUAUCUGUGCAAGGCGAGCAACGCGAGUGGCAGUGACUUCUGCAAGUCUAAAGUCACUGUUCAAGACAAAGGAGCCGCCCCUGCUGCUGCUGCUGUCCUCACCCCUGCUGCUGCUGUCUCCGCCCCUGCUCCUGCUGUCCCCGCCCCUGCUCCUGCUGUCCCCGCAGCUGCACCAGUCAAAAAACUUGACAACUUAUUCUUCAUCGAGGAACCAAAAAAUGUUUCUGUCACAGAGAAGGGAACUGCAACCUUCAUCGCUAAAAUCGGCGGUGACCCAAUCCCAAGCGUGAAGUGGAUGAAGGGCAAAUGGAGGCAGAUCACAGCCGGAGGUCGUAUUUCCAUCGUGCACAAGGGCCAGGACGCUAAACUGGAGAUCAGAGAGGUGACCAAGUCCGACGCUGGUAACUACAGAUGUGUUGCUACCAAUAAACAUGGGGAGAUCGAGUGUGGUGCUGAGAUGGAAGUUUCCAAAAAGGAGGCAGUGGAAGAAAUUGGAGAUUUGAGGACGAGGCUGAAGAAAACACCGUCAAAGCAGAAAAGCCCCAAGAAAGAGCAGGAGGUCAAUAUUGUGGAGCUGCUCAGAGGUCGUGAGCCCAAAGAGUACGAGAAAAUCCUUCAGGAUCACGGAAUCCACGACUACCGUGCGAUCCUGCAGGCCAUCGAGUUCCUGAAGAGGGAGAAGGAGAUGGAGACGGGAGUCGUGGAGGUGGAACAUGGAGGUCGGGUUGAAGAGGAGGACAUGGCCCGACUGAUCCAGCAGCUGGAAGGACGUGUCACCACUGAGCCUGUCUCUGUCAUGGAGGACAUCACAGACCAGACCACGGCUGAGAACCAGACUGCCACCUUUGAGUGCCAGAUCCGGAUCAACUACCCAGAGAUCUCUCUGACCUGGUACAAGGGGACACAGAAACUGGACAACAGUGACAAGUAUGACAUCAGCAGUGACGGCGAGCGCCAUUAUCUGAGGAUCAACAACUGCCAGGUCAAAGAUCAGGGCAACUACCGUGUGGUGUGUGGUCCUCACAUCUCCAAUGCCAAACUCAGUGUCUCAGCCGAAAACAUUCAGUUCACUAAAAGCAUCAGAAGCAUCGAGGUGAGUGAACUCCACAGCGCCACCUUCCAGUGUGAGCUGUCCUUUGACAGCGCCUCUGUCACGUGGUACAAAGGCUCUUGGGAACUUACAGAGAGUCCAAAGUUUAAGUUCAGGGCUGAGGGCCGUCACCAUUUUAUGACCAUCAGUGACGUGACGUCAGCGGAUGAAGGCGUUUACUCCGUGAUCGCUCGUCUGGAGCCAAUGGGAGAAGCUCGUAGUUCUGCCGAGCUUCACCUGUCGCACAAAGACGUUACAGACGCUCCAGAAAGUCAGUCUGCAGUCGUUUACAGAGCGUUUGAGCGUGUGACGGUUCAGGAAAAGAAGGUGUCUGUACAAUAUUCGUCCACAGAAGAGAAAAAACACGUAGAAGAAGAAAUCGUAGAGAGGAAAGAGUUCAGGAUCACAGAAGAAGUUUCUGAAGCUGCUGAAAUUUUAAGGCGUGAGGAAGAGAAACGUGCCGAGGUUGCAGCUCGACGUCCGGCUCCAGAAGCUGUAGUGAAGAAGCUGCAGCCUGAUGUCACUGACGCUGCACGCCAGAGGGAAGAAGAAGCUCCGCCCCCUGAAGAAUGGUGGAGUUACACUGAACCAGAACCUGAAGUGGUUCGCAGACAGGUCCCUGCUGAACCUCAUCCACCCAAAGCAGCAGAGCCAGAACCAAAACCUGCUGCUCCUGGACUCAAAGAGGUUGAACUGAAGCCUGAGGACGCUUCUAGACUCAGAGCACCACAACCGUCAAAUUCUGAAGAACCUGUCAUUCUGCCAAAGACCACCAAGGUUCCUCCUCCAUCACAGGAACGUGUUCCUGCCGCAGCCCAAGAUGUGACCAAACCAGAAGGACCUGCACCACCUCCUGCUCCUGCUGUUCCAUCUGAAGUUGUCUUAGAAACAAAGACACCCGACACGUCCAGAAAACCACGUCUGACCCCAGAUAAACCUGAACCACCAACCUACAUCCUGGAACCAAAACCAAAAGAACCAGAGGUUCAAGAAGAAACAAAGAAGGUUACCCGAGUGCCGAAGAAGGUUCAAGAAACAAAGAAAAAAGUUCCAGAAGAAGCAGAAAAAUUUGUGGAGGAAAUAAAUAAGGCUCCAGAAGAAGCAAAGAAGGUUCCAGAAACACCAAUAAAGAUUCCAGAAGAACCAAAGAUAGUUCAGGUAGAAACAAAGAAGGUUCGCAAAGCUGAAAAAACGAUCCCAGAGGUACCGAUAAAGGUUUCAGAAGAACCAAGGAAGACAGAAGAACCACCAAAACAAGUUCAGGAUGCAAAGCAACAGCAACAAGUCUCUCGUCCAGAGGAGAAGAAACCAUCUGUACCUGCGCCGAAACCUUCAGCUCCUGCAGCUCCUUCAGCUCCUGCAGCUCCUGCAGCUCCUGCAUCUCCUGCAGCUCCUGCAGCUCCUGCAGCUCCUGCUGCUCCUACUACUCCUGCAGCUCCUGCUGCUCCUACUGCUCCUGCAUUUCCUGCAGAGAAAGUAGCUCCCCCUGCAGUGUCUCGUCCAGAGGAGAAGAAACCCUCUGUACCUAAGCCAAAACCUUCAACUCCUGCAGCUCCUGCUGCUGCUCCUGCUGCUCCUGAUGAGAAAGUGUCUCCCCCUGCAGUGUCUCGUCCAGAGGAGAAACAAUCUGUACCUACACCAAAACCUUCAGCUCCUGCUGCUCCUGCAGAGAAAGUGUCUCCCCCAGCAGUGUCUCGUCUAGAGGAGAAGAAACCAUCUGUACCUACACCAAAACCUUCAGCUGCUGCAGCUUCUGCUGCUCCUGCUGCUCCUGCAGCUCCUGCUGCUCCUGCUGCUCCUGCUCCUCCUGCACAGAAAGUAGCUCCCCUUGCAGUGUCUCAGGAGGAGAAGAAACCAUCUGUACCUACACCAAAACCUUCAGCUCCUGCUCCUCAUGCAGAGAAAGUAUCUCCCCCUGCAGAGUCUCGUCCAGAAGUGAAGAAACCCUCUGUACCUACACCAAAACCUUCAGCUCCUGCUGCUUCUGCAGAGAAAGUAGCGCACCCUGCAGUGUCUCCGUUAGAGGAGAAGAAACCCUCUGUGCCUACACUGAAACCUUCAGCUCCUGCUCCGGCUGCUCCGGCUGCUCUUGCAGAGAAAGUGUCGCCCCCUGCAGUGUCUCCUCCAGAGCAGUGGAAGGAACCUUCACCUCGCUUUACUGCUCCUACAGAGAAAGUGUCGCCCCCUGCAGUGUCUUCUCCAGUGGAGAAGAAACCACCUGCUCCAGUGUCAGAGCCUCCAGCUCCUGCUGCUCCCCCUGCAGUUUCUCCUCCUGAAGAAAAGAAACCAUCUCAAGUGAAACCAAAGCCUGAUGCAGAAAAGGCUAAGCUUCCAGCAGCUCAAGUUGCACCAGUGGAGAAGAAACCAUCUCCUCCGGUUGAAAUGGCUAAACCAUCUCCUGUGUUUGAGGAAAUUGUUGCACCUGAAGACAUGGAGCCAGUUUCAGCACCUGGACCAACUAAAGUGACACCUCUUAAGCGAAAGGGUAAAGUUCCAGUUCAGGAAACAAAAACACCUGAUUUACCUAAACAGAAGAGCAAAUUCACCAGAAUACCCCAAGGGAAGGAACCAGAACCAGAAACUGUCAAGUUGAAGAAGGUACCGGUAAAACCUUCAGAGCCUGAGAGGCAAGUUGUAACUCAUAAAGCCGAAGUGGUGAGGCAUCACGAUCCAGAACUUAUGGUUCACGGACUUCAUGACAGAGAGGAUCGAGAGAUCAUAACACUUGGCAGAACCGAUCGAGUCUACACUGCAGAGGAAGAGACAGUUGCAUUAGGGCAGUUAGAGGAACCUGACAGUGUUGUGGCUGUUCAUAAAAAAGAGGAAGAAGGUUGGACAAGAACUCCAAAAUCAGAGAGAGAGGAGAAACCUGAGGGGGCAAGUGUGGACAAGAAGAAAAUAACUAAACUGCCAAAGGCAGAUGAGCAGAAAGAAUCUGUUAAACUGAAACCAUUUAAAAAAUCUGACAAAGUAGAAGAAGAACCAGAAAAGAUCACACUGAAAAAGGUCCCAACAAAGCCCAAAGAGCCUGAGAAGGAAAUAGUAACACACAGAGUUGAAGUUACAAGACAUUAUGAUACAGAAGUAACAGUUCAGAAGCUUUGGGAGAUACAGGAUCGAGAGCUCGUAACAUUUUCCAGAAGUGAGCAGGCUUUUACUGCACCUGACGAGGUCCAUGAUUCGGGGUCUAUGGUGGAACCUGAAAAAGCAGAGGCAGAAUAUGAGAAAACAAGAUGGAUGAGAACCCCUAAAGCUCCAAAAAAUGAAGAACCUGAGCCAGACUUAACAAAAAAGAAAAUAAAGAUAUUACCAAAGAAAGAGGACAAGCAAGAAGAAGUGACAUUAAAACCAUUAAAAAGACCUAAAAAACCUGAGGCAGUCGAGCCUCCAAAAGCAAACAAAGAUGCUGAAGGAAAAACAGAUGCUGAGCGUUCACCGUUCAAGAGAAAUGAUCCACCACAGAGAGAACAACCCAGUGCUGCGAUGAAAUAUGUCGCAGACAAAGGCGUCACAAGUCCACAGGUGAUUCCUGAUGUCAACAAAGAACUGAGAGAGGACCAGCAAAUGAAAAAGGUUGAGCCUUGUCCCGAGUACCAGGAACCUACAGCUGCUGACAAGCUUUAUGGAAAACCUAAAACCUUCACAAGUCCAGAUAAAGAGAUGGAGCCUAGUCAACCUCUGAAAGAGCUGAAAGAUGAGAAGCAGAAGAAAGAAACACAGAAAAAAGAAAAAGUAGAACCAACAGUUCCACUGAAGAGACCGAGUCCACCAGCAAAGACGGAAGUGAUCCAUCCCAAAGAAGCUGCAGAACAGCUCCCACAAAAACAGACGUCUGUCCUGAAGAAAGGAGAUGAACUCAAAAAGACGCCAUCACCAAGAGUCAUUAAAGACAAGCCAGUCAAAUCUACUGAACAGCUUGAGAAGGUGAAGCUUAAAAAGACACCAUCACCAAGAUCAGACAAGACAAGGACUGAAGAACCACAAAAAGUCCUUGUUGAAAAGAAGCCCAGUCCUGAAAAACCCAAACUGAAAAGUGUUUCACCAAAAGACUCGACCAAUGCUGUGACACUCAGGAAGGUCCUGCAGAAGCCUUCAGAACAGGAGGUGACAGAACCCAAGAAAAUCCCCCUGGUGAAGGAGGUCUCCCCUGGAGCUGUGCAGCUGACAAAGGUUCCCACCCAGCCAGAGGAGGAGGUCUUUGAAGAGGAGGUGGAAGAAAAGGAGGAAGAGGCUUGGGCCUGGGAGCUUGUUCCUGUGGACUGGGAAGGUGAAGGAGUGGAUGGGGCUCUGGAGACUCCAGGAAUGCCCAGCGGUAAACGAGAUGGAAAACCGACAGAGGAGGCUCCUAAAGGCAGAGGCCGAGGAUUUGGGGUGAGACAAACACCGUCACCAGGUGAUGGCGGCAGAGGUCGUGGCCUGAGGCCUGGCGGGAAAGGCCCAUCACCACCAGAGGAACCCUUUGGAGGGUUCAAGCUCAAAGCCGUCCCUCUGAAGUUCGUCAAGAAGAUCCAGGACAUAGUGCUGAAGGAAGCCGAGUCCAUUGGUUCGUCUGCAGUGUUUGAGUGUGAGAUCUCACCUUCCACUGCCAUCACAUCAUGGAUGAAAGACGGCAGCAACCUGCGCGAAGACCCCAAACACAAGUUCACCGCUGAUGGAAAAGAUCGCAAGUUGCACAUUAUUGACGUGCAGUUGUCAGACACCGGUGAAUACACGUGUGUGGGUAAAAACGCUGGCAAAGAAAUAACAUGCACAGCCAAGCUCAUUGUUGAAGAACUGCCUGUAAAAUGGCUGAAAGAGCUGGAACCUGAGACGUCAUGCAUGAAGGGUCAGCCCAUGUAUCUGACCUGUGAGCUCAACAAAGAGCGUGAUGUCCUCUGGAAACGCAACGGCGCCCCCCUGAAGACACACGCCGGAAAAGUGGCCAUCAACAUCAUUGGUAUGCAGCACGCUGUGACCAUUCAGAAUGCCACUGACGAAGACGCCGGCGACUACACGUGUGAGGUGGUCGGACAGGAGGACAUCAAGACCACAACCAACGUCAAAGUCAUGGAAAUAAUCAAAGACUGGUUGGUGAAGCCACUGAGAGACCAACACGUCAAGCCAAAGGCCAAGGCCACAUUCAAGUGCGAGCUCUUCAAGGACACGCCCAACUGGAAGUGGUUCAAGGGCGACGACGAGCUCACGCCAUCUGACAAGGUGGAGGUCAACAAAGACGGAAAGGACAUGAUGCUGACCAUCAACAACUGUCUGCCCGACGACGUGGCGGACUACACCAUUCAGGUGGAGGAUCGCAGAUACACAGCUAAACUCACACUUGGAGAACGUGAGGCGGAGAUCCUGAAGCCUUUGGCCAGUGUGGAGGUGGUGGAGAAGGAGGAAGCCAACUUUGACACAGAAAUAUCGGAGGAUGACGUGAUGGGAGAGUGGAAACUGAGAGGCCAAGUGCUGACCAGAACCCCCACCUGUGACAUCAGAGCUGAAGGUGGGAAACGCUUCCUCACGCUGAAGAACGUGCAGCUCGACCAGGCGGGCGAAGUGUCGUACCAGGCUCUAAACGCCAACACCAGCGCCAUGCUCACCGUCAAAGAGAUCGAAAUGGGCUUUGUCGAGCAGCUGAAGGAUGUUUCUGUGCCUGAAAAGAAACAAGCUAAGUUUGAAUGCACCAUCACCAAGGACGUGCCUAAGGUCAUGUGGUUCAGGGGGGCGGAGAUUGUCACCCCGAGCCCUAAAUUUGAAAUCAUUGAUGAUGGGAAGAAGCACAUGCUAAUCAUAAACAGCUGUGAGUUUGACGAUGAGGCUCAGUACACCAUCGAGGUGUUGGACCAAAGUUCAAGCGCUCAGCUGUCAGUGGAAGGCAUGAGGCUGAAGUUUGUGCAGCAGCUUCACGACCAAACGGUCAAAGAAGGUAAAGUGGCACGAUUUGAGCUCGAGCUGAGCCACGAGAACGUGCCCGUGGUUUGGUACCGAAACGAGGUCAAACUCCACGUGAGCAGAACGGUUCUCACACACGUGGAAGGAAAGAGACACACGCUAGAAAUGAGGACGUUGACUCUAGAUGAUACCUGCCAGAUAAAGGCAGAGGCCAAAGGAAUUUACACCAUGGCCAAACUGACGGUGAUAGAGGGCGACGCCGUCUUCGUGGUGAAGCUGCAGGAUUACACGGCCACAGAGAAAGACGAGGUCAGUCUGGACUGUGAGCUGAGCAAAGACGUCCCCGUCGCCUGGUUCCACAAUGAGAAGGAGAUCAUCGCCUCUAAGAUGGUGGUCAUGAAGUGUGAGGGCACACGCAGGUCACUGAUCCUGAAGAAAGUGGAGAAGAGCGACGAAGGCAAAUAUGCAUGUGACUGUGGAACAGACAACACGUCAGCCAACAUCAGCGUUGAAGCGCGGGACAUCAAGGUCGUUCGGCCAAUUUAUGGCGUUGAGCUAUUUGAUGGAGAGACGGCUCGUUUUGAGGUGGAGAUAUCUGAGGACGAUGUCCAUGGUCAGUGGAGGCUGAAUGGAGAAGUCCUGACACCGUCCUCUGACGUUGACAUCAUUGAGGAGGGAGGAAAACACACUCUGAUCCUCUACAACUGUAAAGUUCCCAUGACUGGUGAGGUGGCGUACGCUGCCGCCAACGCCAAAUGUUCUGCUAACCUGAAGGUCAAAGAACUUCCUCUGAACAUCCUGGUUCCGCUCAAUGACGUCCAGGUGUACGAGAAGGAUGAAGCCAGGUUUGAGGCCGAAGUGUCAAGAGCACCCAAGAGCUUCCGCUGGCUGAAGGGUUCUCAGGUGCUUGAAAGUGACGAAAAGUACGAGAUGAUCCAAGAGGGCAACAUGUACAGUCUGGUGAUUCGCUCAUCCGCUUACGAUGACGAGGCAAAGUAUAUAUUUGAGGCCGAGGACAAGAGGACGACGGCCAAGCUGGUCAUUCAGGGUAUUCGUCUGGAAUUCAUCAAACCGAUUAAGGAUGUGACAGUGAAGGAGCGCGAGACAGCUGAAUUCAGUUUUGAACUUUCCCACGACAAGAUUUCUGUGGUCUGGUACAAAAACGACGUGCGUCUGCAUCCCAGCAAAGUUGUGCACAUGUCGGACCAGGAGAAGAUCCACACACUGGCCUUCAAGGAGGUCACCAUCGACGACACGUCCAUGAUCAGGGUGGAAGCCAUGGACAAGACCAUGAACGCCAUGCUCACCGUCAUUGAGGGUGAUCCAUACUUCACCACCAAGCUGCAGAACUACACGGCCGUGGAGAGAGACGAGGUGAAGCUGAUCUGUGAGCUGAGCAAAGCCACUGCUGACGUCAAAUGGUUCAAGGAUGGAAAAGAGAUCACGCCGUCCAAAAACAUCGCCAUCAGCACCGACGGCAAGAAACGCCUCCUUGUGGUCAGGAAGGCGGAGAAGGCGAAUAUCGGAGCAUACACGUGUGACUGCGGCUCCGAUAAAACCACCGCCAACCUCAACAUCGAAGAGCGAGACAUCAAAGUUGUCCGUCCUCUGUACAGCGUGGAGGUCACAGAGACAGAAACUGCCAAGUUUGAGACAGAGAUUUCAGAGGAGGACGUCCAUGGAAACUGGAAACUGAAAGGAGAAGCUCUGCAUCAGUGUCCAGACGUUGAGAUCAGAGAAGAGGGAACCAAACACAUGUUGAUCCUCUUCAACGUCCGCAUGGACAUGGCAGGGGGCGUGGACUUCUCCGCCGCGAACGCCAGAUCUAACGCACAGCUCAGGGUCAAAGCUCGCUCCAUCAGCCUGAUGCGUCCACUGAAGGACGUGACGGUGACGGCUGGAGAGACGGCCACCUUUGAGUGUGAGCUGUCGUACGAGGACAUCGAGGUGGAAUGGUUCCUGAGCGGAGACAAGAUGGAGGCCAGUGAUCGAGUAAAGACUCGCAUGGAGGGCCGCGUUCACACUCUCACAGUCAGAGACGUGAAGUUGUCGGAGGCCGGUGACGUCAAACUGUCGGCCAAAGACUUCCAGAUUCAGGCUCAGCUCAUGGUCAGAGAACCAGCGGUGGAGUUCACCAAACCUCUGGACGACCAGACGGUGGAGGAGGAAGCCACCGCAACGCUUGAGUGCGAAGUUUCCAGAGAGAACGCAGAAGUCAGGUGGUUCAGAGACGGACAGGAAAUCAGAAAGACCAAGAAGCACGACUUGACCACUGACGGUCGCAAGAGGGCGCUAGUCAUCCACAACUGCUCCCCGGACGACGCCAAGAUGUACACCUGUGACGCCAAAGAGUUCAAGACUUCCUGUUUCCUGGAGGUCACACCUCCUCACGUGGAGUUUACGAAGCCUCUGCAGGACGUCGAGGUCAAAGAGAAAGAAUCUGCCAAGUUUGAAUGUGAAGUGUCUCGUGAGUCCGCCAAGGUUCGAUGGUUCAGAGACGGUGCCGAGAUAAGAAAAGGAAAGAAGUACGAGAUCUUUGCCAAAGGCGUCCAGCGUGUCCUCAUCAUCCACAAGUCGGUGUUCGACGAUGAGGCCGAGUACGAGUGCGACGCCAGAACCUCCAAGACGUCCGGCAUGCUCACAGUCAUUGAGGAAGACGCCAGGUUCACCAAGAACCUGUCCAACGUGGAGGGGACAGAGACGGACAGUGUGAAGAUGAUCUGCGAGGUGUCCAAGCCCAGUGCCGACGUCAGAUGGUACCGAGGAGAAGAGGAGCUGCCCGAGGGAGGUCGCUACGACCAGAUCGUGGACGGACGCAAGAGGAUCCUGAUCAUCCAGGAUCUGAGGAUGGAGGACGGUGGCGAGUACAGCUGCAGGCUGAGUCCAGCCGUCACCACGUCCGCCACACUGAAACUCAACGAACUAGCAGCUGAGUUCAUUGCUCGUCCCCAGAACCAGGAAGUGGUUGAGGGUGAAAAAGCCGAGUUUGCCUGCUCCGUCUCCAAGGAAACCUACGAGGUGAAGUGGUUCCGAGGUGAUAAAGAGUUGGAAGAUGGCGACAAGUUCGUGAUCAUCAGUGAAGGAAAGAGACGUGCUCUUAUUGUGAAAAGCUGUCAGCUGAAGGAUGAGGGAGGCUACGUGGCACACAUUGGCAGCGUGAAAGCGUCGGCCAGUCUUUGUGUCCUUGAGAAACUGAGGAUCAUCACGCCGAUCAAAGACGCUGAGGUGAAGGAGGGAAGUGAGCUCGUGUUUAACUGUGAGACAAACCAAGAGGGAGUGAAGGCCAAGUGGCUGAAGAACGAGGAGACGAUCUUUGAGAGCAGCAAGUACCUGAUGAUGCAGAGGGACAACGUCUUCUCUCUGAGGAUCAGAGAUGCACAGAAGGCCGAUGAGGCCAGCUUCACCAUCAGCCUGACCAAUCAGAGAGGAGAACAUGCUAAGUCGACUGCCGGCGCUAAAGUUGCAGAGGAGAAACUAAGGUUCCUGGAGCCCAUUGAAGAUGUGGAGACCCAGGAGAAGAAGACCAUCAGCUUUAGCUGUAAGGUGAACCGCCCCGGGGCAACGGUGCAGUGGCUGAAGGCCGGCGAGGAGCUGACACUCAGCAAACGCAUCGUCCACAGAGUGGACGGCCUCAAACACACGCUCACCAUUAAGGAUUGUGUCAUGGAUGACGAGAGCGAGUACACUGCCGCGGUUGGAGACGAUAAGUGUUCGGCUGAGCUCAUAAUCAGCGAGGCGCCGACAGACUUCACUGCACAUCUCAAAGACCAGACCAUCACUGAGUUUGAGGAUGCAGAGUUCACCUGCAAGCUGAGCAAAGAGAAGGCUGCUGUCAAGUGGUACAGGGACGGACGUGAGAUCAGAGGAGGACCCAGAUAUCACAUGGAAAAAGAAGGAAAGGUGUGCAAACUGAUUAUCAAGGUUUGCAGACCUGAUGAUGAAUGUGAAUACGCUUGUGGCAUCGACGAGCGCAGAACCAGAGCAAGACUCUUUGUCGAAGAAACCCCGGUGGAGAUUGUCAGACCACCUCAAGACAUGUUCGAACCGCCAGGCUCGGAUAUCGUGUUUGAGGUGGAGCUCAACAAGGACAGAGUGGAUGUGAAAUGGAUGAGGAACAACAUGAUCAUUGUCCAGGGUGACAAGUACCAGAUGAUCAGCGAGGGCAAAGUCCACCGACUUCAGGUCUGUGAGAUUAGACCCCGAGACCAGGGAGAGUACAGGGUUGUAGCCAAAGACAAGGAUGCCCGAGCCAAGCUGGAGCUGGCAGCUGCUCCUCAGAUCAAAACCACUGACCAGAAUCUGGUGACGGACGCCGGUAAACCCUUUGUUAUGACUGUGCCCUAUGACGCUUACCCUCGUGCUGAGACCGAAUGGUUCUUCCUGGGAGCCAGUCUUCCUGUCCAGAACAUUGACACCUCUGCUGACAAGACCGAGUAUCGUCUGAAGAGCCCCAGCAAGGAGAACCAGGGUCGAUAUAAAGUGGUCAUCAAGAAUAAGCACGGAGAAGGUGAAGCCUUCAUCAACUUGGACGUGAUUGAUGUCCCCGGACCUGUCAAGAGCCUCAGAGUGGUGGACACUGCAGAUGGUGAGGUCAGUUUGGCCUGGGAGGAGCCUGAGUGUGAUGGCGGAAGCAAGAUUGUUGCCUAUGUUGUGGAGAGACGUGACGUGAAACGCAAGACUUGGACUCUGGCCACAGAUCGCACAGAUGCCCCAGAGUACUGUGUCAGUGGCCUCCAAAAGGAAUCCAUGUAUCUGUUCAGAGUCUGUGCCCGAAACAGAGUUGGAAGUGGACCCACUGUUGAAACAGAAGAUGCUGUUCAGGCCAAGAACAAGUUUGACGUUCCUGACGCUCCAGAAAAUGUCACAGUAGCCAGCGUAAACAAGUUUGGUGCCACUGUUGCUUGGGAGCCUCCCAAGUUUGACGGCGGCUCCGAAAUCAUUUCAUAUGUAAUUGAACUCCGCGACAGGACGUCUGUGAAGUGGGAGGCGGCCUUGGUUUGCGGUGCCAGUGACCGCUCAGCGGAGCUCAAUGACGUAGUGGAAAACAAGGAGUACAUCUUUAGAGUACGAGCCGAGAACAAGGCCGGCAUUGGUAGACCCAGCGCUGCCACAAACCCUGUCAAGAUCAUGGAUCCCAUUGAGAGGCCAAGCCCACCGCUGAACCUGAACUUCACCGACCAAAUCAGCUCAGCCGUCACUCUCACCUGGGAGACACCCAUCAGCAACGGCGGCAGCAUGAUCACCGGUUACAUUAUUGAGAAAAGUGAUGAAGGCAGUGACAAGUGGCUCCGCUGUAACACCAGACUGUGUCCAGAUCUGGUCUACCGGGUGUCGGGUUUGAAACCCAGUCAGAAGUACCUCUACAGAGUUUGUGCUGAGAAUGCUGCUGGAGUCUCUGACCCAGCAGAACAGCUGGGGUCACUGCUCGCUGACGAUCCUCAUGUUGGUCCGACCUUUGACCUGAGCGGCUUCAGGAAAGGCCUAGAGGUGAUCGUCCCUCAACCUCUCUCCAUUAGAGUCCCGAUCACUGGAUACCCGACCCCUGUCGCGAAAUGGACCUUUGGAGACAAGGAGCUGACCACAGAGGAUGAGCGUGUCUCCAUGGUUACGAAGCCCACGUACACUGAGCUGACAAUCACACCGAGCGUCCGUCCAGACAAAGGAAUCUACUCGCUGCAGCUGGAGAAUGACGUGUCCUCAGUGUCAGGAGACAUCGAGGUCAACGUCAUUGCAUGCCCCAGUGCUCCCAAAGACUUUAAAGCGGCCGAGGUGACGCGACACCAUGUCCACCUGAUGUGGGAGGCUCCAGAACAUGAUGGAGGAAGUCCAGUCACCCAUUACCAGAUCGAAAAGAGAGAAGUGACACGCAAGACCUGGGCCAAGGUGGCAACUGGUGUCCUGGACCUGGAGCACACCGUAACAGAUGUGAUUGAAGGGAAGGAGUAUCUGUUCAGCGUUACCGCCUGCAACAAGUGUGGACCUGGCGAGCCAGCGUACAUUGACGAUCCUGUCAACAUCUCGUCUCCUGCCACUGUACCUGAUCCUCCUGAAAACCUGAAGUGGCGUGAUAAGAGUGGCAAGACUAUAUUCCUGUCGUGGGAGCCUCCAAGGUAUGACGGUGGAGCCCACAUCAAAGGCUACGUUGUAGACAAGUGUCAACGUGGUUCUGACAAGUGGGAACCCUGCGGUGACCCCAUCCCUGAACUGAAAUACCAGGUCACCGGCCUAAUUGAGGGUCAGUGGUACGCCUACAGAGUCCGAGCAUUCAACAAGUUGGGAGCCAGCCGACCCUGCAGGGCUACCGAUGAGAUCCAAGCUGUGGAUGCUAGAGAACCUCCAGAGAUCCAGCUGGAUGUGAAGUUGCUGGCUGGUCUGACCAUCAGGGCCGGCACCAAGAUCGAGCUUCCUGCUGAUGUCAAAGGAAAACCAGAUCCCCGGGUGAAAUGGACUAAGGCUGACCUAGUCCUGCGUGCCGACAACCGCAUCAACAUCGAUACCCAGCCAGGACACUCGAAAGUUUCCAUUACGGACACCGUCAGAGGAGACACCGCCACUUACAUCAUUGAGGCCGUCAAUCUCUGUGGACGUGCUACAGCCACCGUCGAUGUGAACAUCCUCGAUAAACCGGGUCCUCCAGCUGCCCUUGACAUCUCUGAGAUCACCAACGAGUCAUGCUUCAUGGCGUGGAAUCCGCCCAGGGACGACGGUGGUUCACCGAUCACCAACUACAUCGUGGAGAGUCGCCUGACAGACAAGGAGGAGUGGGUGAAGAUGUCAGCCACAGUAAAACACACCACUUUCAAAGCAUGCAAGCUCACAGCCAUGAAGGAGUACAUCUUCAGGGUCAGUGCUGAGAACCAGUAUGGAAUUGGUGAACCUGCAGAGCAUGUGCCACUCAUUAUCAAGUAUUCCUUUGAUCCUCCUGGUCCUCCAACCAGAGUUACACCCUCUGAAAUCGCCAAGGACGCAGUGACUCUUACUUGGUUUGAACCCGAUGAAGAUGGUGGCAGCCCCAUCACUGGUUAUUGGGUUGAAAAGUUUGAUCCUGAGACUGACAAGUGGAUCAGAUGCAACAAACUGCCAAUUACAGAUACAACCUUUAGGGUAAAGGGACUCCCUACCAAGAAGAAGUACCGCUUCCGUGUUCUGGCUGAGAAUCUGGCUGGACCUGGAAAACCAAGUGUUGAAACUGAUCCUGUUCUCAUCAAGGACCCCAUUGAUCCACCAUGGGCUCCUGGUAAACCUAUUAUCAAGGAUGUCGGCAAGACCUCUGUGCUGCUGGCCUGGACCAGGCCUGAACACGAUGGUGGGGCUAAGAUUGAAGGCUACGUCGUUGAGUUUCAGAAGACCGGAAGUGAGGAGUGGAUUAGGAUAGCAGAGGAUGUUCCUCUGACAGAGCACCAGUUGCAGGGUCUGAUGGAGAAGCAGGAGUACUCAUUCAGAGUCAAGGCCGUCAACAAGGCUGGCGAGAGUGAACCUAGUGAUCCCAGUGACUCAGUGGUCUGCAAGGAGAGACUCUACCCUCCUUCACCUCCUCAGUGGCUGGAGGUGACCAACAUCACCAAGAACAGUGCUGACCUAAAGUGGCAACUGCCCAGCAACGACGGAGGCUCACCCAUCACCAAUUAUGUGGUAGAGAAGAGGGAUGUGAGGCGGAAGGCCUGGCAGGGCGUUGACACCACCGUCAAGGAGCUGAAGUACACUGUGACUGCCCUCAAUGAAGGGUCACUGUAUGUGUUCCGUGUCGCUGCUGAGAACGCUGUUGGAACAAGUGAAUUCUGUGAACUGGAGGAUGCCGUGCUUGCCAAAGACACUUUCACGACACCUGGACCUCCUUAUGCCCUGACAGUGGUGGAGGUCACUAAGAGACAUGUGGAGCUGAAAUGGGAACCUCCCAAGAGUGAUGGCGGAAGACCUAUAAUCAAGUACGUGAUUGAGAAGAAAGAGAAGGUGGGAACUCGUUGGCUGAAGUGUUGUAAGACUCCAGACAGAAAGUCCCAAUUCAAGGUGACAGAUGUAGAUGAAGGAUCAGAGGUUCAGUUCCAGGUCAGAGCUGAAAACGAGGCUGGAGUUGGAGACCCAAGUGAACCGACGGAGAUCCUCACAAUUGAGGAUCCAACCAGUGCUCCAUCUCCUCCCCUUGAUGUGGCCAUUCCCGAUGCUAGCAGGGAGCACAUCAAUGUCACUUGGAAGCCUCCGUCCAAAGAUGGAGGCUGCCCAGUAACCGGGUACCACGUUGAGGUGGCGGAGGCGCGCCCGGAGCUGAAGUGGUUCAGGGUCAAUGCCCGACCCAUCAAAGAGCUCAAGUUUAAGAUUGAUGAUGGAAUCAAACCAGAGAAGAAGUAUGUCAUUAGAGUUCGUGCCAUCAACUCCGUUGGGGUUAGUGAUCCUUCUGAGAUCUCCGACAAGGUCUCUACCAAAGAUCCCGAUUGUGCUCCAACCAUGGACUUGGAAGCACAGGACAUGGUUGUAGUUGAAGGUGAGAAGCUGCACCUGAACAUCCCCUACCGGGCAAUUCCAACACCCAAGAUGGUGUGGCAGAAGGAUACAGUGGAGUGUAAGGCCGAUGAGCGGCUCUCCAUGACGGUGGAGAUGAACAACGCUCAUCUGGAGCUACUCAAGUGCACACGUGCUGAUGCAGGCGCCUACGCCAUCACCCUGGAGAACGAUCUAGGAACUGCCACCGGAACUGUCAAUGUCAAAGUCAUCGGACUCCCUGGUCAGUGUAAAGACAUCAACUCUAGUGAUGUCACCAAAAGUUCCUGCAAGAUCAGCUGGGAAGCUCCAGAAGAUGAUGGGGGAACCCCCAUCAUCAGCUACACUCUGGAGCGCCGCGAGGCCAACAAAAAGACGUACAUGCCUGUCGUGUCGGGAGAGAACGUCCUGACAUGCACUGUUAAAGACCUCUUCAUCAACUGCGAGUACUAUUUCAGAGUGAAGGCAGUCAACAAGGUCGGAGCUGGAGAAUAUCUGGAGCUACGCAACGCAGUCAUCAUCGAGGAAAUCAAACAGAAACCAGACCCACCUAUCCAAGUGGAGGCUCAAGACCCAACAUCCAAGUCCAUCAAAGUGACAUGGAAAGCCCCAGAUUACGAUGGCGGCUGUCCCAUCCAGGGCUACAUCUUGGAGAAGAUGGUAAAGGAUGGUGAACAAUACGAGAGGGUAACGCCAAGCCUUGUUCCUGGUUUCUCCUACGUGGUGAUGGGCCUGGAGGAGGAUAUGGAGUAUCAGUUCAGGGUCAGAGCUGAGAACGCUGCUGGAGUCAGUGAGCCUUCACGCAGCACGCUGCCAAUCAAGGCUUUGAUUCCUGUUGAAAAACCAAAGGUCACCCUCCAUGCCCGCGUGCAGUCUGGUUUAUGCAUAAAGAAGGGGGAAGAGAUCUGCAUUGAUGCCCUUAUCUCUGGGUCCCCAUACCCCAAAGUCACCUGGCUAAGGAACGAUGACGACGUCACUAAAGAGCCGAGCAAAAAGAUGGUUCCUUUGGUAAAGAAGAGGAAGACCAAGGCAAAGGUUCCAGAACCAGAGGAGGAAUAUGUGACUCCACUGCGUGAGCGUCUGGGUCUGGAUCAGACCAAGAAGGGUCAUUCUGCGCUGAUGAUCCGUGAGGCCGUGAGACCUGAUCACGGAAACUUUACCAUUAAGGUGGAGAACAUGCAUGGCGUUGACACUGCCUCCUGCAUUGUCAAUGUUCUCGACAAACCCGGUCCUCCGAUCAACAUCACCUUCGAUGACAUCAGGAACACAUCAGUCGUCUGUAACUGGGAGCCUCCAGAAGACGACGGUGGAACCGAGAUCCUGAAUUACAUCCUGGAGAAGAAGGACAACAGGAACGAAGAGGUUGGCUGGGUCACCGUCACCUCUACAGUGAAGGGCACCAGUUGUCCUGUCACCAAACUCAUCGAAGGAAAGGAGUAUAUCUUCAGAGUCACCGCGGAGAACAAGUGUGGCAGCGGGAGACCGUGCGUCUCUGAGCCAGUGGUCGCAAAGAACCAGUUCAAUCCUCCCGACGCUCCCAAUACUCCCAGAGUGCACGAGGUGACAGCAAGCUCUGCCCACCUCUCCUGGCACGAGCCGAAGGACAACGGCAGUCCAAUCCUGGGCUACUGGAUUGAGAGGAAGGAAGUGAACAGCAAACACUGGUCCAGAGUGAACCGCGCUCUGCUGAACUCUCUGGAGGUGAAGGUUGGCGGUCUGAUGGAAGGACUCACCUACAUCUUCAGAGUGUGUGCUGAGAACCUGGCUGGACCCGGACCCUUCAGCGAGCCCAGUGAACGUGUCCUCACCAUGGACGCCAUCCAGCCUCCUGGGCCACCCAUUCCGUGGAUUGUGGACACUGGGAAGAAUUCAGUGAUUGUGGCUUGGAAGCCGCCACUGUAUAAUGGUGGAGGAGACAUCCUGGGAUACCAUGUAGAGAAGGUUUUGGUUGGAGACAAGGACUGGACUCGGAGCACAGAGUUCAGGUGUAAGGAGUUGACAUACACGGUAACAGGCCUGACCGAGGGAGCAGAUUAUUACAUCCGAGUCCUCGCCGUCAACGACGCUGGUCCUGGAGCUCCCGGAGUUACAGACUCUGUCACUGUCAAGGAGCCUCAAGAAUCUCCUGCUGUGGACUUUGAUGACUCUGUAAAGAAUGGCGUCCUGAUGAAGGCGGGCGAGCCUCUGAGGCUUCCUGCUGUAGUGACUGGCCGACCUCAGCCCGAGGUCAAGUGGACCAAAGGCGAGGCUGAAAUUGACAAAGAGAGGAUGAUUGUGGAGACAGUAGGUAAGAACAGCACACUGUUCAUUAAGACGACCACGAGGGCGGAUCACGGAAAGUACCAGAUCACGGGCACCAACAGCAGCGGGACCAAGACCGCCGAGACCAGAGUGGACGUCAUGGACGUACCUGGACCAGUGGUGGACCUGAAGGUCAUAACGGUAACCAAAAAGAACAUCACCCUCACCUGGUCUGACCCCUUGGACAACGGUGGCAGUGACAUUGUUGGCUAUGUGGUGCUGAGGAAAGACAGUAAGAUGAAACUCUUCCGCCAGCCAAUUGAGACAGCUUCCUGUAAGUGUGAUGUCCAGGGCCUGUUGGCUGGUGAAGAAUACGAUUUUAGGGUCUUUGCAAGAAACAAGUAUGGAGAUGGUACUCCAUCUGACCUAGGACCCAUCUUGGCCGUGGAUCCUAAAGGUACUCCCUCUGCACCGGAGAAGCUGCACUACACUGACAGAGGAAAGAGCACCAUCACUCUGGCCUGGCAGCCACCGAGCAGUAAUGGUGGCAGCCCCAUCUUAGGCUACUAUGUGGAGAAGAUGAGGUCGGAUGGAACUGAGUUUGAUGUGGCCAACCACAAGAUGUUCCCUACAUGCUGCGGGACCAUUGAGAAUCUGUCAGAGAACCAGGACUACCAGUUCCGUGUCAAAGCUGUGAAUGAAGUCGGGCAAGGAGACCCAUCAAAGCCAAUCAGUGCCAAGAUCAAGGACGAUGAAAUUGCUCCUGUUAUUAUGAUCCUAAAAUACUUCAAAAGCAACGAGAUCAUUGUGAGGAAAGGCGCUGCCAUCGACAUACCAGCAGAGGUGAGGGGACUUCCUCUGCCAUCAAUUCAAUGGAUGAAGGACAAUGUGGUGAUCGAGAAGCCUGAGGACGAGAGGAUGACACUGGAUUCUGAAGAGGUUGACCGGACAACUCUAACAACAAAGAUCGCCAUUCCAGACACCAUCAGGCAGGACACAGGCAGCUACAUGCUGGUAGCUGAAAACUGCCAUGGUAAAGCUCAACAUGUCAUCAAAGUCCAGAUUCUCGAUCGCCCUUUUGCUCCAAGGAACAUUGUGGUCUCUGACAUCAAGGCGGACUCAUGCUACCUGACCUGGGAUGCUCCAGAAGACAACGGAGGCAGUGAGAUCACCAACUACAUUGUGGAGCGCAGAGACGCCAGCAAAAAGAAGUCUGACUUUGAUGUUGUCACCGACAACCUGAUCGACAGGAGAUGCGCAGUCAACAAAAUGGACUUGAACGGUGUCUACCAGUUCAGGAUCAAAGCUGAGAACAAGUAUGGUGUCAGUGACGGCUGUGACUCAGAGAAAGUCCAGUUGAGAGAUCCAUUCGGCCUCCCUGGACCGCCACGUAAUCCCAAAAUCAUCGCUGCCACAACAACCUCCAUGACUGUGGCCUGGGAUCCUCCUCUGGACAACGGUGGAUCCACCAUCCAGGGAUACUGGCUGGAGAAGAGGGAACGUGGAGCCGUGUACUGGGGUCGUGUCAACCGCGGUCCAGUCACUAAACCGGCGGUGAAGGGACUCGAGUACACUGUGCUCAGACUCAUUGAAGGAACAGAGUACAAGUUCAGGAUUGCAGCCAGCAAUGCUGCAGGAAUUGGACCAUUCAGCGAGUCCACAGAAAGCCGCAUCGCCAAGGAUCCCUCCUACCCUCCCAGCUCACCUGGAUCCCCCCUGGUUAAAGACAAGACCAAAAGCAGCAUCACUCUCUCCUGGACUCCACCAGACAAAGAUGGUGGUAGCCCUGUCAAGGGUUACAUCAUUGAGGUCCAUGAGGAGGGUUCUCCAGAUUGGAGGAGGGUGAACCCUGCAGACAAGCUUCACCCAUCCACUGAAAUCACUGUGCCUGACCUGAAGGAGGGCAAAAAGUGCAAGUUCAGGAUCUAUGCUGUGAACGGCGCUGGAAACUCGGAGCCCGCUAGGACUGCUGACAUACUGGUCCAGGACAUCCUGAUCGAGCCAACUGUCACUCUAGAUUUGGGUGCUUGUGACCUGAUGAACUGCAGAGCAGGAACCCCCGUCAGGAUCCACGCCACCGUCACUGGACGGCCUAUUCCAAAAGUCACCUGGACCUUUGACGGCACCGCUGAGACAGAAAAGAAAAACGAACUUCACACACUGCCUGUUGACUCUGAGAUCCACUCCACCGACACCACAUCUGUGGUCAUGAUCCCAGAGAGCAAACUGAACCACAGUGGCCGGUUUAUCAUCAAUGCUGAGAGUCCAGCUGGCCACAAGGUGGUCAAAGUCAGAGUCAACAUACUUGAUCUGCCUGGACCUCCCAGAGACCCGAAGGUGAGCGAUGUGACGAGGGGAACCUGCAGACUCACCUGGAAAGCUCCAGAGUGUGACGGUGGUGACAGGGUGAAAAGUUACUUCAUCGAGAAGAAGACAGUAAAAGGAAAAGCUUGGACGAAGGUGAACACAGCCUGUGCCAAUCAGUCUCUGGUGGUUCCAGACCUGAUUGUUGGACAGGAGUAUCUGUUCCGUGUCCGUGCUGAGAACCGCUUUGGGUUUGGACCCUUCGUUGAGACUACCGAGGGGACCACAGCCAGAGAUCCUAUUCAUCCUCCCGAUCCUCCCACAAGGCUGAAGAUCCAGAAUGUGAGGAAGGGUACAGUGACUUUGACCUGGAAGGCUCCAAAGAACGAUGGCGGUUCCCCUGUCACCCACUACAGUGUGGACCUGCUCUGCUGGGAUGCCAGUGGCACCCAGAAGGAGUCAUGGAGGAGGUGUAACAGGAGAGACGUGGACACCACCAGCUUCAAGGUGGAGGAUCUGACCCAAAGGGAUGAGUACGAGUUCAGAGUGAUGGCAUAUAAUGAGGCUGGAGCCAGCCGACCCUCAACCACUGCUGGACCCAUUAUCAUCCAGGACCAGACCUGCGCUCCAUCCAUUGAGCUGAAGGAGUUCAUGGAGGCCGAGCAGGGCAACGACAUCAGCAUUGUGGCCAAGGUUCGCGGCUGUCCAUUCCCCACACUCACCUGGUACAAAGCUCCGCCCCACAAGUCCGAUGCCAAGGUGGAGGUUCAGUACGAAGAGCACAUCAACAAAAUUGUGUCGGAUGACAGCUGCACACUGCUCAUCCAGCAGGGCAAACGCCCCGACACCGGCCUCUACACGUUGGUAGCGUCCAACAGCCUCGGCAAAGCUUCAAAGGAAAUGAGGCUCAAUGUGCUUGGUCGUCCCGGUCCACCCUCUGCCCCCAUCAAGUUUGAGGAGAUCGGUGCCGAGAGGAUCACUCUGUCCUGGCUGCCGCCAAAGGACGACGGUGGGUCCAAAGUCACAAACUACGUCAUUUGGAAGCGGGUGGCGAGCAGGAACACUUGGGUGCCUGUGACCAAUGAGCCCAAAGAACGGAUCUGGACGGUGGAGAAUCUGAUGGAGGGACACGAAUAUGUGUUUCGUAUCAUGGCCCAGAACAAGUAUGGAGUGGGGGAACCACUGGACAGUGAGCCCGAGGUUGCCCGAAACCUCUCCACCAUACCCGGUCAAGUUGAGAAGCCGACAAUCACCAACAUCACCAUAGACUCCAUGACGGUGAACUGGGAAGAGCCUGAGGAUGACGGCGGUGCCCCAAUCACUGGCUACUGGCUGGAGCGUAAAGAGACCACAGGCAAACGCUGGACCCGGGUCACCCGUGACCCCAUCCGUCCCAUGGGCAUGGGCGAGUCAUUUGUCGUGAGCGGACUCAUUGAGGGCUCACAGUAUCUGUUCAGAGUCUCCGCUAUCAACGCUGCUGGACCUGGACCUGCCAGCCCCCCCACAGACCCCAUCUUUGCCAGAGACCCCAUCUCCCCGCCCUCUCCUCCAACCCCAAAAGUUUCUGAUUGGACAAAGUCCAGUGUGGACUUGGUAUGGAUCCCUCCCCUGAAAGAUGGAGGCUCAAAGAUCAUUGGCUACUGGGUGGAGUACAAGGAGGAGGGCACCGAGGCCUGGGUCAAGGCCAAGGAGAUUGAAAUUCGUGGCACAAGGUUUGUGAUCACUGGUUUGAAGACUGGUGGUCAUUACAGAUUCCGGGUAAUAGCCUUUAAUGCUGCUGGUAAUGGUGAGCCAGGUGAAGUCCCAGAAGUGCUCGAGGUCACUGACAGAUCCAUUGCUCCGGAGGUCGACCUGGACGCUUCGGUGAAGGAGAGGAUGGUGGUCCAUGCUGGCGGUGUGAUCCGCCUUAUUGCUUAUGUGUCCGGUCAGCCAACCCCAACUGUUAUCUGGACCAGAGGUGGAGCUGCACUGCCUCCUGAUGCUAAAGUGGAGACGACAGCCAUCAGCUCAUCUUUAGUCAUCAAACCCUGUGCCAGGAGACACCUCGGCAUCUAUACACUGACUGCCAAGAAUGCAGGAGGCGAGAAGACAAAGAAUGUAACUGUGGAGGUUCUUGAUGUCCCUGGACCAGUUGGUAUCCCCCUAACCGCAGAGAACUUGAGUAGCGAUUCCUGCAAGAUCAACUGGUUCUUCCCCGACAAUGACGGCGGCUCUCCCAUCAGUAACUACAUCAUAGAGAAGCGUGAGGCUGAGCGUCAAGCUUGGACAUCACUCACCUACACCGCUAGCAGACAAAAUGCCAUUGCUCACAACCUCACUUAUGGGAAGGCCUACUUCUUCAGAGUGGCCGCCGAGAACGCUAUUGGCGUCGGACCCUUUGUGGAGACAGCAGCCGAAGUUGUGGUCAAGGAACCAAUCAGUGUGCCAGACCGACCUGAGGAUGUGGAAGUUACUAAGGUCACAAAGGAUUUGGUCAGCCUCACCUGGAAGGCACCCAGGUUUGACGGCGGCUCAGAGAUCACCAUGUAUAUCGUGGAGGCCCGUAUGAUUGGUAAAGACAAGUUCAUGAGACUGACGAAGGAGAAGCUGUUGGAGAGAAAAUUCACCUUUGAUGGCCUAAGGGAAGGUGACAGCUACGAGUUCAGAGUCCUCGCCGUCAAUGAGGUUGGACCCAGCAAACCAUCAUUCUGCACCAAACCAAUCACCUGCAGGGAUGAGCUGGAGCCACCAACUAUUGAGUUGGAUUUCCGUGAUAAAAUCAUUAUCCGUGUUGGUGAAAGCUGCCUGCUGCAGGGACGCUACACCGGCAAACCUUCCCCAUCAAUUGUGUGGUACCGGGACGACAAGGAGCUGAAGGCCGACCAACACAUCAUGUUCAAGAACACGCUGACCACCAUGUCACUGGGCCUGAUCAAGGCCAAGCGCGAACACAGCGGCAGAUACGUGGUGGUAGUGGAGAACAGCACCGGAUCCAGGAAGGGAGUCUGCAACAUCACAGUGGUCGACCGUCCCACACCUCCUGUUGGCCCUGUGGUGUUUGAGGAGGUUCACAGGACAUACAUGGUAAUUUCCUGGAAGCCUCCUCUGGAUAGUGGUGGUGUGGACGUCUCCAACUACAUCAUUGAGAAGAGGGAUGUUAACAGAGACAUCUGGUCCAGUGUGACAUCUGCCACGACCAAGACUGUAUGCAAGAUCCCCAAGCUCACAGAGGGCAGGGAGUACAUCAUGAGAAUCUGUGCUGAAAACAUGUACGGCAUCAGCGAUCCACUGGAGUCUGAGGAGAUGAGAGCAAAAGACCUUUUCAGAGUUCCUGAGGCCCCUGAGAUGCCCACAGUUAGGGAGGUGUAUGCCACCAAUGCCCUGGUUCUGUGGAACCGCCCUCGUGAUGGCGGGAAGCCCAUCACUAACUACAUCCUAGAAAAGAAGGAGCCCGCAGCCAAGAGAUGGUCCAGAGUAACAAGAGACACACUGUAUCCAGCCACUCAGUACCGAGUCCAGGACCUGAUAGAGGGCUGCGAGUACGAGUUUAGGGUGAUGGCUGAGAAUGAGCUUGGAAUCGGCGACCCCAGUGAACCGUCUAAACCCAUUCUCGCUAAAGAUCCUGUUGUGCGCCCAAGUCCUCCAGUGACACCUGAGGCCUACGAUAAGACCAAAGACUCUGUCAGCCUGAGGUGGCAGAUGCCUCGCCAUGAUGGCAGAGGCCGGAUAUUAGGCUACCUGGUUGAGUACCAGAAACCGGGUGCCGUAGAGUGGAUUCCAGCCAAUGAGACUGCAGAGCAGUGCCCUAACCUUCACUAUGUGGCGACUGGCCUGGCUGAUGGACAUGAGUACGCUUUCAGGGUCUUCACAGUCAAUGCAGCUGGCAAAUCUGAUCCUGCCUACGUCAAAAAUCCCAUCAAAGUCCAUGACAGACUAGAGGAGCCAGAGCUGCUGCUGGACGCUAACAUGGCACGUGACCACCUGGCCAUGUUGGGCACAGACAUCACCCUGAGUGCCACAAUCAAAGGUGUGCCAACACCGACCGUAAGCUGGAAGAAGAAUGAUGGAGACAUUCCUUCUCACAUCGGCACUACCGUCACUGCAACCGGCAGUAAACUGUUCAUUCCCAAGUGUGUUCGUCCAGACUCUGGCAACUACACCAUUACUGUACAGAACGCUGCCGGCAAAAAGUCUGCAACUGUUGCCGUACUUGUGUUAAAUAAACCAUCUCCACCUAGAGACCUGGUAAUCUCUGAGAUAACCAGUGAGUCCGCCUAUCUGACCUGGAAGGCUCCGGAAGACAAUGGUGGCGCUGUCAUCUCCCACUACGUAGUGCAGAAAAAGGACGUAGCCUCAGAUCAGUGGGUUCCUGUCUCUGCGUCCAAUAAGAAGCUGAGCCUGAUGGCCAUGUACCUGAUUGAAGGCAUCCAGUACUUGUUCAGAGUGGCUGCUGAAAACCAGUUUGGCAGAAGCGACUAUGUGGUAACCAAGGCACCCAUCAAGGCUGUUGAUCCGCUCUAUCCUCCUGGCCCACCGAAGAACCUGCACCACACUGACGCAGAAAAGACAGAGGUGUGGUUGGCAUGGGAGUGGCCUAACCGUGAUGGUGGAAGUGAAAUCACAGGCUUCAUCGUGGAGCACCAGGAAGAGGGCCAGACUGACUGGGUCACCUUCAAGACUGUGGCCAAUGAACAUACCCAUGUUACCGGUCUUGUGGAAGGCAAGACUUACCGUUUCAGGGUCAAGGCUCAAAACGCCAUUGGCGUAAGCCAACCAGACACCAGUGUCCCUAUCACCUGCCAGGAAAAGACAUUGGCACCAACAAUUGAAGUCGAUGUUAAACUUAUUGAGGGUCUUGUUGUCAAAGCUGGCAGUGCUGUUGUCCUUCCAGCCAAAAUGAUGGGUAUCCCUAUUCCCACUGCCAAAUGGAUAACAGAUAACCAAGAGAUAGCAUCUGAGGGUCGCUAUUGCAUCGAGACUGCUGGAUCAUCAACUACCCUCAGCAUCCCUGAAAGUCAGAGAGGAGACUCUGGAGAAUACAUUCUUACUGUUUCUAAUCCUGCAGGCAGCAAGACCGUUGCCCUGCACGUCACUGUGCUGGAUCUUCCUGGGCCACCUAUUGGACCCAUUAAUAUCUUGGAGGUCACCCCUGAUUACAUGAUGAUUCAGUGGAGAGCACCCAAAGAUGAUGGCGGAACACCCAUUACCAAUUAUGUGGUUGAAAAGAAGGAUGUGAAGAAGUCAUGGGUGCCCUGGUCUGUUGUUAGCUCUAGUGGCACGAGCACCAGGGCUAAGGUGUCCAGGCUGGAGAAGGGUCGCGAGUACAUUGUCCGUGUCCGUGCAGAAAAUAAGAUUGGUAUUGGUGCUGAACUUGAGAGUCCACCCACUAUUGCUAAGCACAUGUUCAACCCUCCUGGACCACCAGGUCCUCCAGAGUGUUCAGAUAUUACGGAGAAUGCUGUGACACUAGAAUGGACCCUGCCUGACUACGAUGGGGGAAGUCCUAUCACCGGCUAUGUUGUUGAGCGCAGAGAAAUGACUGGAAAGUGGAUCCGUGUCAAUAAAACUCCUGUACUGGACCUUAGAUACAGAGUUUCAGGCCUGCUUGAAGGCAACACAUAUGAGUUCAGGGUGUUUGCAGAGAAUGUUGCUGGUAUCAGUGAGCCUUCUUUCACCUCAGACCCCAUCAAGGCCACUCGUGCCAUCACCAAACCUGGUCCUCCUAGCAAUCUUAAAUUGAAGGACUGGAGCAAAUCCUAUGCUGACAUUUGCUGGAGCAAGCCCACAAGAGAUGGUGGCAGUCCUGUUCUUGGAUAUGUUAUUGAGGCUCAGAAGUCAGGAAGUGCCCAGUGGGACAGAAUUAACAAAGACCUCAUCAAGAUGUGUGCAUACAGAGUGCCAGGCCUCAUUGAGGGAAUGGAGUAUAGAAUUUGCGUCAGGGCCACUAACAAGGUUGGAGACAGUGAACCAAGGGAACUGCCCCAGACAGUCUUGGCAAAGGACAUCUUGGUGCCUCCUGAAGUUGUUGUUGAUAUUGCCUGCCGUGACUCUCUGACAGUGAGAGCAGGCCAGAUCAUCAGUCUGAUUACGAGGGUGAAGGGCAGACCAGAUCCAGAGAUUACGUGGACCAAAGAUGCCAGAGCCUUGUCCCGGGAUAAGCGCACAGAAAUUAAUAAUAAUUAUCCUCUAUGUGAACUGGUUAUCAAUGAGGCAGUCCGAUCAGACUAUGGUAAAUAUGCCAUUCUUGCUAAGAACAGUAGUGGACAGGCACAGGCUACAAUUCUUGUCAAUGUCCUGGACACACCAGGACCCUGUGUGAACAUAAAGCUAGCCUAUGUGACCAAGAAAUCCUGCAUGGUGUCAUGGGAGAACCCUGAGGACAAUGGAGGCACUGAGAUCACACAGUACAUUAUUGAGUGCCGUCAACCAAGCCAGAGAGGAUGGACAGUUGUCUCCAAUGAUUGCACCAAGCGCCUGAUUAAAGCACCUCUUACAGAGGGUUGUGAGUAUUUCUUCCGUGUCAGUGCAGAGAACAAGAUUGGUGCCGGUCCAUCUACUGAGACCAAGACACCAGUCCUCGCAGUUGAUCCUAUUGAGAAGCCAGGAGAACCUAUUGACUUCCAUAUUUCUGAGAUUGGUAAGACCUUCUGCUUUCUCAAAUGGAAGAAGCCAGACUACGAUGGUGGUAGCCGUAACCUUGGUUAUCACAUUGAGAAGAAACCAAAGGAGGCUGAGGAAUGGGAGAGGCUUCACAAAGGCACCAUUAAAGAGACUUACUUCAUGGCUGACAGGUGCAUUGAAAACCAGAUCUACCAGUUUAGAGUCCAGACUAAGAAUGAAGGAGGUGAGAGCAACUGGGUGUCAACACCUGAGGUCCUGGUAAAGGAACAGCUUGUUGAUCCUGAGAUCAAGAUUAAUCUUGAUGGAACCCUCAUUGUCAAGGCAGGAGAUUCCAUUCCCAUUGAGGCAAUAGUGAAGGGAAAACCCCAGCCUGAUGUCAAAUGGACCAAGGAUGAUAGCACAGAGGAGAUCAAGAAGAGCCCAAGGCUUCAGAUUGAAACUGGUGCCGACUUCUCCAAACUGCUGCUUACCAAUGCCAGGCGUACCGAUAGUGGCAAAUAUGUUGUCUCUGCCUCCAACAGUAGUGGAACCACCUCUGCUCAUGCUAAGGUCAUUGUAUUGGAUCGACCUGGCCCCAUCAAAGAUCUAAAGGUGUCUGGUAUUACCAGUGACAGGUGCCAUCUGACCUGGGAAAUCCCAGAUGAUAAUGGUGGCUGUGAUAUCUACAACUACAUUAUUGAGAAGUGUGAAACAAAGAGGGGAAUUUGGUCUGUCCACUCCAAUGCUGUCAUUACAAACAAAGCUAAAGUCACUCGCCUCAUUGAAGGUAACGAGUAUAUCUUCAGAGUCCGUGCUGAGAACAAAAUGGGUCCUGGUCCUGCAGUGCUGACUGAGACCAUCUUUGCUGGCACCCAGUUCAGUGUACCCGAUGCUCCUGAAGCACCUGAGGUCACCAAGAUUGCCAAGGAGGAGAUGAUUGUACAGUGGUCGGAGCCUGAGCGAGAUGGAGGAAAACCAAUCACAGGUUAUCUUUUAGAGAAGAGGGAAGAGCAUGCUGUUAGGUGGUCUCCUGUCAACAAAGAUCCAGUCCCUGGAACCCGUUUCACAGUUACUGGACUCCUGCCUCUCCAUGACUACCAAUACAGAGUCAAGGCCGUCAAUGAAAUUGGCAUAGGCAACCCAAGCAAGGCUUCGCGUGCCAUCACUGCCAAGGAUGCAGUUGAGCCUCCUGCACCUCCUACCAACCUGAAAGUCCGGGACAGCACUAGGUCCAGUGUCACCCUGGGCUGGACCAAGCCUGUAUCUGAUGGUGGAGCUCCCAUUAUUGGCUAUGUCGUAGAGAUGCGAGUGGCGGGAAGUGCUAAAAAAGGAGAUGAUGGUUAUAAACGGUGCAACGUGGCAGCUCAGCUGAUUGUGUGUGAAUUCACUGUCACAAGUCUGGACGAGACUCUUGCAUAUGAAUUCAGGGUUUCAGCUCAGAACCAGGUGGGCAUGAGCCUGCCCUGCGACCUGGAGGGUGCAGUGAUCCCCAGAGAGAUUCUAGAGGCACCAGAAAUUGAUAUGGAUGCUAACAUGAAGCAGGGACUGACAGUAAGAGCUGGCUGUCCCAUCAGGCUUUGUGCUACGAUUAGAGGCAGACCGGCUCCCAAGGUAACCUGGAGAAGGAUGGGCAUUGACAACGUGGUCAGAAAGGGAAAUGUUGACCUCAUCGACACCAUGACUUUCCUGGUCAUCCCUGACAGCACUCGUGAUGACACUGGCAAAUAUUGCCUGACCCUGCAGAGUCGGGCUGGGGAGAAAGCUGUUUUUGUCAACGUUAAGGUUCUCGACACUCCUGGACCUGUGAUGAAUCUGGAAGUGACUGACGUCACACAGACAUCUGCCAUGCUGUCCUGGAAUCUUCCAGAGAACAAUGGCGGCAGCGAGGUUACUCAUUACAUAGUUGAGAAGCGUGAGAUUGACCGUAAGACCUGGGCGACUGUGAAGGUUGAGGUCGCACUGGAUAAGAUUCCCUUCAAAGUUAGUGGUCUGAUGCCAGGAACCGAAUAUUAUUUCAGAGUCACAGCCGUCAAUGUGUAUGGUUCUGGUGUUCCCAGAGUCACACCGACGUCCUACCUGGCCUCUGAUCCCGUCAGUAAACCAGAUCCAUGUCAAAAGAUUGAGAUUUUGGAGAUCACCAAGAACAGUGCAGCAGUCGGCUGGGUAAAGCCUCUGAGGGACGGUGGUGCCAAGAUCGACGGUUAUGUGAUUGAGUACAUUGAGGUCAAACCUCCUCCGAAGCCUCCAGCACCUGUUGAGGUUGCAGAAGGAGAGGAGGCUCCUCCACCUCCUCCCCCACCUUCAGUGGAAGAGGAGAAAGAACCUGAGAAAGAAGUGUGGAACGCCUACACUACAGUGAAAGGUUUGAGCAUCAGCAUCAGUGGCCUGAAGGAAGGCAAGAAGUACAAGUUCAGAGUCGCUGCCAAAAACAUCAUGGGCAUGAGCCUGUUCACCGAGACAAGGGAGCCAGUCGAGAUCAAGGAACAGAUGUUGGAACCAAAGAUUGUGAUGCCAGAGACGGCUAGUGCCAGAGCUGGAGCCAAGCUUAGAGUGGAGGCAAUUGUCUCUGGAAAACCUUUACCGACCUGCAAGUGGAUGCGUGGGGAGAAUGCAGUGGUCCCAUCCAGUCGCCUGGCAGUGCAUCAGUCCGGCAACCUGUGUGUGCUGAUCAUCAAAGAUGUAUCAAGAACGGACAGCGGAGAGUACAGUCUGGUUGCUGAGAACAGUUCUGCCAAGGUCACGCAAGCCCUGAAAAUCACCAUCAAAGACAUCCCUGGUCCUCCUGAGGGCCCUGUGGUUAUCAGCGACAUAGACUCUGAUGCCUGCUCCUUUUCCUGGAACAAACCACUGGAGGACGGAGGCAGCAAUAUCACCAACUACGUGGUGGAGAAAUGUGACGUGAGCAGGGGUGACUGGGUGACGGCUCUCUCCUCCUGCCCAAAGCCCAAUUGCAGGCUUGGAAAGCUCAUUCCAGGGAAGGAAUAUGCCUUCCGCAUCCGUGCUGAGAACCGCUACGGUGUGUCAGACUUCAUCCAGUCUGAAAGGAUGGUCGCCAAAUUCCCCUUCGAUGUUCCUAGUGAGCCCCUCAACUGUCACAUCAACAAGACCAACAAGGAUUGUAUGUUUGUUGCAUGGGAUAAGCCUGAGAGCGACGGCGGCAGUCCUAUUACAGGUUACUACAUCGAGCGUAAAGAGAGGAACAGCCUGCUGUGGGUUAAAGCCAAUGAUACAGUUGUCCGCAACACUGAGUACCCUUGUGCCGGCCUCAUAGAAGGCCUGGAGUACACCUUCAGAGUGUCUGCCAUUAACCGUGCUGGCCAGGGCAAACCAAGCAAGAAGACUGAUUUUGUCACAGCCAGAACACCUGUUGACACACCAGGUAAACCAGAGAUCCUGGAUGUUACCAAAAACUCUGUUACUCUGGUUUGGACGCGCCCCAAAAAUGAUGGUGGAAGUAAGAUCAUUGGCUAUUUUGUUGAGGUCACGCGGGUGCCAGGAGACAGUUGGAUGCGCUGCAACACCAGCUGUCAGAAUGUGCCAACAGAAGAGUACACCGUCAGUGGUCUGGAAAGAGACCUGCAAUACCAAUUCAGGGUUAUUGCUAAAACUGCUGUCAACAUGAGCAAACCCUCUGAGCCCACAGACCCUGUACUUGUCUGCGCAGAGAAUGUUCCUCCCAGAGUAGAGCUCAGUGCCAGGAUGCAAAAAGGUUUCAAGGUGAAGGUUGGAGCCACAGUUCUCCUGGAGGCAGACGUGUUUGGGAAGCCCAUGCCCAGAGUGACCUGGAAGAGGGGCGAUGACAACCUGAAGUCCUGUGAAGGCCAGGUCAUCACCCAGCAGAGACAUCACUUCAAGUUAGAGAUGACGGGAGUCACCAAAGACCAAACAGGAACUUACACUAUUCUAGCAGAGAAUGCCAGUGGCUCCAAGACUGCUCAGGUUGAGGUCAUCGUUCUGGAUGUACCUGGUGCACCUGUAUGUUCCAAAUAUCUUGAAGUGUUUGCCGGCAGUAUCAAGGUGUCCUGGCAGCCUCCUCUGAAGGAUGGUGGCGCCCCCAUCAGUACUUACAUCAUUGACAAGCGUGAGACUAGCAGAGCAAACUGGGCUCUGGUAUCCAACAAGAUCAAAGGGGAUGUCCUGCAGUUUAACGUGGAGAAGCUGAUUGAGGGUCACGAGUACCAGUUCCGAAUCCGUGCUGAGAACAUGUGGGGAGUUGGAGAAGCCCUCAUCACUGACCCUGUCAUCACCAAGAACCCAUUCACUGUCCCUGGUCCCUGCGAGGCCCCAGUGAUCACCAAUGUUACAAAAGAUCAAAUGACCGUGAGCUGGAAAGAGCCUGUCAAUGAUGGAAAGUCCACAAUCCUGGGCUACAUGUUGGAAAAGAAGGAGGUCAAGGGGUUGGAGUGGACUAAAGUGACCAGAAAGCCUCUGACAGAGAGGAGUCUGGAGGUCACUGGCCUCACAGAGGGAACUGAAUACGAGUUCAGAGUCAUCGCUGUCAACGUGGCAGGACCUGGCAAACCCAGUGAGCCCUCUGAAGGUGUUACUGCCCAAAAUCCUAUCACACCUCCUGGCCCUGUUGUGAACCCUAGUGUGACGGACACCACCUACAGCACCAUCAGUCUUACAUGGGCUGCCCCCGCCAACAAUGGUGGAAGCCCCAUCAUUGGAUACUUGGUGGAGUGUAAGAGGGCCAACACCACUGACUGGAUCCGUUGCAAUGUCCCCAGGAACCUGCAGGAGACCAGCUAUGUUAUCCAAAACCUCAUUAACAAGUCAGAGUACCAGUGUCGCAUCACCGCUGUCAACAAGGUUGGCUUCAGCGAGCCUGUGGAAGUACCAGGCACACAUGUCGCCCAGGAAAUCCUUGUUCCCCCUGAGGCAGAGCUUAGUGCACGUCUGAAGGACGGCCUGGAGUUGAGUGCUGGUGCCACCAUGAGGCUGCAUGCCACCAUCAAGGGUCGUCCUACUCCUAAAGUUACCUGGGCAAAGAUGAACACAAACAUCAAGGAUCGCCAAGGUAUCAUCAUCAAAUCCAGUAACAUCGACACCAUGGUGAUGGUGGAGAACGUGAACAGAUAUGACGCCGGCAAAUACAUCCUGAGCCUGGAGAGCUCAGCCGGCAUUAAGACGUACACCGUCGUCGUCAAAGUUCUCGACACUCCCGGUCCACCAGUCAACCUAGUGGUUAAGGAGACGAACAAAGAGAGUUCUUCCAUCUACUGGGACGCUCCUCUGAUUGAUGGUGGCUUUGAGAUCACCCACUACAUUGUUGAGAAGCGUGAAACUGAGAGGAAGGCCUGGUCCAUGGUCUCCAAUGACUGCACCAAGACUGCCUUUGACAUACCAGAUCUGGUUGCUGGUCGAUUCUACUGCUUCAGGGUGUCGGCGGUGAACCGGCUUGGUGCUGGAGAGCACUGUGAGACUGCUGAUUCAGUCAGAGCCACAGAGGAGCCUGGACCGGUCAUGGACUUCAAGACCCUGCUCGUUACUAAGGACUCUUGCACUCUGAGCUGGAAGAAGCCACUCACUGAUGGUGGCAGCCGCAUCACCUGCUACGUGUUAGAGGUUCUCAAUGGUGAUGACAAAUACAAAGAGCUGAUGAGGUCCAAGAAUAUGCAGUACAGUGCCAAGGACCUGGUGGAGGACAGAGAGUACAAGUACAGAGUCAAGGCUGUGAACGAUUCAGGAGAAAGCUCCCCCAGGGAGCUGAUGGUGGUUGCCAAGGACCAGAUCAUACCUCCAAGCUGUGACUUGAGGGAGCUUCCUGACAUGUGCUACAUUGCCAAGGAGGGCAGCACCAUUCGUCUUAAGAUCCCUAUCAUCGGCAAACCUACGCCAAAGGUCUCCUGGAAGAAGGGCGAUGAUGAAGAUCUGACAGACACUGGUCGCAUAUGCGCCGAGUCUUCUGCAGUUAAUACCACUCUCCUGAUCAGAGACUGUCAGAGAAGUGAUGCUUCCAAGUACACCAUCACCUUGAGGAACAGCGCUGGAAGCAAGGAGUCCACCAUCUUCAUCAGGGUGGUGGGUAAACCUGGCAUCCCCGUCGGACCUAUUAAGUUCAAAGACAUUACUGCUGAUGGUGCUACUCUGAAGUGGGGCAUUCCCAAGGAUGACGGUGGUUCAGAUAUCACAAACUACAUCUUGGAGAAGAGGGACUCUAUCACCAAAAUGUGGGUGACAGUGUGCUCUGCUGUGGCAGAGCACACUAUGAGGGUAACCGGUCUCCAUGAGGGCACAGAGUACAUCUUCAGAGUCUGUGCUGAGAACAAGUAUGGUGUUGGAGAAGGACUCAAGUCUGAUCCGAUUGUGGCCAAACAUCCCUUCAAUGUUCCCGAUGCUCCUCCUCCUCCUCAGAUCAUGAGCAUGCGUCACGACUCCGCUUACCUGGCCUGGUCCGAUCCUAGAAAGACCGGAGGGUCUCCGAUCACAGGCUACCAUCUUGAGUUCAAGGAGAGGAACAGUAUGUUGUGGAAAAGAGCAAGCCCUGCUGCCUUGAAGAUGAAGGAACACAAAGUAACCGGGCUGACUGAAGGUCUAGAGUACGAGUUCAGGGUCAUGGCAAUCAAUCUUGCUGGUAUCGGCAGACCAAGCGCUCCCACUGACCCACAAGUUGCACUGGAUCCUAUUGAUGCCCCAGGUAAACCUGACGUGAUUAGCAUCACACUGAGCACCGUGACCCUCCAGUGGACUGAGCCAGAGUUUGAUGGCGGCCACCGACUGACUGGGUACAUCGUUGAGAGGCGUGAUCUGCCAUCUAAGAUCUGGGUGAAGGCCAAUCAUGUGAAUGUCGUGGACCCUGCAUACACUGUCAUUAAUCUACAAGAGGGUUGCAAAUACGAGUUCAGGAUCAGGGCCAAGAAUGCUGCUGGUGCUCUUAGCCCGCCCUCUGAGCAGACAGACACAAUCAUCUGCAGAGAUGAAUAUGCUGCACCUACCAUUAUCAUUGAUGCUCAUGUGAUGGAAGGUCUGACGGUCAGAGCUGGUGACACCAUUGUCAUUACUGCCACAAGCAUUUUAGGCAAACCUGUGCCAACCUCCUGCUGGUCAAAGGGAGGGAAGUACUUUAAACCCUCCGAACUUGUUCACAUUGAGACCACUCCAACUUCCUCCACACUCUCUGUUAAAUAUGCCAGUAGAAAGGACUCUGGAGAGUACACAAUCACUGCCAGCAACCCUUUCGGUGUGAAGGAGGAAAAUGUCAAGGUCAAAGUCUUGGAUGUCCCUGGUGCUCCCGGGCCCAUUGAAUGCAGCGGCAUCUCUUCUGAGAAAGUGACUCUUACGUGGACGGCUCCUACUGAGGAUGGAGGCUCACCUAUCAAAUAUUACACCUUAGAGAAAAGGGAGACCAGCCGUCUGCUUUGGACUAUCCUGGAGGAGAAGGUCCUUGACUGCCACUAUGUGGCCAAAAAGCUCAUCCAGGGCAACGAGUAUUUCUUCAGAGUCUCUGCUGUGAACCAAUAUGGUACCAGUGAGCCGUCUCACUCCGAGGCUGUCAAAAUGGUUGAUAGAUUUGGUCCUCCCGGUCCGCCAUCCAAACCAGAGGUUGAGAAAGUAGAUGGACAUUCAGUGACUGUGACCUGGAGAAGACCAGCUGAGGAUGGGGGAAGUGACAUCAUAGGUUACUGUGUUGAGAAGAAGGAGAGGAAGGGUAUGAGAUGGGUCAGGGCCUCCAAGAAACCUGUCGCUGAGCUCAGCUUCAACAUCACUGGACUAACUGAGGGCAUUGAGUAUGAGUUCCGUGUUCUUGCUGAGAACAAAGCCGGGUUUGGAGAGCCAAGUGAACCAUCCAUGCCAGUCAGAACGAUAGUUGCUGCCUAUGUGCCUGGACCUCCUGUCAAUCCAAGAGUUACAGACACAACCAAGACCACUGCGACCCUGAACUGGGGAAAGCCUCUUGAUAAUGGUGGUCUUGAAGUCACUGGGUAUGUGAUUGAGCAUAAGAAGGAUGGAACAGAAGACUGGAUCAAGGAUACCUCUCUUCUGAGGAUCACAGAGUUUGUUGUUCCUCAGUUGGAAACAGGAGCAAAAUACCUCUUCAGAAUCAGUGCUGUGAAUGCCAAGGGGGUGGGCAAACCUGCUGAAACCCAGGAGCUGGUAGAUAUUGUAGAGCGUGCAGCUGAGCCAGACUUGGAGCUGGAUGUUGAGCUGAGAAGAACGCUUGUUGUCAGAGCUGGCUGCUCCAUUCGCCUCUUUGUGCCAAUCAGAGGACGUCCUGCGCCCACAGUCACCUGGACAAAGGAGGGCGGUCCAGUCCCACGUGCAGUCAUUGAUAGCACUGAGUCAUUUACAAUGCUGCUCAUUCCUGAGAGUUCCAGGAUUGAUGCCGGCAAAUAUGAGCUUACCCUAGAGAACACUGCUGGAAAGAAGAGUGCUGAUAUUCAUGUGAGAGUUCUUGAUUCACCUGGGCCUCCUCUGAACUUGAAACCACUCAAAAUUGACAAGGAAAGUAUUGCUCUUCAGUGGGAGAUGCCGCUGAUUGAUGGAGGAGCCAAAGUCACAAACUACAUUAUUGAAAAGAGAGAAUCGACACGCAAGGCUUUUGCCACUGCUGUGACAAAGUGUCCACACACUUCAGUCAGGAUUGGAGAGCUAGGCGAAGGCUGCGAGUAUUAUUUUAGAGUGUCUGCUGAGAAUGAGUAUGGCAUUGGUGAGGCGGUCGAAACUACAGAGCCAAUCCGUGCAUCACAGGCACCAACUCCUCCAGAGAGUAUUAUUCCUACAGAUAUCACCAAGAACUCUGUGAGCCUGGCUUGGACCAAACCCAAGCACGAUGGUGGAAGCAGAAUCUCAGGAUAUGUCCUGGAAGCCCAGAAAAAGGGAACCGAUCAGUGGUCCCACAUAACAACAGCCAAGACCAUGGAUUUUACAGUGAAGAAUCUGAACGAGAAUGAGGAGUACAUUUUCCAUGUAAUGGCUGUCAACCAAUCAGGUAGAAGUGCUCCACGCGAGAGCAAAUCCAUCAUUGUAAAGGAUUCUACUUCUCUUCCUGAGUUCGACCUGCGUGGCAUAUGUCGCAAAACUAUUAUCGCUAAGGCAGGAGAAGACAUCAAGGUUGAAAUUCCAGUUAUGGGACGUCCUCGACCAACCAUCUCCUGGCAAAUAGACAAUGCAGCCUUCAAGCCUACGCAAAGAACCAAUGUAGAAACCACUGCUGCUACAGUAAUCCUCAGCAUCAAUGAAUGUAACAGGGCUGACAGUGGUGUGUAUACCAUGACAGGAAAGAACAUUGUUGGCUCUGUGACAGAUAACAUUACAGUAAAAGUACAUGAUGUACCUGGGCCACCCAAAGGACCAGUUGCGAUUUUGGAGAUAUCCCGUACUUACUGCAUCUUUACAUGGGAUCCUCCUGAGAAUAACGGAGGUGUUCCGAUCACUAACUAUGUGGUUGAGAUAAGAGACACCACCUCCCAGACUUGGACAGAACUGUCUUCUUCUGUUAUUCGUACAGUCUUCAAAGCCAUCCGGUUAACGACUGGGUCAGAGUACCAGUUCAGGGUAAAGGCCAAGAACAGAUAUGGUGUUGGACCUCCCAUCACCUCAGAGUCAGUGGUAGCUGGUUAUCCAUUCAAAGUCCCCGGACCUCCUGGUACUCCAGGAGUUGUGGCAUUUACCAAGGACUCCAUAACAAUCGGCUGGAAUGAGCCAGUGACGGACGGCGGUAAUGAAGUCAUCGGCUAUCACGUUGAAAGGAAAGAAAGAAGCGGUAUAGUGUGGCAAAAGAUCAGCAAGGGUCUUGUGAAAGGAAACAUCUUUAAAUCCUCUGGGCUUGAAGAUGGAUCUGCCUAUGAAUUCCGUGUCAUGGCUGAAAACUUGGCUGGAAUUGGUAAACCCAGCAAAGCCUCAGAAGCAAUACUGGCCUUGGACCCUGUAGAUCCACCAGGCCAACCUGUCCCAAUAUUUGUCAGCAAGAAUGUCAUCACUAUUCAGUGGACAAAGCCUGAGUAUGAUGGUGGAUUUAAAAUCACUGGCUACACAGUGGAGAAGAGAGAACUGCCGACCGGCCGCUGGAUCAGGGCUAACUUCACUAACAUUAUCGAGACAAUUUUCACUGUCAGUGGACUGUCUCAGGAUUUGUCCUACGAGUUCCGUGUCACUGCCAGAAACUCAGCAGGUGCAGUUAGCAUUCCUUCUGAGCCCUCUGACCCGAUCCUCUGCAAAGAUGAUAUUAUUGAACCACGCAUUAUGGUCGAUGCCAUCUUUAAGGAUGUUGUUUUACUGAAGGCUGGAGACUCCUUCAAACUUGAUGCUGACAUUGCUGGUCAACCAACACCAUCUAUGGUUUGGACCAAGAAUGGAAAAGAGGUUGAAAACACAAUGAAACUGGAAGUUAAGUUCACUGAACUGACAACCACACUGACCAACAAGGACUCCAUCAGGUCAGAUGGAGGAGAGUUUGUGUUGACGGCCACUAAUGUAGGUGGAUUUGCAAAGCAUAUCUUUAAAGUUAAAGUGCUUGACAGACCUGGACCACCAGUUGGACCUCUUGAAGUAUCUAAUGUCACAGCUGAAACCUGUGUGCUGACAUGGGCUCGACCUGCAGAUGAUGGCGGUGCUAAGAUUGAAGGAUAUGUGAUUGAGAAACGUGAGUCUAGCAGACUGGUUUGGACCAAUGUGGUUUCAGACCUACAAGUUACACAAUACAAGGUGACCAAGCUGCUCAAAGGAAAUGAAUACAUCUUCAGAGUUAUGGCUGUAAACAAAUAUGGACUUGGUGAGUCCCUUGAGUCACAACCCACUAUUGCUGAUAAUCCAUAUAGGGUUCCAGAUCCUCCAGAGAAUCCUGAGGUGACAGCUAUCACUAAAGAUUCAAUGGUCCUUAUGUGGCAAGCACCUAAGUGUGAUGGCGGAACUCCCAUCACUAACUACAGCAUUGAAAGAAAAGACAGAAUUGGCCUCCGCUGGAUCAAAUGCAACCAAAGGAAGGUCAAAGAUCUUCAGUUCAGGGUGACUGGCCUCAUUGUUGGACAUGAAUAUGAAUUCAGGGUAAUUGCUGAGAAUGCUGCUGGAGUGAGUGCACCAAGUGUCUCCAGUCCAUUCUACAAGGCAACUGAUGGUCUGUACAAACCAGGGCCACCAUGUAACCCCAGAAUCCUGGACACAACCAAGUCCUCAAUUACUGUUGCCUGGAACAAACCUGUUUAUGAUGGUGGCUCUGACAUCACUGGCUACAUUGUUGAGACCUGCAUCCCAUCUGAAAAGGUGGAGGAGGAUGAGUGGACCAUUGUGACACCCAAAGAAGGUCUUCUUGCUACCUCAUUCACCAUUGUUAACUUGAAGGAGAACCAGGAGUACAAAAUCAACAUCUCUGCUGUCAACAGCGAGGGAAUCGGAGAGGCAGCAUCUGUGCCUGAUAAUGCCAAGGCAGAGGAUAGGCUCCUCCCACCUGAAAUGGAUUUGGAUGUUGAACUCCGCAAAGUUAUCAGUGUUAGAGCUUGCUGCUCAGUUAGACUCUUUGUUCCUAUCAGAGGCAGACCAGCUCCUCAGGCUAAAUGGACAAAAGGAGAUGGUGAGCCUAUUGAGAGGGCAACCAUUGACAGCACAACAUCAUAUACAUUACUUGUGAUUGAAAAUGUCAACAGAUUUGACAGUGGAAAGUACAAUCUUACAAUUGAAAACAGCUCUGGCUCCAAGACUGCUACAGUUCAAGUCAAGGUGCUGGAUACACCAAGUGCCCCACAGAAUUUGAAGAUAACUGCUGUAACCAAGGAGGCCGUCACACUGACGUGGGAUCCACCAGUAAAUGAUGGAGGGGUUAAGAUUAAGAAUUAUAUUGUUGAAAAACGCGAGUCCACGAGGAAAGCAUAUGCCACAGUCAAUGCUCUCUGCUAUCACACAACCUUCACUGUUGGCCAACUCCUGGAAGGAUGCAACUAUUACUUUAGAGUUUUGGCUGAAAAUGAAUAUGGUAUCGGUUUGCCCAUUGAGACCGGUGAAUCAGUUAAAGUGUCUGAGAAACCACAGCCUCCUGGAAAAAUCACCCUGAAGGAUGUUACCAAAAACAGUGUCACUCUGACUUGGGAGAAGCCAGAACAUGAUGGUGGCAGCAGAAUCGGCUGUUACGUUGUUGAGAUCCAGCCUAAGGGGGUUGAUAAGUGGACCCAGGCUAUGAUUGUGAAGGAAACGGAAGCUACAAUCAGUGGACUCAAUGCUGGUGAAGAAUACAUGUUCCGAGUUGCAGCAAGAAAUGAGAAGGGAACAAGUGACCCACGUCAAAUUGGGGUACCUGUGAUUGUAAAGGAUCUUGUGUUUGCACCUGUUGCCAAAUUGUUAUUCAACACAUUUAGUGUGUUGGCAGGAGAAGACCUAACAGUGGAGGUUCCAUUUGUUGCUCGUCCCAAAGCAGCUAUCUCCUGGAUAAAAGAUGGUCAGCCUCUGAAAAGAACUACCAGAGUAAAUUUUGAUUCUACAGACACAGUGCUGAGCCUUCACAUUAAAGAGGCCAUUAAAGAUGACGUUGGAUGCUACCACAUAACUCUGACCAACACAGCUGGCGAGACAACUGCAGAUAUCAACAUUGUUGUUCUCGACAAACCAGGCCAGCCAGGUGGUCCAGUUAAGGUUGAAGAGGUCACGUCUGACAGCAUAACAAUCUCCUGGAUCCCACCAGAGUAUGACGGUGGCUGCAGCAUCAAAAACUACAUUGUAGAAAAAAGAGACACAUCCACGACUACCUGGAUGGUUGUAUCUCCUAACCUUGCAAGGACCAAACUGAAGGUGGGCAGACUGAAGUGUGGCACUGAAUAUCAGUUUAGAAUAACAGCUGAAAACAGAUAUGGGAAAGGCCCAACUCUGCAAUCAGAGUGUAUCGUGGCACAAUACCCAUAUAAGCUCCCAGGACCCCCAGGAACACCAUCCAUUGCCACCUGGACGAAGGAAAGCAUGGUUGUGGCCUGGAACGAGCCUGUUAAUGAUGGUGGAAGUUCUGUCUUGGGCUACCAUCUUGAACGUAAAGAGAGAAAUAGCAUUCUGUGGGUCAAACUUAACAAGUCUCUUAUUACUGACCAAACCUUCAAGUCCACUGGUUUGGAACCAGGAAUGGAGUAUGAGUACAGAGUUUAUGCUGAAAACAUUGUUGGAAUAGGCAAAGUUAGCAAAGUGUCUGAGGGUCAUGUUGCUCGAGAUCCAUGUGAUCCUCCUGGCACCCCAGAGGCAGCAAAGAUCACCAAGGACUCUAUUACCAUUGUUUGGACCAAACCGGAGUACGAUGGUGGUGCAAAGGUUACAGGCUACAUUGUGGAAAAGAAGGAGCUUCCUGAAGGUCGUUGGCAAAAGGCUAACUUUACAAACAUCAUUGAGACAGAAUAUGCUGCAACUGGACUUGUGCAGGACAAUCAGUAUGAGUUCCGUGUUAUAGCAAGAAAUGCAGCUGGUGUUUUCAGUUUGCCCUCUUACAGCACUGGUCCAAUCACUGCCAGGGAUGAGAUUGAACCACCACGUAUCAGCAUUGACCCUGAGUACUCCAAGACCAUUCUGGUUAAUGCUGGAGACAACUUUAAGAUAGAUGCAGAUGUUCAGGGGAAACCACUACCCUCUAUCCACUGGAUGAAGGCAGAGCAGGAACUUGGCAACUCCAUUCACAGAGAGAUUAAGAACACACCCACCAGAGCUUAUAUAUCUGUCAAGGAAGCAAAACUUUCUGAUGGGGGCCAAUACACUCUGCUAUUGAAAAAUCCAGGAGGUGAAAAAUCUGUACAGGUCAAUGUGGUUGUUUUAGAUAAGCCCGGAGAACCUCUAGGACCUCUUACUAUUACAGGCAUUGCGAAAGACCGAUGCUGCCUUGCAUGGAAACCACCAGUACAAGAUGGUGGCAGCAAAAUUUCUCACUUUGUUGUGGAAAGGAGAGAGACAAGCAGAUUAGUCUGGACUGUAGUUAGUCCAAAAGUAGAGAACAUUUAUUUGAAGGUCACUAAGCUCUUGGAAGGAAAUGAGUACAUUUUCAGAGUCCGUGCUGUCAACCAGUUUGGAGUGGGUGCACCACUUGAGUCUGCUCCUGUCAUAAUCAAAGAUCCAUAUUUGCCCCCUGGAUCACCCAAGAGUUUAGAGAUUACAGAAAUUAAGAAAGAUUCAAUGUUGAUCACCUGGGAGGCUCCUUCUGAAGAUGGUGGCAGUCCCAUCACUGCAUAUAUUAUUGAGAAACAUGACAAAGAUGGCAUACGAUGGACCAGAUGCAACAGGACAUCUGUCACUGACUUGACAUUCAAGGUCACUGGACUUAUGGAAAAUCAUAUUUAUGAGUUCAGAGUUACUGCUGAAAAUGCAGUUGGUGUAGGUGAACCAAGCUCCCCAACUGUAUUCUACAAAGCUCUUGAUCCCAUCUUCAGGCCAGGCCCACCACACAAUCCAAGAGUUACUGACUCAACAAAGUCAUCUGUGUUGCUUUACUGGGGCAAGCCUGCCAAUGAUGGAGGCUGUGAGAUUCAGGGAUAUAUUGUUGAAUGCUGCACUACCACCAUGCCAGUUGAGGUACCUGCUGAAGCCUCAGCUCCUGAGGCACCUGCAACAGAUGCACCUGCUGAGGAGUGGAUAAUGUGCACACCACCAACUGGUGUCAAGAAGACUAAAUUUGAAGCUGCAAACCUGAAAGAAAACCAGGCAUACAAAUUUAGAGUAUGUGCCAUCAACAAAGUUGGAGUCGGUGAGCAUGCAGAUGUUUCUGGAGCUGUUGUUGCCCAUGACAGAGCAGAAGAGCCAGACCUUGACAUUGACCCAGAACUGAGAAAGAUUGUGAUCAUUAGAGCUGGACUUUCCCUUAGGCUGUUUAUCCCAAUCAAAGGAAGGCCCACUCCAACACUGAAGUGGGAUAAGGAUGAAGCUUCUCUCAAAGAGACCGCUCAGAUUGAGGUGACCAGCAGUUACACAUCCCUCGUAAUUGACAAGAUGAGCAGAAGUGACAGUGGAAAAUACACAGUCACUGCAGAAAACUCCAGUGGAACCAAAUCAGCAUUUGUCGUAGUCCGUGUUCUUGACACACCAAGUGCUCCUGUUAACCUGAAAGUGCAAGAAAUCACUAACCAGUCAGUGACAUUGGCGUGGGAACCACCUCUGUUGGAUGGUGGAUCCAAGAUCAAGAACUACAUUGUUGAAAAGCGAGAAAGCACACGCAAAACAUUUGCAGCUGUUGUAACGAACUGUCACAAGCUUUCGUGGAAGAUUGACCCACUCCAGGAGGGUUGCAGUUACUUUUUCCGUGUCAUGGCAGAGAAUGCAUAUGGUGUUGGCCUUCCUGCAGCAACUGCUGAUGCUCUUAAGGUGUCGGAGGUACCUCAGGCUCCAAAGAACUUAAUUGUUACUGACCAAACCAAAACAAGCAUCUCUUUGGCCUGGGAAAGACCAGAGUAUGAUGGUGGUAGCAGAGUCAUGCAGUACCUGCUUGAGGCGAGGCUUAAGGGCCAGGAUAAGUGGUCUGCUGUUAACUCAUUUAAGACAUUGGAGGCUACAGUUUCCAAUCUCAACCCUGGACAAGAGUACCUCUUUAGAGUUACAGCUGUCAAUGAUAAGGGCAAGAGUGAUCCCAAAGUUCUUGCUGGGCCAGUUAUGACCAAGGAUUUGGUGUUUGAGCCUGAUGUCCGACCACAGUUCAGCAGCUACAGUGUCCAUGUGGGCAAAGACCUGCAUGUUGACAUUCCCAUUUAUGGACGUCCUAAACCGACAGUCGCAUGGAAUAAAGAUGGUGCUCCUCUGAAGUUCACUACUAGAGUUAACAUUCAGAAUACACCCACACACACAACACUCAGCAUAAAGGAGGCAGCAGGUGAUGAUGGUGGUAUGUACAGUAUCAAUGUUGCCAACUGUGCUGGAAAGAAGGACACAACUGUUGAAGUCAUAGUGCUUGACAAACCUGGCCCUCCAUCUGGCCCAGUGAGGUUCGAUGAAAUCACAACACAGAGUGUUACUAUUUCAUGGGACCCACCAAAACACAAUGGUGGUUGUCAGAUCUCAAAUUACGUUGUGCAAAAGAGAGAUACUACUACUACGACAUGGGAGAAUGUCAGCACUAAUUGUGCCAGAACCACCAUAAAGGUGUCGAGACUGAAGACUGGAGCUGAGUACCAGUUCAGGAUCAUUGCUCAGAAUCGCUACGGCAAGAGUCAUGGCCUGGACUCCUCCACUGUGGUGGCUCAGUACCCAUACAGAGAGCCCGGCCCUCCAGGCACUCCCUUCAUUGCUUCUCUCUCCAGGGACCACCAGAUCGUUGAAUGGCAUGAGCCUGUCACAGAUGGCGGCAGUCCUGUUCUUGGGUAUCACCUUGAAAGAAAAGAGAGGAAUAGCAUUCUCUGGGUCAAGAUCAACAAGACACUUAUUCAUGAGACUAUGUUUAAAAGUUAUCCAUUGGAGGAGGGUAUUGAGUAUGAGUACAGGGUUUAUGCCGAAAACAUUGUUGGCAUUGGCCGAUGCAGUAAAGUCUCAGAGGGCUGCAUUGCCCGUGACCCAUGUGAUCCUCCUGGUAUGCCAGAGGCCAUCCAUGUGACCAAAGAUACAAUUGUCAUUCAGUGGACUAAACCCGAGUAUGAUGGUGGCAGUAAUAUAACAGGCUAUAUUGUAGAGAAGCGUGAUCUGCCAGAGGGCAGGUGGGGCAGGGCGAACUUUACCAAUGUGAUUGAGACCCAAUUUACCAUAACUGGACUGACUGAGAAUGCUCAGUAUGACUUUAGAGUUAUUGCUAAAAAUGCUGUUGGCACCGUCAGCAAGCCAUCCUACAACAGUGGGCCAAUCACUGCAAGUGACAAGGUUGAGGCACCCAAAUACUCCAUUGACCCUGCAUUCACCAAGACCAUUGUCAUCAAUGCUGGGGAGUCAUUUAAGCUUGACGCUGAUGUCCGCGGAAAACCGCUGCCUACGAUCCAGUGGUUCAAGGAUGAAAAACCAAUUGAAAACACACUCAGGCUAGAGAUCAAAAACACAGAAAACCAUGCAAUGAUUGUCGUCAAAGACUGCGUCAGGAUUGAUGGCGGACUUUAUGUGCUUCAACUGAUUAACGAGGCUGGCAGUGAAACAGUGCCAUUUAAGGUUUUGGUGCUUGACAGACCCAGCCCAUGUGAAGGACCGUUCCGCAUCACUGGAGUUGCUGAAGACAGAUGCACACUUUCAUGGCGUGCCCCUCUAAAUGAUGGAGGAAGUCCUAUCAAACAUUACAUCAUCGAAAGAAGAGAAACCAGUCGUCUUGCUUGGACUGUGGUUUCCAACUCCUGUGACACUACGUGCUACAGAAUCACCAAAUUACUUGAAGGUGAUGAAUACAUGUUCAGAGUCAUGGCAGUUAACAGUCAUGGUGUCAGUGAUCCACUGACAUCUGGAGGAGUGAUUAUGAAGACUCCAUUUAUUCCUCCUGGACCACCGCACAUAGAGGAUGUGUACAACAUUACACAUGAUGGCAUGACCGUCACCUGGUCUGCCCCAGAGUCCGACGGUGGCAGUGAGAUUAUCAAUUACGUAAUUGAAAAGAAGGACAGAACUGGAAUUAAAUGGACUAGGUGCAACAGACAGAAGAUCACUGACCUCUCCUUCAGAGUCACAGGACUUACCACAGGCCACCAGUAUGAGUUUAGAGUGGCAGCAGAAAAUGCAGUUGGAGUUGGAGAGCCAAGCCUUCCAAGUUCAAACUACAAGGCCUCCGAUCCCAAAUACAAACCUGGUGCCCCAGCAUAUGUUAAUGUAACUGACUCUACAAAGAGUUCUAUCACAGUGUCAUGGGGUAAGCCUCUGUCUGAUGGUGGCAGUGCCAUUCAAGGCUACAUUGUUGAGGUUUGCAAGGCUGAAGCUGAGGAAUGGACCAUGGUUACUCCCCCCACUGGCCUACGUGUUAACAAAUAUGAAAUUACCAAACUUACUGAGGGUCAGGAGUACAAGAUCCAGGUGUGUGCUCUAAACAAACUAGGAGUUGGUGAGCCAGCAGUUCUCCCUGGAACAGCAAAGCCAGAGGAAAGAGUGGAUCCGCCAGAGAUCCACCUGGACUCUGAGCUAAGGAAGGGCAUCACUGUGAAAGCUGGUGCUUCUGUUAGAGUCCAUAUUCCAUUUAAGGGCAGGCCACCACCUGAGAUUAGGUGGACUAAGGAUGAGAAAGCCCUAACUGAAAAGGCAGUGGUUGAGAAGGCUCUUAACUUCACACAGCUAUCUAUUGACUCAUGUGACAGAGGUGACUCAGGAAAAUACAUCCUGACCCUUACCAACAGCAGCGGCUCUGUAUCUGAGGUUGUGGCAGUUAAAGUCCUGGACACACCUGGAGCCCCACAAAAUCUGGUUGUUAAAGAAAUCAAAAAGGACUCUAUCACGCUUGUAUGGGAUGUCCCACUUAUUGAAGGAGGUUCCAAAAUCAAGAACUACGUCAUUGACAAACGUGAAUCAACCAAGAAGGCAUAUGCAAAUGUGUCCACUAAGUGCAGUAAAACAACAUUCAGAGUUGAGAACUUGAUCGAAGGAGCCUUAUAUUACUUCAGAGUCAUGGCUGAGAAUGACUACGGAGUUGGCCAAGCUGUUGAAACAAAGACAGCAUCAAAGGCCUCCGAGGUACCUCUGCCAGUUGGAAAAAUCUUCCUCACAGAUGUCACUAAGGCCAGUGCCUCAUUAGCCUGGGAGAAACCUGAACAUGAUGGAGGCAGCAGAAUUGGUGGUUACCUGAUUGAGAUGCAGCCUAAAGGUACAGAUAAGUGGGGAGUUGCCACAAACACAAAGACAUGUGAGGGCACUGCCACAGGACUCACAGCUGGAAAAGAAUACCUAUUCCGUAUCAUUGCAUACAAUGAGAAGGGAAAGAGUGAGCCUAAGGCUCUUGCUGCACCUGUUGUUGCCAGUGACAUGACCAUUGAGCCAAGCAUAAAGAUGCAAUUCAACACAUACAGUGUGCUGUCUGGUAAAGAUCUAAAGUUGGAGUUCUCUGUUCUUGGCAGGCCGAAGCCUAAAGUCGCCUGGUCCAAGGAUGGUCAGACUCUUAAUGUUACAUCCAGAGUCAGUGUGGCAAACACUGAAGCAACAACUGCAAUUCACAUUACUGAAGCUUGCAAGGAUGAUUUCGGGAAAUAUUCGAUCACAGCAACCAGCAGUGCUGGUACUGUAACAGAGGAUGUGUCUAUCAUUGUCCUUGACAAGCCCGGCCCUCCAGUAGGCCCAGUCAAGAUUGUUGAAGUGAGCAACACCUUUGUCCAUCUUGCCUGGGAGCCUCCAGCAUACACAGGUGGAUGCCAAGUUAAGAACUAUAUCGUGGAGAAGAGAGAUACAACCACCACAGUAUGGCAGGCUGUUAACACACAGCUUGCUAGAACAGCAUUCAAGGUCACCAAGCUGAAAACAGGUGCAGAAUACCAGUUUAGGAUUACAGCUGAGAACAGAUACGGAAAGGGUGCUCCUUUGGACUCCAAGUCCAUUGCUGUGCAAUACCCAUACAAGCCACCAGGGCCUCCAGGAACUCCAAAUGUCAAGUCUGCAACUAAGGAAAUGAUGAUCAUUGAAUGGAAUGAGCCAGUCAAUGAUGGUGGCAGCUCAGUCAUUGGUUACCACCUGGAGAGCAAAGAGAGGACCAGCAUUCUUUGGAACAAACUGAACAAGACUCUUAUCACUGAUACUCAGUUUAAGAUCUGUAAUCUUGAGGAGGGUAUUGGAUACGAGUUCAGAAUUUAUGCUGAAAAUAUUGUUGGAAUCGGUAGAUGCAGUAAAGUGUCUGAGUCCUUUGUUGCUCGUGACCCAUGUGAUCCUCCUGGUUCUCCUGAAUCUGUGUCUAUUUCCAAAAAUCUCAUUAAGAUUCAGUGGACCAAGCCUCAAUAUGACGGUGGCAGCAAAGUGAAUGGAUAUAUCGUGGAAAGAAAAGAUCUGUCCUCCCCUGAGGGACGCUGGGUAAGAGCAAACUUCAUUAACAUCAUUGAGACAGAGUACACCAGCACCGGUCUGACAGAGAACGAGCAGUAUGAAUUCAGAGUUAUUGCAAGAAAUGCAGCAGGAGUCUUCAGUGAACCAUCUGACAGCUCUGGACCUAUCACCGCAAUUGAUGAAAUUCAACCACCACGGGCCUCAAUGGAUCCCAAAUACAAGGAUGUCAUUGUUGUAAAUGCUGGAGAACACUUGGUUCUUGAUGCAGACAUUCAUGGAACACCAAUCCCCGAUGUUGCCUGGCUAAAGGAGGGUAAGGAAAUUGAUAAAGCCCUGCGCAUUGAGGUGAAAACCACACAGAAACGUGCAACCAUAACCAUCAAGGAUGUCACCAAGCUCGACAGUGGCCACUAUGACCUUGUCCUCAAAAAUCUUGGUGGUACAAAAACUUUCCCCAUCACUGUCAAGGUUCUUGAUAAACCGGGUCCACCCACUGGACCCAUGAAAGUGACAGGAGUCAUGUCUGACAAGUGCAUCCUUGCUUGGGCUGAGCCCACUCUAGAUGGUGGUGCGAAUAUCACUCACUAUGUCUUGGAGAAGAGGGAGACUAGCAGGUUGUCCUGGACAGUGGCUGCACAAAAUAUCAAGAGUCUGUACCAUAAAGUAACAAGUCUGCUAGCUGGAGAUGAAUACAUUUUCAGGGUCAGGGCAGUGAACAAAUAUGGCAUUGGUGAUUAUCUGGAAAGUGAGCCCAUAAUUGCACGCAAUCCAUACAAGCCACCAAGUGCACCUGGAACUCCAGAGGCCAGUCAGAUCACAAAGGACUCAAUGGUUCUGUCAUGGACUGCUCCAGAACAGACUGGUGGAGCUGAUAUUGAGGGUUAUCACCUUGAGAAACGUGACAAAGAUAGUGUCAGGUGGACUAAAUGCAACAAACAAAAGCUGGUAGACACCCACUUCAAGGUCAUAGGUCUGAUGACGGAUCACUUCUAUGAGUUCCGUGUUGCUGCUGAAAAUCAGGCUGGAAUAGGAGACCUAAGUGAAUUAUCCCUCUUCUACAGAGCAUGCAAUGCAACAAUGCCACCUGGGCCUCCACAUCAUCCUAAGGUGACGGACUACACAAAGUCCUCUGUAUCUCUGUCAUGGGGCAAACCAGACUUUGACGGUGGUGCCUAUGUCAAGGGCUACAUCAUUGAAAUGAGGGAGUAUACACCAGUACCUGAAUCCACAGAGGAGGCAGAAGUAGCACCAGCAGUAGAGGUGCCAGUUGAAAAAGAAUGGACCAUGUGCACUCCACCUACAGGUAUUCAAGCCACUAAACUCACUAUCACAGACCUGAAGGAGGGUGGAGAGUACCAGUUCCGCAUCUGUGCCAUCAACUCUGAGGGAGUUGGAGAGGCAGCAAAUGUACAUGGCACAGUGGUUACCUCUGACAGGGCGGAGGCACCGGAGAUCGAGCUGGAUGCAGAUCUCAGGAAGGUGGUGUCAGUCCGUGCAGGUGGAACUCUGCGUCUGUUUGUCACCAUCAGAGGAAGACCCGAACCUACUGUCAAAUGGGAGAAAGUUGAGGGUACCCUUACAGAGCGAGCCACAGUCGACACUACCACUUCCUAUACCAUGCUAGUCAUUGACAACGUCAACCGAUUCGACAGUGGAAAAUACUCACUUACACUGGAGAACAGCAGUGGUACAAAAUCUGCAAUUGUUGCGGUGAGAAUCCUGGAUACACCAAGUGCAGCACAAAACUUUGCCGUGAAGGAGCUGAAGAAGGAUUCAGUGAUUCUUGCUUGGGAUACUCCACUCACUGAUGGUGGGGCUAAAAUCACAAACUACAUUGUAGAGAAAAGAGAGUCUGUCAGAAAGGCCUAUACUACUGUCACUAGCAACUGCACAGCCAACUCAUUCAAGAUUGAAGAUCUGCCUGAGGGUGGCAUUUUCUACUUUAGAGUCUGUGCCGUGAAUCAAUAUGGCCAAGGACAGAUGGUUGAAACCAAAGAAAUCAAAGUAGCUGAAGUACCUCUGCCACCUAGCAACAUUACCCUAGUUGAUUUGACAAAGACCAGUGUGACAUUGGCAUGGGACAAACCUUCCCAUGAUGGAGGAAGUAAAGUAAUGUGUUACAAUGUUGAAUUCAAGCCUAAGAGUGGAGAUAAAUGGGGCACGGCAUGCACAGUCAAGUUGCCUGAAGCAACUAUUUCUAAUCUGACUCCCAAUGAAGCCUAUCUUUUCAGAGUUGUUGCAAUCAAUGAGAAAGGAAAAAGUGAACCAAAGGAGUUUGGCUUGCCAGUGACUGCAAAGGAUGUUGCAAUUGAACCCACCUUCCACCUACUGUUUACUACAUACAGUGUGAAGGCUGGAGAUGACCUAACUAUUGAGGUUCCAGUAAGAGGUAGGCCAAAACCUGUGGUAUCUUGGAAGAAGGAUGCUCUCCCUCUCAAGCAAACAUCAUCAGUGACCAUCUUAAACACUGCAACCUCAUCCAAAAUACUCAUCAAAGAGGCUAAAAGAGAACAUGUUGGCAAAUACGAGAUAACCCUAGCCAACAGCGCAGGAACCGUGACAACUGAUAUCGGAGUUGUUGUGCUUGAUAAACCAAGUCCACCCACAAGCAUUAAGGUGGACUCUGUUACAUCAGACAGCAUAACACUGUCCUGGUCACCUCCUGACUAUGAUGGCGGCUGCUCCAUCAGUAACUACAUUGUAGAGAAGAGAGACACAAACACACAAGAAUGGCAAAUGGUAGCAAGUAAUGUUGCCAGAACAAUUUUCAAAGCUAGCCGCCUCACGCAUGGAGCAGAGUACCAGUUCCGCAUCUAUGCAGUCAACCGUUAUGGAAAGAGUCCAUAUCUGGAUUCACCUGGAAUCACUGCUCAGUAUAACUUCAAACUACCUGGACCUCCUUCCACACCUAUAGUGAGGUUUGCCUCCAAGUCUAACAUGUUGGUGAUUUGGAACGAGCCAGUCAGUGAUGGUGGCAGUCCUGUUCUGGGCUACCAUCUGGAGAGGAAGGAGCGCACUAGCAUUCUUUGGACAAAGAUGAACAGAGGAAUGAUCAAAAAUACAGAAUACAAAGUUAACGGACUUGAAGAGGGUAUGAUGUAUGAAUACCGUGUCUAUGCUGAAAACAUUGCUGGUAUUGGUAAAUGCAGCAAAGCUUGUGAACCUGUGGCAGCCAGAGAUCCAUGUGAUCCUCCAGGCACCCCUGUGGUCAUCGCUGUGUCCCGAACAUCUGUCUCCCUCUCUUGGGAUAAACCAGAAUAUGAUGGAGGAGCUAAGGUUUCUGGCUAUGUUAUUGAACGCAGAGACCUCCCUGAAGGACGCUGGACAAGAUGCAACUUUACCAAUGUGCCAGAGACCCACUAUGAUGUGACAGGCCUUACAGAAGACAGUAAGUAUGACUUCCGUGUCAUUGCUAAAAAUGCAGCUGGACUUUUCAGUGAACCAUCUGACAACACCGGCUCCAUCACAGUGAAGGAUGACGUUGAACCUCCACGCAUCAUGAUGGAUGUGAAGUUCAGAGAGACAAUGUUUGUGAAAGCAGGUGAAACUCUUAAGAUUAACGCUGACUUUGCUGGACGCCCAGCACCAGUCAUUUCCUGGACCAAAGAUGGCAAAGAGAUUGAGCUGAGAGCCAGAAUCCAGAUAAUUUCUACAGAUACCAGCACAUCUGUCAUUGUUAAGGACUGUAUCAGAAGUGAUUCUGGACAGUAUGCCCUGACUCUGCAGAAUAUUGCUGGUCCAGUUACCAUGCCUAUAAACUGUGUGGUCAUUGAUAAGCCUGGACCCUCAGCAGGACCCCUGCAGAUCCUGGGUCUCACAGCUGAGGAGUGCACUCUGUCAUGGGGUCCUCCUCAGGAGAUUGGUGGUGCUGCUAUCACACAUUACGUUGUUGAGAAGCGUGAGACCAGCCGUUUGGCGUGGACACUGGUGAAGGGAGACAUCACAAAAACUUACCUCAAAGUCAAAGGACUGCUGAAGGGCAAUGAAUAUAUGUUCAAGGUUUUGGCUGUCAACAAAUAUGGAGUUGGUGAGGCUCUGGAAAGUGAUGUAGUAAAGGUUACAGACCCUUACACUAUUGCCACUACCCCGGUUGGUGUUGAUGUCACUGCCAUAACUGGAGAUUCAAUGACUCUUACCUGGUGCAAGCCGGCCAGUGAUGGAGGCAGCCCCGUAACAGGGUAUGUGAUUGAGCGCCGCGAGAAGACAGGCAUGCGCUGGGUCCGUGUGAACAAAGAUCCAGUUGUUGAAUGUACUGGUGUAGCUACCAAACUGCGCAAAGGUUGUGAAUAUGACUUCAGAGUCUGUGCUGAAAAUGCUGCUGGUCUGAGUCUCCCAAGUGAACCGUCUGCAACAUUCAGAGCCACGGAUCCUCUGGUCGUUCCUUCUCGCCCAACCAAACCAAAAAUUGUCAAUUCAACCAAGGACACUGUGUCCAUUGUGUGGAAGCCACCAACAGAUGAUGGUGGUGCUCACAUCCUUGGAUACAGUGUAGAAUACAGAGACUACAUCCACAAGCCAGCCCCAGAGGCUGCAGAAGAGGAGGAAGAAUAUGAGGAGGAAGAGGAGGUACCUGAAUCUCCUGAAGAAUUAGCAAGAUGGGUUGAGGUCAUCCCACUAACGAAAAGCUUGGAAUUCACAAUUACAGGACUGAAGAUGAGUACAGAGUAUGAGUUCUGUGUCAAGGCAGUAAACAAAGUUGGCAGUAGUGUGCGUAGCCCAUGUUCAGAUGCUGUUGUAGUAAUAGACAGAACUGCAGAGCCAUCCUUUGAUGUCGACAUUGAGCUGCGUAAAUUACUUAUUGUUAAACAUGGGACAGCUUUUACGCUUAAUGUGCCAUUCAAGGGCAAACCUUUGCCCUCAGUGGGAUGGGCCAAGGAGGGUGUUGAUCUUAAAGUCAGAGGAACGAUUGAGUCAACAGAUUCCAACACUAAGUUGACUAUUGAGAAAUCAACUAGAAAUGACUCUGGAGAGUAUUGUGUCACAAUCGAAUCACCACUGGGAAAAGCAACACUACCUAUGGUCGUCAAGGUGCUCGACUCUCCUGGACCCCCUAUCAAUGUUAAAGUUUCAAUGGUAACAAGGGACUCUGCCACACUCACAUGGGAGGCUCCAGAGAAUGAUGGUGGUGAUCCAGUGAAGGCCUACCAUGUUGAAAAACGUGAGGCCAGUAAGAAGGCCUGGGUGUCAGUAACCAGCAUCUGCCGCACACUGACUUAUAAGGUGGAAGACUUACAGGAAGGCGCCAUCUAUUACUUCAGAGUUAUCGGAGAAAAUGAGCAUGGCUUGGGUGUUCCCCAGGAGGCCAAGGCUGGAACCAAGAUCACAGAGGUACCAAGUCCACCCAUGAAACUUGGAGUUGCUAAUGUCACCAAAGACAGCGUCACCAUUGCUUGGACAAGACCAGAAUACGAUGGUGGCAGCAGAGUUAAAGGUUAUGUUAUUGAUGCUCUGGAGAAGGGACAGACAAAGUGGGUGAAGUGCGCCACUGUGAGGACCAUGACUCACACCAUCAAAAGUCUCAGGGAGUGUGCUGAGUACUUCUUCAGAGUACGUGCUGAGAACCACGCUGGACUCAGUGAACCCAAGGAGAUGAUCGUACCAGUUAUUGUCAAGGAAAUAAAAGAGGCUCCAGAGUUUGACCUGAAGAACUACCCCAAGAACACAGUUUAUGUUAAAGCAGGAUCCAAACUUACCUUUGACAUUCCGCUCACUGGCAGGCCCACACCUAAGGUGACUCUGUCUAAGAACAACGUGGUCAUCAAAGGAUCCACCAGGCUGCUGACAGAAGUAACACCAGACAGCUUAAUCAUUACUCUGAAUGAAAGCAUCGCAAGUGAUGCUGGCAAAUACGAAGUAACUGCCUCAAAUGCAGGAGGUACCACAAAGAUUUUCAUCAUCUUCAUCGUGUUGGACAGGCCUGGUCCUCCUAUUGGUCCAGUUGAGGUUGGAGAUAUCGGAGAGACCACAGUCUGUCUGAAAUGGGCUCCUCCAGACUAUGAUGGUGGCAGUCCUGUUACUAACUACAUUGUUCUGAAGCGUGAAACCAGCACUCCCUCCUGGGAGGAGGUAUCGACCAACAUCGCAAGAAGCUCCAUCAAAGUGACCAAGCUGACAAAGGGGGAGGAGUAUCAGUUCAGAAUCAAAGCUGUGAAUCGCAAUGGUGUCAGCGACCAGCUUGACAGCAAAUCUAUCAUGAUCAAGCUUCCAUACACUGUCCCGGGACCUCCAUCCACACCAUGGGUUGGCUUUGUGUCCAGAGAGACACUUACCAUCUGCUGGAAUGAGCCAGUCAACGAUGGUGGAAACCCCGUAAUUGGAUACCAUCUCCAGAUGAAGGAAAGGACCAGCAUCCUCUGGCAGAAGGUCAAUAAGACGGCAAUCACAGGAAACCAGUGGCGCAUAACAAAAAUCUGCCCUGGUCUCUUUUACGAAUUCAAAGUGGCAGCUGAAAAUGCCGCUGGUAUUGGAAAACUGAGCAAGACGUCUGAAGAGGUGCUUGCAAUUGACGCCUGCGAGCCUCCAGCAAGCGUACGCAUCACAGAAGUCACUAAGAACUCGGUCAGCCUGGCCUGGCAGAGGCCUCCAUAUGAUGGUGGCAGCAAGAUCACUGGCUACAGUGUAGAGAGAAGAGAAGCUCCCAGUGGAAGAUGGGUGAAGGCCAACUUCAGCAACAUCAUUGAUUUGGGCUUCACUGUUUCUGGACUGAGCCAGGAUGAAUCUUAUGAAUUCCGAGUGUACGCCAAGAACACUAUUGGGUCUGUCAGCAAUCCAUCUCUGAUUGCUGGCCCAGUCACAUGUGUGGAUGCAUGUGGAGCUCCGGCCAUUGACCUUCCUCCAGAGUAUCUGGAUGUGGUCCAGUACAAAGCUGGAGCAUCAGUAAAGCUCAGCGUUGGAAUCAUCGCCAAGCCCUUGCCAACCAUCGAGUGGCUGAAGGAUGGAAGGGAGCUGGUACAGACCUCGACUCUGUCGGUGGAAAGCACAACAGAUUCCUCAGCUGUGCUGAUUAAGGAUGCAACUCGCUCUGACACUGCGUCAUACGAGGUCAAGAUCAAGAAUGUUCUUGGAUCAGCCUCUGCAACCAUCAGGAUUGAAAUCCUGGACAAACCUGGACCCCCCACCGGCCUUAUCAACUUCAACUCCGUCACAGCAGACAGAAUUAUCUUCAGCUGGGAACCUGUGCCUGAGUCUGACCAGGGAGGUUCCAAGGUGACCCACUACGUUGUUGAGCGAAGGGAAACCAGCCGAGUUGUCUGGUCGACGGUUUCAGACAAGCAUGAACAGACACACAUCGCUGUUGGAAAGUUAGGACGUGGAAAUGAAUAUGUUUUCCGGGUCAUGGGUGUGAAUAAGUUUGGAGUGGGAGAAGCACUGGAGUCAGAGCCCGUCAUCGCCAAGAACGCCUUUGUAACUCCUGGUCAGCCCCAAACUCCAGAGGUAAACAUCAUCACCAAGUCCACCAUGGUGGUGCAAUGGGACAAACCAGGUGUAGACGGAGGAAGCACUGUGACUGGCUACUACCUCGAGAGACGCGACAAGAGGAGCCUGCGAUGGAUCAGAGUCUACAAAGACCCCAUCACUGAUAUCAAACAGACUGUGUACCACCUGACUGAAGGAAAUGAGUACCAGUACCGUGUCUGUGCCAUCAACAAGGCUGGAGAGGGUCCGUUCUCUGAUGUCUCUGACUUCUAUAAAGCCGCUGACCCAGUUGAUCCACCAUAUGAGCCACGCAAGCUGAAGGUGGUGGACUCCACCAAGACCUCCAUCACCCUGGGCUGGUCCAAGCCAGAAUGGGAUGGAGGCAGUGAGGUCACCAGCUACAUGGUGGAGAAGCUUGUGGAGGGAGAGAGCGAAUGGGCCAUGAUUUCCUCCAAGGGAGAGGUGAAGACGACAGAGUACACAGUUCAUGACCUAAAACCAGAUGUCAACUACUUCUUCAAGGUUUCUGCUGUGAACUGUGCUGGACGCGGAGAUCCUCUGGAGAUGACUGAGCCUGUGCAGGCUAAAGAUAUCUUGGAGGAGGCCCAGAUUGACUCAGACGUGGCCAUGAGGACUCACUACAUUGUGAAGGCUGGAAAGGAUGUGGAGCUGUGUGUUCCCCUGAAGGGCAGACCUGCUCCCACUGCUUCUUGGAGUAAAGGAGAUGAAUGCAUCGAUCGCAACCACAAGUACGAGUUCCACCACUCAGACACAAGCACUGUUCUUGUGAUGCGCGAGGUGACCAGACUGGACACUGGAAAGUACACAGUCAAGAUAGAGAAUGGUGUGGGAGAGCCAAAGACACUGUCCCUGUCCGUGAAGGUCCAGGAUACCCCAGCUCAGUGCAGAAACCUGGUCCUGAAAGAGGUGACACGUGGUAAGGUGACUCUGUGUUGGGAGCCUCCUCUCCUAGAUGGCGGUGCUGAGAUCACCAACUAUAUUGUCGAGAAGAGGGACUCCUCCAAGAGAUCCUACUCUGCAGUGAUGAGCAAAUGCACAGAGACCACAUACACCAUUGAAGACCUCUCUGAGAAGACUCCUUACUUCUUCCGUGUGCGAGCUGAGAAUGAGAACGGUGUUGGCGAUCCUUGUGACACGCUGGAGCCUGUGAAAGCCACAGAGACUCCAGGACCAGUCAAGGAGGUCUCCAUGAAGGACUCAUCAAAGACGUCUGUCACUCUGCAGUGGCUGAAGCCUGAUUAUGAUGGUGGAAGCAUCAUUUCUGACUAUGUUAUUGAGAAGAAGCUGAAGGGUGAGGAGUGGUCACUGGGAGGAACCAGCAGACAGUGUGAGUUUGAGGUCAAGAAACUCAAAGAGCAUUCAGAAAUGUUCUUCAGAGUCUCUGCAAGGAACGAUAAGGGACAGGGUGAUUUUGUUGAGAGUGGACCAAUUAAAGUCAUAGACUACAUCAUCACGCCUGAGGCUUGCCUCACUGAGUAUCCAGAUGGCAGAAUCAGCGUCCGUCUGGGUCACAAUGUGCACAUCGAGCUGCCAUACAAAGGCAAACCCAGACCUGCGAUUCUGUGGCUGAAAGACAAUCUUCCUCUGAAGGAGAGUGACCAGGUUCGCUUCAAGACGACCGAAAACAAAGCCACGCUGACGAUUAAGAACGUGACAAAGGAGAACGAGGGUAAAUACACUUUGACUCUAGACAACAAGGUCAACAGGAGAUCAUUCCACAUUCAUGUCAUUACUCUUGGACCGCCAUCAAAGCCUGUUGGACCCAUCCGGCUGGAUGAAGUAAGAGCUGAGAGCAUCAUGAUCUCCUGGGAUGAGCCAAAUGACGAUGGCGGCGGCGAUAUCACCUGCUACUCUGUGGAGAAGCGUGACACCUCCCAGACCAACUGGAAGAUGGCUUGCUCCAGUGUAGUAGAUACUCAGUUUAGAGUCGCCAACCUGAUCAAGGGCAUCCAAUACCAGUUCAGAGUUUGUGCAGAGAACCGAUAUGGUGUCAGCGAGCCUCUGGUCUCACAGAUGGUCAUUGCCAAACACCAAUUCAGGCCUCCAGGUCCACCAGGCACACCUUUUGUUUAUAACAUCACUAAUGACGGAAUGACCAUCCAGUGGGAGAAGCCCAUCUAUGAUGGUGGUACCCCCAUCCAGGGCUACCAUGUGGAGAAGAAAGAGAAGAAUAGCGUCAUGUGGCAAAAGGCAAACACCAUGCUGAUCAAAGAAACAGAUUACAGGAUUCAAGAGCUCAUUGAAGGUCUGGAGUACUCCUUCAGAGUCUACGCCCAGAAUGAUGCUGGCUUCAGCCGAAUGAGUGACGAGAGCAAGUCCACCAUGGCUGUCAGUCCUGUUGAUCCUCCUGGUCAGCCUGACUACACUGAUGUGACCAGUGACUCCGUGACACUGAAGUGGGAAGCACCCAAACGUGAUGGUGGCAGCAAGAUCACCGGCUACACCGUUGAGAAACGCCAAGGACAAGGUCGCUGGUUCAAGGCCAACUUGACCGACGUGCACGAUUGCCUCUACACUGUCACUGGUUUGGCAACAAAUGAACGCUACGAGUUCAGAGUCAUUGCCAGAAACGCCAUCGGUGUUGUCAGCCCGCCCUCCAACUCCUCUGGCUUGAUUGUUGUUAGAAGUGAGAAUGCUUCUCCAAACAUCGAGUUUGGUCCAGAGUACUUUGAGGGUUUGACAGUCAAGGCAGGAGACAACAUUCGGCUGAAGGUAACCAUCACUGGGCGUCCAGUUCCCAAAGUCAUCUGGUUCAAAGAUGGUGUGCAGGUCACUAAAAGGAUGAUGGACAUCGUCAAUAUUGCUGGAUCCAGCACUGUGUCUGUCAGGGAUGCUGAUCGUACACACAGUGGCCUCUACACUGUGGAGGCAACCAACGGAUCUGGAACCAAGAAGGAGAAAAUCCUUGUUCAAGUCCAAGACACACCUGGGGAGCCAGUGGGACCUAUCACCUUCACAAAUAUUUCAGAAGGAAGGUGCACUCUGUCAUGGAGCCCACCAGAGAACAAUGGCUGCUCAGAAAUAACCCAUUACAUCAUUGAAAAGCGAGAGACUGCCAAGAUCUCCUGGGCCUUGGUAUCAGAUGAAUGUAAGACGACCACUUUCACUACAACCAAGCUCAUCAAGUCCAACGAGUACCAGUUCAGGGUCUCUGCCAUGAACAAGUUUGGAGUUGGCAGACCUUUGGAAUCCAGCCCCAUCAUUGCCCAGCUGCAGUACACUACUCCUGAUGCUCCAGGAACUCCUGAAGCCACUGAGGUGAGCGGAGAAAGCAUCACCCUCUCUUGGGCUCCUCCAACAUCAGAUGGAGGAAACCCCAUUCAGUCCUACAUCGUGGAGAAGAGAGAAAAGAAGACCGUUCGGUUCUACAAGGUGAUCACCAAGAAGCCCAUCAUCGAUUGUGCUCACAAGGUGCUUCACCUGACAGAGGAUAUGGAAUAUGAGUUCCGUGUCAUGGCUGUCAAUGAUGCCGGCAUUGGUGCUUUUAGCAACAUCUCUUUGCCAAUCAAAGCUGCUGAGCCAAAGGAUAUUCCUUGUGCUCCAUCUGUAGUCUGCGUGUCCGACUCCACCAACACAUCCAUCAGUCUGGAAUGGAGCAGACCUGCGGAAGAUGGUGGCAUGGAGGUCCUGGGCUACAUCAUUGAGAUGGUGAAGGGAGACGAGCCAGAGUGGACAAGAGCAAACAAGGAGCUGGUUCCAGAAACAAACUAUACCGUAACAGGUCUUCAUUCGGGAGCUGAUUACAGAUUCCGCGUUGCAGCUGUCAAUCAUGUGGGUAGAGGUGAGGAGAAGGAGACUCCUGAGCCGGCCCAGGCUGUAGACCGACUUGCUCCACCAACAGUGGACAUCGAUGCAUCCUUCAGGCAGACACACAUUGUCAAGGCAGGAGGUUCAGUGUGCCUCGGCAUCCACUUCCGAGGAAAACCCGUUCCCACUGCCACCUGGGUAAAAGAGGAAGGUGAGUUGGGUGUCAUGUCUGAGAUCAUGACCACAGAUGGCCACACUUCUCUGAGCAUUGACAACUGCUCAAGAAAUGAUUCCGGCAAAUACACCGUGAACCUAGAGAACACCAGCGGCAGUAAGGCUGUAACAUUCACUGUAAAGGUGAUGGACACCCCUGGACCUCCACAGAACUUUGUAUUCAAGGAGGUGUCCAGAGGCUCAGUCAAACUUGCCUGGGAGCCUCCUCUCAAUGAUGGUGGAGCUAGAAUCUAUCACUAUAUUGUUGAAAGGCGUGAGGCUUCCCGCCGCACCUGGCAGCAGUCUGGUGGUAAGUGCACAAAGCACACCCUGAGCAUCCAGGACCUUUUGGAGGGAGUACCAUACUUCUUUAGAGUCUCAGCUGAGAACCAGCACGGUGUUGGCGAGGCAUUUGAAAUGACAGAACCCGUCAUUGCCACUGCAGAGCCGGCAUCUCCAAAGAGAAUGGAUGUGCUGGAUACCACAGACAGUUCUGUGGUCCUUGGUUGGGUGAAACCUGAACACGAUGGUGGCAGCCGUAUCCAGGGCUACAUCAUUGAAGCAAAGAAAAAGGGAACAGACAAGUGGAUUGUGGCAGGUAACACCACUAAUCUUUUCUAUGUGGUUGAAAGGCUCAACAAGGGCGACGAAUAUGACUUCCGUGUGAAGGCUAAGAAUGAAUCUGGCUUCAGCAAACCCAGGGAAACGUUGGCAUCCGUGCUGGUCAAAGAGCCUCACAUUGAACCUGCUGCCGACCUCAGUGAGAUCGCCAACCAGCUGAUCACAUGCAAUUCUGGCAGCACCUUUAUCAUCGAUGUUCCUAUCAGUGGUAGACCUGCUCCUAAAGUCACCUGGAAGCUGGAGGAAAUGAGGCUGAAGAACUCUGACAGAGUCACCAUCAAAAUCGCUAAGGACCGAACCAGCAUCUCCGUUAAGGAGGCCAUGAGAGGAGAUGGUGGGAAAUACUACCUGACUCUGGAGAAUGUGACAGGUAGCAAGACCUUCACCAUUGAAGUUAAUGUCACAGGUAGACCCAGUCCUCCAAGUGGACCAAUUGAAAUCACAUCCAUCACCUCUGAGUCCUGUGUCGUGAACUGGCAACCACCCGAAGAUAAUGGUGGCACUGAUAUCACCAACUACAUAGUGGAAAAGCGCGAGUCUGGUUCCACUGCCUGGCAGCUGAUUAACUCCAGUGUGAAGCGCACGUCUCUUCACGUCAGCCACCUGACAAAGUACAUGCAGUACACAUUCAGAGUGUCUGCAGAGAACAGGUUUGGGGUCAGUAAACCUGCCGAGUCUGAGACCAUCGUCGCCGAACAUCCAUUCACGCCUCCUGGUCCACCAACCAGACCUUCAGUGUUCAAUAUAACUGCUAACACAAUGACCCUGAAGUGGGAGGAGCCUUACCAUGAUGGUGGUAGCAAAGUGACGGGAUACUGGAUCGAAAAGAAGGAGAGGAACAACAUCCUGUGGGUGAGGGAGAAUAAGAUCCCUUGCUUUGAGUGUUACCACAAGGUGGAGGAUCUGGUGGAAGGCCUGGAAUACCAGUUCAGGGUUUAUGCCAUGAACAGUGUUGGACUGAGCAAAGCCAGUGAGGCCUCAAAGGGUGCAGUCGCUCAAAACCCAGUCGAUCCUCCAAGUAAACCUGAAGUCACAAACGUUACAAGAAGCACAGUCUCCCUUAAAUGGUCAGCUCCACUUAACGAUGGCGGCAGUCCCAUUGUGGGCUACAUAAUCGAGCGUAAGCCGUACACUUUGACCGGUGAAGGCCGCUGGCUCAAGUGUAACUACACCAAUGUGACAGACCAGUUCUACACGGUUACGGCUCUGGGAGAAGGAGAGCCCUACGAGUUCAGGGUCAUCGCCAAGAAUGCCAACCAGGUCUUCAGUAUGCCUUCACUGUCCACAGGCUCUGUACAGUGCAAGACUGACUUUGAGCCUCCAAAGGCUCAGCUCGACAGCAAACUCAUGUCUGAGACUGUGAGGGUCAGGGCUGGUUCAGACCUGGUCCUGGAUGCUGCUGUAGGAGGCAGACCAGACCCCAAGGCUUCCUGGUCCAAGGGCAACAGGGAACUGGACAUGUGUGAGAAGUACCAUCUGCAGUACACCUCGACACGGGCCAUGGCCAUCAUCAAGUUCUGUGACAGAGAUGACACCGGAAAGUACAUCCUGACGGUCCGAAAUGUGAGUGGAACCAAGACUGCUGAGGUCAACGUAAAAGUGCUCGACACACCCGGAGUGUGUGAAGGCAGCAUUAGUAUCAGUAAAAUCACUGAGGAGUCGUGCACCUUGAGCUGGAAUCCUCCGCUGGAGGACGGUGGUGAAGAGGUUUCCCACUUUACUGUGGAAAGGCGCGACACCAACAGGCUCAACUGGGUCAUCAUGCAGGCAGAGUGCAAGGAGAUAACCUGCAACAUCACUGGCUUGUUCAAGAACACAGAGUACCUGUUCAGAGUCCGGGGAGUCAACAAAUACGGCGCUGGAGUCCCUCUGCAGUCAGAACCCAUGAUCGCCAGAAACACUUUCACUGUGCCAUCUCCUCCUGGAGCUCCAGAAAUCCUGGCAUCAGGAAAAGACUUUGCCACCAUCGGGUGGCUAAAGCCUGAGAGUGAUGGUGGCAGCCCACUGACCCACUACCUGGUGGAGCGGCGUGAAAGGAAAAGUGCCCGUUGGGUGAAGGUGAACAGGGAUGGAAGUUACCUGGACACCACUCUAAAGGUGUCCGGUUUGACUGAAGGCAACAUCUACCAGUUCAGAGUGACAGCCAUCAACAAGGCCGGAGAUAGUGAGCCCAGUGACGUUUCUCUGUACAUCGUCUGCAGAGUUCCCACAAGCACCCCAGCUCCUCCUUCUAUCCCUCGUAUCACCGACACCCAUGCUGACAGCAUCAGCCUGGCGUGGUCCCGUCCAGUGGAGGACGGAGGAGCUGAUGUGAUUGGAUACAUCCUGGAGAUGCAGGAAGCCGGAACAGAGGAAUGGAAGAAGGCUCACGAGAAGACACUGCGUAGUCCAGAGUACAAUGUGACUGGACUUUCUGCUGGAAAGAAAUACUGCUUCAGAGUGGCCGGCAUCAACAUCAAUGGCACCGGAGACUUCAGUGAACCGUGCGCUGAGACUCAGCCAGUUGAGAGGAUUGAAAUUCCCGACUUUGAGCUCCAUGAUGACCUAAAGAAGACCAUCUGUCUGCGGGCCGGCGGCUCACUUCGCCUUUUUGUCAACAUCAGUGGUCGUCCUAGUCCAGCCAUCACUUGGAGCAAACCAGGUGUCGACCUCCACAACAGAGGUUUCAUCGAGAUCACCAACAAAUCCACUACACUCAUUAUCGAUAAAGUUCAUCGCUAUGAUGCUGGCAAGUACACGCUCAUCGCAGAGAACUCUGCCGGCAAACAGGAAGUCAACAUUCUGGUCAAGGUCUAUGAUACUCCGGGACCAACUGGGCCACUUAAGAUCAGGGAGCUGACCAAAGACUCGGCCACCAUCUCUUGGGAAGCCCCAACUGUCGAUGGCGGUGCUCCCGUCAACAAUUUCAUCAUUGAGAGGCGUGAAGCUUCUAUGAGAGCCUACAAGACCGUCACCUCCAAGUGCAGCAAAACGUCUUACAAGAUUGACAGCCUGAUGGAGGGCAUGCUCUACUACUUCCGGGUCAUGCCUGAGAACAUUUACGGAAUCGGAGAACCCUGCGAGCAUCCCGAUGCUGUCCUGGUUUGCGAGGUUCCUCUGUCACCUCAGAAACUGGAGGUGAUUGACGUCACAAAGACCUCUGUGACUCUGGGCUGGGAGAAGCCCGAGCAUGAUGGAGGCAGCCGACUGACGAACUACGUCAUUGAGGCCUGCAAGUUUGGCACAGAUAAGUGGAUGAAGGUGGCCACACUGAAGCUCACAGACUUUGAGCACACUAUUGACAAGCUUAACGAGCAUGAACAGUACCUGUUCAGAGUCAAAGCCGUUAACAGCAGAGGAGCCAGUGAACCCAAAGAGCUUCUCACACCCAUCACUGUUCAGGAACAGAGAGUUAUGCCCAUGGUGGACUUCUCCACUAUUCCUCAGAAGGUUGUCAAUGUCCUUGCCGGUAAGACUCUAGAAUUGGACCUGCCCAUCAUCGGCCGGCCUCCUCCUGUCUGUGCUUGGUACUUGAAUGAUAACAGAAUCAAAAUUACCGACCGCGUCAAGAUCAAGAGCAGCGGCAAAUUUUCCAAACUCACAAUGUCCAACACCACCAUUGAUGACAGCGGCGACUAUGUGCUGGAGGUGAAGAAUGCAGUUGGCGUCAUCACUGAGGUCAUCAAGGUCAUCAUCCUGUCUAAACCCGAUGAACCAACAGGACCCAUAAGAUUUGAUGAGAUAGACGCUACCACAGUCACCUGCAGCUGGGAUCCUCCAGCCAGAGAUGGCGGAGCACCCAUCAGUGGUUACGUGGUGGAGCAGCGUGAUGCCCACAGACCAGGCUGGUUGCCCAUUUCUGAAGCUGUCAGCCGACCAACAUUUAAGUUUGAGAACCUGAUCGAAGGAGAUGAGUACGUCUUCCGUGCUGCUGCUGUGAAUCGCUAUGGCACUGGAGAGUUCCUACAGUCAGAAAUCGUCACCUGCAAGAGCUUGAAUGAUGUACCUGGACCUCCCGGGCGUCCCACUGUCUUUGAUGUGUCUCGUGAUGGCAUGACCGUGGCCUGGAACCCGCCAGAAGAGGACGGCGGCCUGGAAGUUUCUGGAUACAUCAUAGAGCGCAAAGAAGUCAGGUCUGACAGAUGGGUACGCGCUAACAAGAACCCGAUCACCAUGACCAGAUACAGGUCAACAGAGCUGAUCGAGGGUCUGGAAUAUGAACACAGAAUCACUGCCAUCAAUGCCCGAGGCAUGAGUAAACCAAGUCUCCUAUCUAAACCAGCAGUGGCAGCAGAUCCCAUUGAUCCACCUGGGUGUCCUCAGAACCCAAGGAUCACCGAUACUACAAAGUCCUCUGUGUCACUGGCAUGGAGUCCACCUGACGAUGAGGGAGACGCAAGGGUGGACGGUUACCUGAUUGAGAUGCAGAAGGUGGGCACAUUGUCCUGGAUCAAGUGCAACACAACACCAUCUCUGAUCUGCGAGUACACACUGACCAACAUGCCGCAAGGAGAGGAGUUCAAAUUCCGUGUGAUGGCCUGUAAUGCUGGUGGCUCUGGAGAGCCUGCUGAAGUACCGGGAACUGUCAAAGUGACCGAGAUGCUUGAAUCUCCUGAUUUCGAGCUGGAGCUGAAGUACAAAGAUGUGUAUGUGGUUCGCCAGGGUGGAGUCGUCAGACUCUCUGUGCCCAUCAAGGGUAAACCUCACCCAGUCUGCAAAUGGUCCAAGGAUGGUGGUGCUGUCUCCACAAUGGCCAUGAUUGCCUCCACCGAUGACACCAGUGAACUGGUGAUCAAGGGAGCUGAGAGGAGUGACUCUGGUGAAUACAACCUCCUGCUGGAGAAUAGGGUUGGCAAGAAGAAAGCUCAAAUCAAGGUGAAGGUCAUCGGGCGCCCAAGUGCUCCAGAGGGACCACUGGUAUUUGAGGAGGUUCAGGCUAACUCUGUCAAGGUGUCCUGGAAGGCACCAACCGAUAACGGUGGCUCAGAGCUGUUGGGCUACAUUGUAGAAAGACGUGAAGUGACCAGAAACGCCUGGUAUACCGUUGACUCCAGAGUGACUGACACUCAAUUGGUUGUCAAAGGCCUGAAGGAGGGAACAGAGUACCACUUCAAGGUCACAGCUGAGAAUGCCUUCGGUAUCAGCAGCUCUCUGAAGUCAGAGCAGCCACUGGUGCCCAAGACUCCUCUCUGUCCUCCUGAGCAUUCAAGCAUCCCACCAGAAAUCAUGGACAUCACCAAGAGCUCUGUGGCUCUAGCCUGGUCCAGACCAAAGGAUGAUGGAGGUUCUGCCAUCACUGGGUACUUUGUUGAGUUCAAGGUGGUGUCUGCUGAGACGUGGUCCCGCCAUGAGACCAAAAUCACCUCCACUAUGUUCACUCUGCAUGGACUUACUCCCGAUGCGGACUAUCAGUUCCGCAUUGUUGCUGUCAACGACAUUGGGGAGAGUGAGGCUGGUCCUGCAUCUGACCUGGUCACAUGCAAGGAUCCAUUUGACAAGCCAAGUCAACCGGGUGAGAUUGACGCUGAGGCUGUUACAAACAACUACAUCACAAUACGCUGGCAACCUCCAGAGUGCGAUGGUGGAAAGGAGGUCCUUGGCUACUGGGUGGAAUACAGGAAGUCCAUUGAGAGCACCUGGAAGAAGUGUAACAAGCAGAGGCUGAAAGAGAAGGAGUUCACAAUGCCAGGGCUGAAUGAGGCCACAGAGUACGAGUUCAGAGUGUUUGCUGAAAAUGAGACAGGAAUGAGCAGACCUAGAAGGACUACCACAUGCAUUAAGACCAAACAGAGCGCUGAAGCAAAACCAAGCCUGAGGAAGGAAAUGGAUGAAUUAACUAUCAAGCUUGGGCAGCCUGCUGUCAUGAAGUGCCAGAUUAUCGGCAGACCUGUCCCUGAAAUGAAGUGGUAUCAUGCUGGCAAAGAGGUCGUGGAGUCCCGCAAGUAUGCGAUGAGUUCCGACGGACGAAACCACUCCUUGUCCAUCAUGACUGACCAGCAAGAAGAUGAGGGAGAGUACACUUGCAAGGCCAUCAAUGAUGCCGGAGAAGCAGAAACCACCGGCGUCCUGGUUCUGGAGGCAGCUCCAUCCUUCCAUAGCGACUACCCACUGAAGGAAACCUACUAUGCUGGUCUGGGAACCACUCUGCGUAUCCACGCUGUCUACAUUGGACGCCCAGAGCCAAAGAUCAUGUGGCUGCAUGGAGCAAAGACACUGGAGAACACAGACGACAUCAGUAUUGAGACAACCGAGCAUUACACACACCUGGUCGUCAAGAAUGUGCAGCGCAGAGUCCACGGAGGCAAAUACAGGAUCAGGCUGCACAACCACUUUGGCAGGGCUGACAUUGCAUUCAACGUGGAGAUCUAUGACAAACCUGACAUACCUCAGGGUCCAAUAGUUCUGGACGCUCUCCUGAAGAAUUCCGUCAUCAUCAGCUGGAAGCCUCCCAAAGACGACGGCGGCUGCAUGAUCACCAACUACAUUGUUGAGAAGCGUGAGGACAAGGAGGGCACACAGUGGCAACUGGUGUCGUCAUCCAUCAACGGCACAUCGUGUCGCGUUCCUAACCUCAUUGACAGCGCCGGAUACUUCUUCCGUGUGUAUGCCCAGAAUCGCUAUGGGAAUAGUGAACCAUUGGAGCUCACUUCACCUAUUCUUAUCAAGAGCCAGCUGGAGAAACCAUCACCACCUUUGUCACCUCUUGUGUCCGGAAUCACCAAGGACUCCUGCGUCGUUUCAUGGAAGCCUCCUCUCAGUGAUGGCGGCUCCAAGAUCAAGAGCUAUUUCCUUGAGAAGAAGCACAAGAAGGACAAGAAGGAAUGGACCGACUGGACUCUAGUGACCACGGAUGAGAUCAAACAGACAGUGUUCUCCGUCAAGCAUCUGACAGAGGGCAUCCAGUACAUUUUCCGUGUAAAGUGCGAGAACCUUGGUGGACAGAGUGACCACAGCGAGGAGACGGCUCCCAUCAUCCCAGCCACAGCUGUUGAGAUCCGUGCUCCAGCCUUCAAGGAGGAGCUGAGGAACAUGAGCGUCAAGUACAAGAGCAAUGCCACUCUUGUGUGCAAGAUCAUAGGACAACCCAAGCCUGUGAUUAAAUGGUUCAGACGAGGGAAGGAGAUCCAUUCUGAUGGAAAGAAAAUCAAGAUCCAGGAGUUUAAGGGAGGUUACCACCAGCUGGUCAUUACAGAGGCAGAUGAGGAAGACUCCACUGUCUACCAGAUCAGAGCCACCAACCAGGGAGGUUCAAUCUGUGCUACUGUCUCUUUGGAUGUUGAAAUCCCCGCCAAGAUCAACCUGCCAAAGAACCUAAAGGACAAGGAAGCCAUCCCUGCCCUGCGUGGAGAGGUGGUCAACAUCAAAAUUCCUUUUGGAGGAAAACCAGAUCCUGUCAUUACAUGGCAGAAAGGACAAGAUCUCAUUGACAGCAAUGGCCACUACCAGGUCAUUGUAACUAGGUCCUUCACUUCAUUGGUGUUCCCCAAUGGAGUUGAGAAGAAGGAUGCUGGGUUCUAUAUCGUGUGUGCCAAGAACAGAUUUGGCAUUGACCAACAGACAGUUGAGCUGGAUGUGGCCGAUGUGCCUGAUCCUCCACGUGGCCUCAAAGCCAGCGACGUCUCCAGAGAUUCUGUCUCACUGAACUGGGUGGCACCAGCUAAUGAUGGUGGCAGCAGGGUCAUCAACUACAUCAUUGAGAAAUGCCCCACUACCGCUGAGAGGUGGGAGCGAGUGGUUCAGUCUCGUGACACCCGCUAUACUGUCACCAAUCUGUUUGGAGGAACCAGCUAUCAGUUCAGAGUCAUCGCAGAGAACAAGUUUGGACAGAGUGCACCAUCUGAGACGAGUGGACCUGUCAUGACUAAAGAGGACAAAUCCAGAGUUCUGCUCUACGACAGAGAGGUCGAUGACACUGGACGUGUUCCCACAGGCAAAGCUCAACACACUGAUGCUAAAAAUAUGCACAACAAAUAUGCUAUUGCUGAGGAAUUGGGCAGAGGUCAGUUUGGCAUUGUCCACCGAUGCAUUAGCGUCACCUCUGAGAGAACGUACAUGGCUAAAUUUGUCAAGGUCAGAGGCGCUGAUCAAGCAAUAGUCAAGAAGGAAAUUGCAACACUCAACCUGGCCAAACACACCAACUAUCUCCUCCUCCAUGCGUCCUUUGACAGCCCAGAGGAGUUGGUGAUGAUCUAUGACUUCAUCUCUGGUGUCGACAUCUUUGAGCGUCUCAGCACAUCUGAGUUUGAGUUUAAUGAGCGGGAGAUUGUUAACUACAUCAGGCAGAUCUGCUCAGCUGUCGAAUUCCUUCAUGCCCAGAGCUACGGUCACUUCGAUAUCAGACCCGAGAACAUUGUUUACACGACCAGAACCAGCUCUAAUGUGAAGAUUAUUGAGUUGGGCCAGUCCAGACACCUGACGCCCGGAGAGAUAAUCAAGAUUCAGUAUACCACAGCAGAGUACGCUGCUCCUGAGAUCCACCAGUGUGACAUGGUCAGCUCCGUCACAGACAUGUGGUCAGUUGGUGUCCUUGCAUAUGUCCUCCUCAGUGGACUCAAUCCAUUCACAUCUGAAACCAACCAACAGAUGAUUGACAACAUCUCUAGUGCAGCCUAUAGUUAUGAUGACGAAUCCUUUAAACAGGUCAGUGUGGAGGCAUUAGACUUCACAGACCGCCUGAUGACGAAGGAUCGCAAACAUCGUAUGACUGCUGCCGAAGCUCUGGCGCAUCCUUGGCUCAUCAAGCCUGCAGAGGAGAUCAGCCCGAGAGCCAUUCCAACUGGUAGACAUAAGAGAUACUAUCAAGCAAUGGUGAGAAAGGAGUGGAGCACUGUUGUCUCUGCUGCCCGUGUGGCCAGUGGUGGCUCCAUCAGGUCCCAGCGUGGAGUCUUUGUCGCUAAAGUGAAGAUUGCUCCAUUUGAACAUGGUCCUCUUGCAGGCCAGGUUGGACAUGCAGUGGUGAAUGAAGGCGACAGUGUGAAAUUCAUCUGCCACAUUGACAACUACGACAGCACGACUGAGGUCACAUGGUACUGCGGCGUCAGACAGCUCGAGGCUGGUGACAAAUAUGAAAUUGAAUACGAGGACGACCUGGCUGUAAUCACCAUCAACCGAGUCACACGAGCAGACGAUGGCACUUACAGAUGUAAGGUUGUGAAUGAGUAUGGUGAAGACAGUGCCUAUGCAGAGCUGUUCAUAAAUGGUGUAAGAUCUUACCGGGACUUCUUCACCAACCGUGUGGUCAAGAGAACCAAACGCAGAGUGGAUACUGCCAGAAUGCUUCAGAAACCGCCUGAGUUUACGCUUCCUCUGGUCAACCGUACGGCUUACAUCGGCGAAGACGUGCGCUUCAGUGUCACCAUCACUGUUCACCCUGAGCCGCGUGUUAUUUGGCACAAAUCUGGACAGAAACUCAUCCCUGGACAAGAUGAAAGGAAAUAUACCUUCAUCAGCGACAAGGGUCUGUACCAGUUGAUCAUCCACAAACUUGAGAAUGAAGAUGACGCAGAAUACAGUGUUGUGGCUCGCAACAGGUUCGGUGAGGACAACUGCAAGGCUCGUCUCACCGUUGUUCCUCGACCUAAACCAGCAGAUCUGACCCUGAGGCCAAUGUUUAAACGUGUGCUAGCAAAUGUGGAGUGCAAGGAGGGCCAGAAUAUCCGCUUUGAGAUCAGAGUAUCUGGCCAUCCCACACUGAAGUGGGAGAAGGAUGGAACCCCUCUAGCCUUUGGACCAUCUAUUGAGGUUGUGCAUGAGGGUCUUGAUUACUACAUCCUCCAUGUUAAGGACACUCUCCCUGAGGACUCUGGUGUGUACAGAGUUACUGCUACCAACUCUGCAGGAUCUGCCGGUUGCCAGGCCACACUCAAAGUCGAGCGUGUCACUCAUGUGAAGAAGGAAUAUGAAUUGUCUGAAAGAGAGAAAAAGCAGAUAGCUGGAAAGGAGGAAUUGGAGAAAAAGGUGAGGCUGGCUCAGAUUCUGUCUGACACUGUUGUUACACCUUUGCCACCUGCAGCCGUACAAGCUGUGAGAGAGGCUGCCACCAUGUUCAAACCUGCGGUGACAACAAAGAAGGGUGAGAAGACCAAGGCUGAGAUACAGAAAGAACAAGAGGAGAGGAAGAAACGUGCAGACGAAAAGAGGUUGCGUAUGCCCUAUGUCGUCCCCACUCCUCGUGUCAUUAACCCAGCGGUUCUUGAGGAAGACGUGGAGAUAAAACACUUUAAGCCGUUCUCUGACAUGAAAUGGUACAAGAAAUUGCGUGAUCAGUAUGAGUUCCCUGAGCCGAUGGACAAAAUCAAGCAGAAGAGGAUGAAGCGCAUUCGCCUCUCCAGGUGGGAGCAGUUCUACGAGGUGCCAAUCAGAAUCAAGGACCAGUACAAGCCUAAGUGGCGCAUCUCCUCCAUGACUCUGGAUGACUUAGAGACUGUGAGGCCUGCAAGGCAUCGCACUCCUUCCCCUGAGAUAGACACAUACCACAGGAUCAGGAGGAGAUCCCUGGGUGAUCUGUCAGAUGAGGAACUGCUGCUCCCUGUGGAUGAGUAUUUAUCCAUGAAGAGAACUGAGGAGGAGAGGCUUCGUCUGGAGGAAGAGCUGGAGCUUGGCUACUCUGCUUCUCCACCGAGCCUCAGCCCAGUUCGCUUUGAGCUGUCUGCCCUGCGCCCCUCAUCUCCCAGGAGAGUUUACAGCGAAGAUGAGGAGGGAGAAGAGAUUUAUAGAUAUGAUUCCUACAGAAUUCCAUCAAAGUACGAGGCUGGGCCAAGUUUCCUUGACCUGCGCCGGCGUCACGACAAAGCCACAUACAGACCUCCAAGACAAGGGGUAUACGAAGAGAGAGAGGAUCAGGAGCUGCUCCGCCCCCACAAAACUGCACAGAGAAUCUCAUCCUACAAGAAUGAACUUAAACGCAUUGAGUUUGAGGAGAAGACACGCACCUCUAAAAAGGAAACAACUUCCACUGUUGUGACCUUUUCUGAGGGCAUUGAAUCUGAGCAUCUGACCACCUUUACCUCCGAAUAUAUUGGCAAGCCCAUUAAGAAGCUCCCAAUGCCUGAACCUGAGAGGAGAAGAUCUCCCACCCCAGACAGGUCAACGAGGACAGACAUUGCCCCUCCCAGAGUCGACUUUGCAUACAGGUAUGAGGAGAGGAAGCAAGCUCUGAGAUCAGAGAGAAGAUCCGUGGAGAGGAAAUUUGAGGUAGUGACACAGGCUCCUUUCAGCCUUGACCACGCCCCACGUAUCACCAUCAGGAUGCGAUCUCAUCGUGUACCCGAAGGCUCAAACACCCGCUUCACCCUGAAUGUCCAGGCCAAGCCCGACUCUGAGGUCACGUGGUUCCAUAACGGAAAAGAGAUUUCUCAGAGCAGCAAAUACCACAUGACCAACAUCAGUGGAGUCCUAACCCUCCACAUCAUCAACUGUGUUAGUGAAGAUGCUGGCACGUACCGUGUGGUUUGUAAGAACAUCAAAGGAGAAACUUCCGACUAUGCCACUUUAGAUGUGGCUGCAGAAUAUGCAGCUUUCUCUUCACUCCGAAAAGAUGAGGAACCUCCAUCCUCUCACCUGCCAGAAAUGACCAGAACUGAAGUGUAUCAUGUCUCAUCCUCUGAGACAACGGAAACUGUGAUCAAGACCAUGACAGAGACCACCACUGUUGUCGAGAAGCCCAAAGAGACGCCUAGGGAGACACCGAGGGAGACACCGAGGGAGACGCCCAGUGCUCCUGCUCAGAUUGUGAGCAAACCACAGUCUCUGACAGUCGAGGAGGGAGGCCUUGCCAGAUUUGAGUGUGAAGUGUCUGGUGAGCCAGUUCCUUCUAUCACCUGGAUGCGUGAAGGAGAAGUUGUUGGUUCUUCUGCUCGUCACCACAUUGUCUCUACUCAGUAUAACUCCUCCUUUGAGAUAUCUGCUGUUGAGAAGACGGAUGAAGGCAGCUACACACUGCUGGUGGAAAAUUCUGCAGGUAAACAAGAGGCUCAUUUCACUCUGACCAUCCGUAAAUCUGAGUCCAAGGAGAAAGUAGUCGCCCCUCCAAAAGUCACCACUCCAGAGGCCAAGUCUCCUCUUCCCAAGUCCCCUGAACCGGUCAAAUCUCCUCAGAGAGUCAAGUCCCCUGAGCCAGUCAAAUCUCCUCAGAGAGUCAAGUCUCCAGUCUCACCAAAAUCCCCAACACCUAAAUCCCCAACACCAAAAUCCCCAACACCUAAAUCCCCAACACCAAAAUCCCCUACUCCAAAAUCUCCAACUCCAUCUGAAAAGGAGCAAGGCUUAAAAGGUUCCAAAAAAGUCCUGCAAAAGGAACUAACCUCUGAGGAAGAUGUGUCCUCCCACAGCCAAGUGUGUGAUACGACAGCCACCACCAGAUGCUCAGGUGCACCUGGUUUUGUGUUGCAGUCCAGGUCCCAGAAUGUGAAUGAGGGACAAAGUGUCAAAUUCACAUGUGAAAUUGCUGGAGAACCUUCAGCUGAAGUUGAGUUGCUGAAAGACGACGUGUCGAUAUUAUACACACCUGAUGUUCGACGGAGCCGCUCUGAAAACUGUUUCACUCUGGAGAUUCAUGACAGCGGGAAAGCUCUGAACCAGUUUGGACAAUGUUCUGCAACAUCGUCGCUCGAUGUCCUCAGUGUUCCUCCGAAGGUUGAAGCUCUUCCACGAGACGUCAGCACCGAGCCGGUGGCAGGACAGUUUUCUGGAGACCCCUCCCCCUCUGUCCAGUGGCUCCACGCCCUCAUGACCUCUACAGUGAAGGAGGGCGGAGCUUACACCCUCCAACUGUGCAACGAGUUUGACUCUGCAACUGUUGACGUCCACAUUCGGUCCAUGUAAAAAAAAUAAUCUUAAAUUUCUCCCGUUUCCUGAUCCAGAACCUUUUUAUUUAGCGAAUUAGCAUCAAUAAUCUAUGUGUCAAAGAUCUGGAUUUCUUUUCUUGUAAAUAUGAACUCUUUUUGUACCAAACGUGACAUUAAUUUAUGCAAAACUAGACUCUCGUCUAACGUUGUUAUAAAAUGUGCCAUAGUGGAUCAUGAUGACUUUCUUUGACAUGUACAUAAUGUAUAUAGCCGAAUUGAACGGUUAUGGGAAAUGUAUGCAUUGUUAUUUAUGACAAUAAUAUGAACUGAAACAGAAUGAAACUGAAUGAUGUUUAACAGGAGAAAGUUCCACGAGGAACGAAUACCCUGUCAACCAGAAACUAAACUCUGCGCCUCAACGACCCGUUGAAGUCUAAGAUUGCCUCGGCAGGUAGAGAGGCUCCCUGCCGACGUUUGAACCUCAAACACCUGAAAGUUAUUGUUCGCACACGCGAGUCUGCGUGUGAUGUUUCACUUUUCUUACGAGUUGUGCCGUGAGCGCGAGACCCUGAGCGCUGUGUGCAUGGCCCUCAUGUAAGCAGCGUGAACGGCCUCGCGCUCAGACUGACCGUGUCGUACCACCGCGAUCUGAUGACGUGCAGCGAGCGAGCGGCCUGCGCUCUCUGCACUUACGUACUUUUAUAAAAGGGUUCUGUUUCUGCGCGGCACAGCGGCAGAUUGGCUUUUCAAACACAACAUCACCUGACCCUAAAGCCAGCUCUGCUGCGCAGAUGCAGCGCCCUCUCCUGGAGGAUGUUGUGUGUUAGUGUGUUUGUAGCUGUAGUUGUUGCAGGUGUUUUGUGCCGUGUCAGCAGUGACUCUGAGUCCUGUGAUGCAGACGCCACGUUUCCUGCACUUUGGUUUGAUUCGUCUGUUGAUGUAGAACAAAUAUUUCCUCCUCCGAGUUUGAUGCAUUUCUGAUUUAAUAAAGCAUGAUUUCAGCA